CCCAACAGCACCAUCUGGGCCCUCCUGAGCAGUUGGAGCCUUCCCAGCCUGGCCUCGGGUGGAGGCAGACAGGACUACACGGUUUCUCUCUGUGUAGUUUUGUUUUUUUUCUGGCGGAUUUGGAGGCUCAACUUUCUCAUCUGGAUCUUUCCUCUUCGGACCUUUGAGGAUACGGGGGCUGUCAGUCAGCUGGGCUUCGUCCCAUCAGUCCCAGGCACUCUUGUGGACACAAGGUGCCAACCAACAUGUCAACACAGGCGCCGACGUUCACUCAGCCGCUGCAGAGCGUCGUAGCACUAGAGGGUAGUGCUGCGACGUUCGAGGCUCAAGUUAGUGGUUCUCCAGUUCCUGAGGUGAGCUGGUUUCGUGAUGGCCAGGUUCUUUCCACCACCGCUCUGCCCGGCGUUCAGAUCUCGUUCAGCGACGGCCGCGCUGUUCUGAGGAUCCCCGCUGUGACCGCCGCACACAGUGGACGCUUUUCUGUCAGAGCCACCAAUGGUGCCGGACAAGCCACGAGCACUGCUGAGCUCCUCGUUACAGCAGAGACAGCGCCCCCUACCUUCCUUCAGAGACUGCAAAGCUCCACAGUGAGACAGGGCAGCCAGGUGAGGCUGAGCGCCAGAGUCACAGGAAUCCCCACACCUGUAGUGAAGUUCUACAGGGAGGGAGCUGAGAUCCAGAGCUCUACCGACUUCAGGAUCCUGCAGGACGGAGACCUGUACAGUCUGCUGAUUGCCGAGGCGUUCCCAGAGGAUUCUGGGACAUAUUCUGUGACGGCCUCCAACAGCAGCGGGCGGGCCACGUCCACAGCUGAACUGCAGGUUCAAGGUGAAGAAGCUGUUCCUGCAAAGAAAACUAAAACAGUCAUUUCAACCGCACACAUUUCCCAGACCAGACAGACCCGAGUGGAAAAGAAGGUGGCGACCACCAUGAUGGAGACCCAGAUGGAGGGUGUUGAGGUCACUCAGAUGCUGGGUUACAAGACUCCACCCAGAGUUCCACCUAAGCCUUCGUCCAAGUCUCCCACCCAGCCCUCACUGGUUCCCAAGGUGACUGGAGCACGCCAGCAGUCGCCAUCCCCUGUCAGACACGUGAAGGGGCCCAUGGCCACACCUGUUAGGCCAGUGAAGUCCCCCAUCACCACUCGCAAACAGGCCCCCCCUGCUGCAGAAGUCCCCCCACCAUGGAAACAGGAAGGUCAUCCUGUCAAACCAGGAUAUCAGCCAAUCACAGACUCCAAACGGGUAGAGGAGGCAGCAGCUGUCCCAUCUCCAGGAGGCGCUGUGGCUCCACCCACACUUAUGUCUGGUCUGAAGAAUGUGACGGUUACAGAGGGUGAGUCGGUGACCCUGGAGUGUCAGAUUAGUGGUCAGCCCACCCCAGUCAUCAUAUGGUUCAGAGAGGACUACAAGAUCGAGAGCUCCAUCGACUUCCAGAUCAGCUACGAGAAGGGCCAUGCUCGCUUGAUGAUCCGUGAAGCAUUUGCUGAAGACAGUGGCCGGUUCACCUGCACAGCAACUAAUGAGGCGGGAACCAUCAGCACUACCUGCUACCUCCUGGUCCAGGUGUCCGAAGAUGUUGAGAGCAGACAGGAAGUGUCCCUGGAACAGGAGGCUGCUCAGAAACUAGUUACAGAGGAAACGACCGAAGAGGCGAGUCUGCCUGAGCCCGAUACUCCUACAGCUGCGCCAGUCAUCAUCAAGAAACCAACCGCUCAGAAGCUGGUGGAGGGUGGAAGUGUUGUGUUUGAGUGUCAGGUGGGAGGAAACCCCAAACCUCACGUCGUGUGGAAGAAAAAUGGCGUGCCGCUAACCAGUGGAUACAGAUACAAUGAUACCUACAAGAAGGAGACGGGAGAGUGCAGGUUGGAGAUCUCCAUGACCUUCGCUGAUGAUGCUGGAGAAUACUCUGUCUUUGCAAAGAAUCAGCUGGGAGAGGUCUUUGCUUCCACCAGCCUUCUGGAGGAAGAGGAAUAUGAAGCCUAUGUGAAGAAACAGGAACUAGCCUUUAAAACUGAAGUGACCAUUCCAGUACAGGAACCCAAAGUGGGAGAUGUUCCUCCAACCUCAGUUACUCUAAAGGAGCAGAUUACCAUCAUCUCUGGACAGGAGUUUCACCUGUCUGCCAUGGAGCAAAGAAUUAUUCAGGAGAUCGAGCUGAGCAUCAUGAAAAUCACCUACAAAGAGAUUGUUACAGAGGAUGGAGAGCUGAUGGUAACCGCUGCCGUCACUGAGGCGGUGCAGCCAGCCUUCGACACACCCGUCAAAAACUACAGGAUAAUGGAGGGAAUGAGUGUCACCUUCCACUGCAGGAUGUCAGGCAUGCCGCUGCCCAAGAUUGUUUGGUAUAAAGACGGGCAGCGCAUCAGACCUGGAGGCCGCUACCAGAUGGAGGUUCUUCAGGAUGGACGGGCCAGCCUCCGUCUGCCUGUGGUCCAACCAGAAGAUGAGGGUGUGUACACAGCCUUCGCCUCCAACAUGAAGGGAAACGCCGUGAGCUCAGGGAAGCUCUACGUGGAGUCGACCGGAGCUGCUCCUCAGAGAUACACGCCACAGCCUGCAGUACAGAGAAUCAGGUCGGCAUCUCCUCGCUCACUCAGCCGCUCUCCUGGCCGGUCGCCUAGCCGUUCGCCUAGCCGUUCACCUGCUCGCCGCCUUGAUGAGACUGAUGAGGCUCAGUUGGAAAGACUUUACAAACCCGUCUUUGUUGUGAAACCAUCCUCAUGUAAAUGCUCUGAGGGACAAACGGCCAGAUUUGACCUCAAAGUUGUCGGUAGACCGAUGCCUGACACUUACUGGUUCCACAAUGGACAACAAAUAGUAAGUGACCACACCCAUAAAAUCGUGGUUAAAGAGGACGGUACGCAGUCCCUGAUCAUUGUCCCAGCCAUGCCUCACGACUCUGGAGAGUGGACGGUGGUGGCUCAGAACAGAGCUGGCCGCUCUUCUGUCUCUGUCACGCUCACUGUUGAUGCUAAAGAGACCCUGGUGCGUCCACAGUUUACGGAGAAGCUGAAGAACAUUAGCGUGAAGCAGGGCACUCUGGUUGAACUGGCUGUCAGAGCCAUUGGAAACCCCCUGCCUGACAUCGUCUGGCUGAAGAACAGUGACAUCAUCACCGCACACAAACACCCAAACAUUAAAAUCGAAGGAACCAAAGGAGAAGCCAAGUUUCAGAUCCCCUCUGCUGGAGGCUCAGAUAGCGCCUGGUACACUGCUACAGCCAUCAACAGGGCUGGCAGAGACACCACCCGCUGCAGAGUCAACGUGGAGAUGGACCAUGUUGAACCUGAGCCAGAGAAGAAGCUGAUUAUUCCCAAAGGAACUUACAAAGCCAAAGAGAUCAACCCCCCUGAGCUGGAGCCCUUACACCUGCGAUACGGCCAGGAGCAGUGGGAGGAGGGAGACCUCUACGACAAAGAGAAGCAGCAGAAACCUCUUUUCAAGAAGAAACUUACUUCUGUCCGCAUGAAAUGUUUUGGUCCGGCUCAUUUUGAAUGCAGACUGACUCCGAUCGGGGACCCCACCAUGACGGUGGAGUGGCUGCAUGACGGCAAACCUCUGGCAGCCGCCAACAGGCUGCGUAUGGUCAACGAGUUUGGCUACUGCAGCCUUGACUAUGAAGUAGCUUACGCCAGAGACAGCGGCGUCAUCACCUGCAGAGCUACCAACAAGUUUGGAGUGGACCAGACCUCGGCCACCCUGAUCGUCAAGGAUGAGAAGGGCCUGGUUGAGGAAACGCAGCUUCCUGAAGGCAGGAAGGGAGUGUAUCGAAUGGAUGAGAUUGAGCGGAUGGCUCAUGAAGGUGGACCGUAUGGAGUAACUGCUGAAGAAGAGACGGAAAAAAUGAAACCCGAAAUAGUCCUUCUCCCAGAACCAGUUAUGGUCAUGGAAGGUGACACAGCUCGAUUUCGCUGCAGAGUGACUGGUUAUCCGGCUCCAAAGGUUAACUGGUACCUGAACGGACAACUCAUCCGAAAAAGCAAGAGAUACAGACUUCGUUACGAUGGUAUUUACUAUCUGGAGAUUACAGAUAUCAAGUCUUAUGACUCAGGUGAGGUGAAAGUCGUAGCAGACAGCAACCUGGGUUCAGUUGAGCACACUGUGAAGCUGGAAAUUCAGCAGAAAGAGGACUUCAGAACCCAUCUCCGCCGUACCCCUGAAGUUAAGGGAGCUGAAGCUGCCCAUGAGCCUGGAAAAACUCCAUUUGAGGUGGUGAAGGCUGAGGAACCUGUGGAGGAUACCCAGCAGAAGGAGGUGGUCAAACUAAAGAAGGUACAGAGAAUAGUCCACAAGAAGGCCAUUGAGGAGUCAGAGGAGCUGAGGAGCAAAUUCAAGCGCAGGACAGAAGAAGGCUACUAUGAGUCCAUCACAGCUGUUGAACUCAAGUCUCGCAAGAGGGAUGAUUCUUAUGAAGAUCUCCUGAAGAAGACAAAAGAGGACCUACUUCACCAUGCCAAAGAAAAAGAGGAGGCUGAGAAGAAAAAGGAGGAGCAACAACGCAAACUUACUGCUAAACCUUUGAAACCAGAGAGAGUCAAGCUCUCAGCCAGCAUGGAAGCUCCUAAGAUCCUGGAGCGGAUCACCAGCCAGACCGUUGCUCAGGGUGAUGAAGUCAAGUUCAGAGUCCGGGUCAUUGGUAGACCAGAACCUGAAUGCCAGUGGUUCAAAAACGGUGUUCAGCUGGAGAAGUCUGACCGUGUUUACUGGUACUGGCCUGAAGACCAGGUGUGUGAACUGGUGAUCAGAGAUGUGACAGCAGAGGAUUCUGCCAGCAUCAUGGUUAAGGCCUCCAGCAAAGCUGGAGAGACUUCCAGCCAUGCUUUCCUGCUGGUUCAAGCAAAACAAGUGAUCACCUUCACACAGAAGCUGGAGGAGGUCAACGCCAAGGAGAAGGACACAAUGGCGACCUUUGAGUGUGAAACCAAUGAGCCUUUUGUCAAGGUCAAAUGGUUGAAGAACAAUGUGGAGAUCUUCUCAGGAGACAAGUAUAGAAUGCACUCAGACAGAAAGGUCCACUUCUUGUCGGUGCUGGUGAUUGAGAUGAGGGAUGAUGCAGAAUAUUCCUGCGUGGUCAUCGACGAUGACAACAUUCAGACCUCUGCCAAACUCAAUGUUGAAGGAGCCCCUCUGGAGAUCCUGAAGCAGCUGGAGAACACAGAGGUGCCCGAGACCUAUAGUGGCGAAUUCGAAUGUGUGGUGUCCCGUGAGGAUGCUGAAGGUAGCUGGUUCUUUGAGGGCAAGUUGCUUUCUGCCAGUGGUAAAUACACCAUGUCCUCGCGCCGUGGGAGACAUUCUCUGACCGUGAAAGAUGUCAAGAAGGAGGACCAAGGAAAGUACACUUUCACCGUGGGAGAAUUCAAGACCAGUGCCUCACUGAAGAUGAAAUUGCGUCCAGUGACCCUGAUACAGCCUUUGACUGACUUGACUGUUUGUGAGGGCGACAUCGCUCUGCUCGAGGUCAAGUUCUCUCAAGAGAACGUUGAAGGCAGCUGGAUGAAGAAUGGACAACCAGUCACGGCUUCAAACCGUGUUCACAUUGUUGUUGAUAAACAGAUCCACAAACUCCUGAUUGAAGAUGCCAUCAAGGAUGACUUUGGGAUGUACUCCUUUGUGAAUCCCGAUCAUGACAUUUCAACCUCUGCUAAGCUGGUCAUUCAGACUAUUGGCGUCCUGAUCUCCUUGAAGGACGUGUCCUCCAUUGAAGGAACCAAGGCUGUCCUUGAAGCCAAGAUCUCUGCUCAGGACGUCAGCUCUGUCAAAUGGUACCACAACGACAUGCUGCUGGAACCCAGUGAGCGGGUCAACAUGGUGGCAAAGGGAGCCAAACAGCGCCUGGUCUUCAGCAGGACCUACGCUUCUGACGAAGGACACUACAGGAUGGUAGUAGGCCGAGUGGACACCAGCUGUAAAUUGACCAUUGAACCUGUUCAGAUUGUGAAGCCGAUGGUGGACACAGAGUGCUCCGAGUCUGAGAACGUCACGUUUGAGGUGGAGGUUUCUCACCUGGGAAUCGAUCCUUAUUGGACCUUCAAGGACCAGCCACUAAAAGCUGGCGCCACUCACAAGAUGGAGACCAAGAAUAAGCUACACACCCUGACAGUCAUCAAUGCCAUGAAGGAUGAGGAAGGCGAGUACAUGUUUGCAGCUGGUGAGAAGACAUGCAGAGCUUCACUCACCGUCACAGGUGGAGCCAUCAAGAAGCCUCUGAGGGACCUGGUGGUAGCCGACUCUCAGACGGCGGUUCUGGAGUGUCAGGUAGCCAACCCGUCUGCUGAAGGCAAGUGGCUGAAAGACGGCCAGCUCGUUGACUUUGGUGAAAACGUGCUGAGUGAGUCAGAUGGCGCUGUCAGACGUCUCAUCAUCAUCAUCACCAAAACCACUGAUGUGGGAGAGUACACCUACCAGGUGGCCGCCUCCAGGACUACAGCUUCUCUCAAGGUGGAAGCUGUGAAGAUCAAGAAGACUUUGAAGAACCUGAACGUGGUUGAGACCCAGGAGGCUGCUUUCAGCUUGGAGCUGACCCACGAGAAUGUUAGAGGAGCCCAGUGGAUCAAGAAUGGUGUGGAGAUCCAGCCUAGUGAGAAGUUUGAAAUGACAACAGAGGGAACGGUCCACACCUUAAAGAUCAAGAACUGUAACACCCAAGACGAGUCUGUCUACUCGUUCAAACUGGGAAAGCUGUCUGCAAACGCCAGGCUUAAUGUUGAGACCAUCAAGAUCCUGAAGAAGCCUAAAGAUGUUACGUCACUGCUGGGUGCAACAGCUGUGUUUGAAGUGGGGAUCUCUGAGGACAACAUACCAGUCAGAUGGAUGUUCAACAACACAGAGUUGAGGCCCAGUGAUCACUACACUAUGCUGUCUGAGAAGAGGACCCACAAACUGAUAGUCCACAACGUGGACAACAGCAGACAGGGAGAGUUCACGGCUGUGAUUGGCCACCUGCAGUGUAGCGCCCACCUCACCGUCGAAUCUCUGAGAGUCACCAAACCCAUGAAGAGCGUGGAGGUUCCUGAGACUCAGGUGGCCUCUUUUGAGUGUGAAGUUUCUCACUUCAACGUGCCGUCCACCUGGCUGAAGAACGGCGUGGAGAUCGAGAUGAGUGAGAAGUUCCGGAUCGUGGUGCAGGGGAAAGUCCACCAGCUGAAGAUCAUGAACACCAGCAGGGACGACUCUGCAGAGUACACCUUCAUCUGUGGGAAUGACCGCGUGUCGGCCACACUCACCGUCAAUGCGGUUCUGAUCACCAGCAUGCUCGAGGACCUGAACGCUCAGGAGAAGGACUCAGUCACGUUCGAGGUGAAUGUUAACUAUGAAGGGAUUACAUACAAAUGGCUGAAGAACGGCGUGGAAAUCAAGUCCACAGACAGGUGUCAGGCUCGCUGCAAACAGCUGACUCACAGUCUGAGCAUCAGGAGCGUGCACUUUGGAGACAGCGCCGAUUACACCUUCAUGGCCGGGUCUGCAGUGACCACUGCUAAGCUUUAUGUAGAGGCUCGUGUCGUUGAAUUCACCAAACACCUCAGGGACCUGAAGAUCACUGAGAAGAAGAGAGCUACGUUUGAGUGUGAAGUUUCUGAGCCCAACGUCCAGGUGAUGUGGAUGAAGGACGGCCAGGAGCUGGAGAUGUCUGAUAGGUACAAAAUGACCUCUGACAAGUUUCUGCACCGUCUGGUCUUGCCAUCGGUGCGUAUGUCAGAUGCUGGUGAAUACACCGCCGUGGCUGGGUCCAGCAUGUCAAAGGGUAGCCUGGGUGUGGAAGGACGGGAUGUUAGAAUCUCAGAGCCUGAGAGCAGAGACAUCACGGUUGUGGAGAAACAAAGAGCGAACUUUGAGUUUGAGGUGAACGAGGAUGAUGUGGAGGGUCAUUGGCUGAGGAACGGUGUGGAGAUCCAGUUCUCAGAGGAGGAGAGGGUCAGCUACGUGGCCAUCAGGAGGCUGCACCGUCUCACCAUCUCUGAGACCUACAGGAGUGACGCUGGGGAGUACACCUUCAUCGCCGGCAAGAACCGGAGCACCAUGAACCUCCAUGUGAGAUUGCCUGAGCCACCUCAGAUUGUGCACCCCAUGGAGCCCCAGACGGUGAUGUCGGGUCGGUUGGUUCGCUUUUCCACUCAGGUGAGCGGACUCCCUCAGCCACAUGUGCUCUGGUACAAGGACUCCCAGCUCCUCUCCACCAGCUACAAAUGUAAGUUCCUUCAUGACGGAGAGGAGCACACACUGCUGCUGCUCGAGGUCUUCCCAGAGGAUGCUGCUGUUUACCGCUGUGAGGCCAAAAACGACUACGGAGAGGCAGCAACCUCCGCCGCCCUCACAGUGGAAGUUCCUGAGGUGGUAUCGAGUCAGGUGUCUGCCCCGGUUCUGGUCACCCCCAUGAGGGACGUCCUGGUCUCAGAGGGACAUCCUGCACAGCUCAAGUGCAGUGUCUCUGGAGAAGACCUGCAGGUUUCGUGGUUCUGUAAGGACAGGGAGAUUCGACAGUCUGACAUCUUCAGGAUGUCCCAUUUAGAUGAAACCUGCCUGCUGGAGAUCUCCAGAGUCCUUCCGUCCCAUGAGGGAGAGUACUCCUGUAUCGCUACUAACUCUGCAGGAAUGGUCACAUGUUCUGCCACCUUGAUCCUGGAUGAUGUAAGAACCUUAGAUAGAGAGAGGAGCGCUGAGCCCAAACUAACCCAGAGUCGGGAGACCCAGGUGUCUGUGGGACACACAGCCCGCAGUGUUGAGUUUUCUGAGCUGCGCUCUGAGAGUUCCUCUGUGUCCUGGAGGACAGUAGAAGUUCAGAUGGAGACCAGCUCUUACAGCAGACCCCGGCUGUUGGUGGAGAUGAGCGAUGUCCGCGUGAGCAGAGGUGAGAUGGCCAAGUUCUGCUGCUCAUUUGAUGGCCAGCCCUUCUCUGCUGUGGUGUGGGAUCGUAACGGUCAGAAGCUGGUGAACACGGAGCGGGUGAGGAGCUCUCAGAGCGGGGAACUUUUGUCCCUGCUCAUCUGUAGUGUUGAUGUGGCGGAUCAGGGACUUUACUGCUGCACAGCCACCAACCAACACGGUCAGAACAGUUCUUCUGCCAGGCUCACCGUAGAAGCUGAAGAAGCAAACCUCAAAGCAGGGACCCCCAUCCCCACCGGUUCUCUUCCUAAAGCGUCUCAGGCAGACAGGGAGAGCCCUAACAACUGCUCUGACCAGGAGCAGCAAGAGUCCAGGGAGAAGAUGGGACCUCUGGCUAAGUCUUCUCAGAGAGUGUACAGCCUGAUCAGCCAUCUGCACUUUCCAGAUGUUGUGCUUGAUGAUGAGCAGAAUGAGUUUCUGAUCAAACUUCCCCCUGAGCUGCUGAUCGGAACCAAAGACAGCAGCUCCCUGUCCAGCACUUUGAAAAGGCUCCCCAGACUUUGUGUCAUGUGGCUUUACAACCGUCUGAAUGUCCAGGACUCCGUUCCCCUGUCCCUGAAACACGACGGUGCUCUCUGCUGUAUCGGUGCUAACAAAGCGGGGCCCAGGCCAGCCGGCCCUUACUCUUUUAAUCAAAUAGGCUCAGCUGAAGGAGCUGAGUUCAGCUCAGGGAUGAAAGUUCCAGAAGUGGAAAAGGAACCGGCGAUCCAGCAGGAAGUGAAAGCCUCUUCAGUUGUGGCGGUGGAGGACACGGCCCAGGACGACUCCGGCCCAAAGUUACUUCACACAGCCAGAACACUUGAACUCCAGCCAGUGACCAAACGCUUCUCCAGAUCUUUAGAGAUGAGAAAAAAGCCAGAUUUCAUCAGCAGGCUUUCUCCAGCAGCUGUGGCUGUUGGAGAAACAGUGAGGUUCACCGUGAAGGUGUCAGGGUUCCCUAAGCCGACCAUCCAGUGGUUCUACAACAGCCAGAACAUAACCAGUUCAUCCAUGUAUGUGUUUGUUCAGGAAGGAGAUGAGUUUAGUUUAGUUGUGACUGAAGCUCAGAGGGAGUCUGAGGGCGAGUACUCCUGCACCAUUAGUAACAGAUAUGGACAGUCCUCCUGCUCCUCCUAUCUCCACAUUCAGUCUGAGGAACCACACAGAGCUGAUGAAGGAGCCACCACUGGCAAGCCUCCAGAGUUCCUACAAGUUGUAGAGUCUGUCCAGGUGUUGGAGGGGGAUCAGUGCUUCUUCAGGUACUCUGUCACUGGCGAUCCCCUUCCUCAGGUUCAGUGGUUCAAAGGGCACAUCCACAUCGAUCCUACGGGGCUCUGGGUCCUAGUGACCAACCCAGAUGGAUCAGGCUUUUUAAACAUUAAGAAAGUCAAACAGGAGCAUGGUGGUGCCUACACCUGUAAGGCCUCCAACCAGUACGGGGAGGUCUCAUGUAGCGCUGAGCUGCUUGUGUUCAGUCAGAAAGUUCAAGAAGAACACAAACUGGUCCAGAAGUCCAAAGGUCUGAAGAUCUCUCUGACUGAGCAGAGCAUCGAAUCCAGAUCCUACGAGAGAAGCCGGUCUGAUCAGAUGAUUUACACCAUUAGUACAGAAGAUCGGCAGAUAAUUCCCAGUGAGGAGGUGGAGACCUUCAAGGAGCUCAAUAUUUCUGCUGCUACUCUUCAUCUAGAGCAGUACACCCACCAAGCAGCAGUGCUACAGUCCCAUGAGGUCCAGGAGAGGGUCUCACUGGCUCCAACCCAUCCACCUCAGGUCUCAGCUGUUCCCACCAAGCAGCUUCACCAUGCAGCUUUUUUAUCUUCAGUCCAGGAGAGACCGAAGAUCAUAGAGCAGCACUUAGAGAGAGUCCUCAGCCCUGAGGUGCUCCAACUGGAGUUGUCCAAAGAGCAGCCAUCAAAGCUCAUGUCAGCCAUGUCUGAGGAAGUCCUGACCCUCACCACGGUGCAAGCUGAGCCUUUGACACGUCAGAGUCCAGAACACCUGCAGUCUGCCACCCAACCUAGGCAGCUGGUUAGCAGCCACCAAGUCCUGUCACUUCUAGCCAUUCAAGAUGAAUCUCUGGGUCCUGUGCAUCAACCAGAGGAGGAACAGAGCUUCAGAGUCAGUGAAGGGGUCAAGGUUUUAUACUCAGCGCAGUGUGCAGGGCAUCUGCUGCUCUCGGAAAUGCAGUGUGGACCUCUGCCAGCUGUGAUCUCUGCCUCCAAACCUGUGAGUGAAAAACAACAAUCCACACCAACACUAGCACCUGUCAGUCAGACUACAGUAGCUUUGUCUAAAGAGCAGAUGUUUGACCUGAACAGGCCUGAGGAGCAACGCAUCAGGCCAAGCAAAGACCAGGUUUGUAAAUCAGCUAUUGCUAGUGAGGACAAGUAUAAGAUUCAGGCUGAACAUCUGGGGCAGGUGGUACCUUUAGAGCCUCCAGUGAGUCUACAGCCUCUUUGUGAACACAGCCUAGUCCUUAAUCUGCAGACGAUCAGUGAUCAAGAUGUUUUACAGUCUGAGGGAAAACUCAGCAUGGAGAAGCCCUUUGUCCAGCAGGCAGAGGUCAAAAAGGGUCCGUCGUUCCUGCAUUCAGUCACUCAGGAAGAGCAGAAGGCUGUGGUGUGGGAGUCAACUUCAGAGUUCACAGCAAAGACUGCUUCUACCUCAGUUCAGCCAAAGAAAGAGCAACCACCUCCCAAAUACCUUCAAGUAGUCAAGUCCGUACCCGUUUUACUGAAGGAAGACAGCCUGACCUUUACCAAGCCUGACCACCAGGUGGCAGCAAUGAGAAAGGACCUGGCCACGAGCCACACCGCUACCUCAGAGAUGACACAGGAGAUCACUGCUGAGUAUCACCAAGACAUGGACCUGUCUGUAGGUGGGAUCAAGCUGCAGCUUCUCACAGAAACCAGAGCUCCAAACACCCUGGGGGUGUCCUCCCAGCCCGUGCUGCUGUCAAAGGAGACUCCUCUUGUAGCAGCCAGCAGGCAGCAGCGAGCGUCAGUACAAAGAGAGGAUUACUGGAACAUCACGCGGGCCAUAAAUGUUACAGACACUCCCAUCUUAGAGGAAGGUCACACCACACAGCUAGAUGCUGAUGAAACAUUUCAGCCUGAAGUCAGAACAGAGCCGAGGAUUCCCAAAAGGCCAGUUUUCAUAGAGGAACAGGCCACCGCUGCUGAAAGCUGCACCCUCCUUGAAGCUGCUGAGCAGGACUCUGCAGUCCAGAUCCAGCAGGGACAGUCAGUCCGGCAGCUGGUGCUGCUGGAGGAGAAGCAGGUCAUCAUGGGAGAACGUUCAGAUGAGAUUCGUCAGGCUGAGAGUUGGACAGUCAAAAUUCAGACCCAACCUAAAGGGGUGGUGUCUGUCCAUGAGUGUCAGCAUGCUCAGCCCUUAGCUAAGGAACUCAGCUUCACUGUUAACAUCCCCAGACCAUCAAGUGUGAACAUACAGCAGCAGCUCCAGGGUGCUCUGCGGUCGGCUGUGGCCACGGAUCAGCCUGUGCUUCUGGCUGAAGUCGUAGGAAGGCUGAAGGCCACACAGGUUCUGGAGGUAGAUGUUCAGAUAGAACCCAGGUGGGCCGCGUUUACAUAUCUAAUCACAUCACCUCAUGUCCUUCUGGAGAUCACGCUGUCCUUUGAAGGGGACUACCCUCAGACCGCUGACCUCAGGUCUGAACUGCAGGUAGCUUUGCACACAUUUGUCUUCCAGGAGCAGCAAAGUCUCACUGCCGAACAGAGAACACUGCAGAGCGAGAGGCCUCAGAAGGCUCAGGUCAGCUCUGCAUCCUCCAAAGAGAUGCUCUCCUCUGUGGUGGAGUCUGUGUUGGUGGCUGAGACUGUAGUGGGGCUUCCUGCUGAAGUGUCUCAGGCUGCAGCAGUCAGAAGCGAGUGCAAGGUAGUUCAGAGUCACACUGAAGCCCACGAGUCAGUUCAUUUGAGUCUAAUGGAGUUUGGAGAUGCUGCUGGACAGGUUCCUGCUCAGGCUGUCCUCAGAAACACCGGAGAGGAGUUUCUGUCUGAGGCUGUCCUGAUUAGUGAGUCCUCCGAGAGCCUGCUGGAUGGUCCGGUUGUUGAGGACUCUCUGCAGGAUGUUUGCGCUGAAGCAAACAGCACUGUGGCUCUAGCUGCCACCAUCAGACACGCCACAAGCGUUAGCUGGUUUUUCAAUGGUCAGCUGGUCAAAUCUGGCAAAGAGUUCAAGUGUUCCUCAGACCACGACACACACACGCUGAUCAUCACCAGAGUCAGGAAGACGCACCAAGGAGAGUAUGUCUGUGAGGCUGAGAACCGAGCCGGCAGGACCACCGUGUCUUCACGUCUCACUGUGGUCUCACAAGUGAAACCAGUGUUCAAACACAGGAUCGUUCCUCUGGAGGUGAACGUGGGGAACCCUGCCAGGUUCGAGUGUGACACUGAAGAUGCUCCGAAUGUCACCUUCAAGUGGUUUAAAGAUGGCCAUCCCAUCAAAGAGGGGAAUAAGUACAGGAUCAUCAGUCGCUUCACUGCCUCCUCUCUGGAGGUGCUGUGCACCAUCAAAGAUGACAGUGGAGAUUAUACCUGCAAAGCGUCCAAUCAGCAUGGCAGUGAUGAAUGCUCCGCCUCCCUCAGCAUGACAGAGAAAUGUCCUCCAGCCUUUCUCAGUAAGCCGGACACUCAGACAGUGUAUGUUGGAAAGAGGGCUGUGAUGCAGUGUGUGCUAACGGGCUCGGCCCCUCUGAGUGUUGUGUGGCUUAAAGACCACCAGACGUUGUCACCGGAUCACUACCAGAUCUCUUGUGACAACAACAAGCCCUGUCUCGAGGUGCCCCGGCUGGAGGCGAGAGACCGGGGGCGAUAUGUGUGCAGAGCGUCUAAUGAUGUCGGAGCGGCUGAGUGCAGCAUGGAGCUGCGUGUUGUUGAUAAGCCCCACUUUAUAAAGCCCUUGAGUCCAGUUGCUGCUGUGGUGGGAGCAGCGCUGCACCUGGAGUGUCAGGUGGACGAGGACACUGGAGUAAGUGUCACCUGGACCAGAGACGGUAGAAAAGUCCACCAGUCUCCAGACUGUAAACUGUCGUUUGAGAAAAAGACAGUAAAUCUGGAUAUUCUGAAAACCACACAGAAAGAUUGUGGAAACUACGUGUGCACGUUAACAAAUGAAGCCGGAAGUGCUUCUUGCUCCACUCUGGUGAAGGUUCAAGAACCUCCAGUCUUUCUAAAGAGGCUGGAAGCCACCACGGUUUGGAGGCAGGGCGGCACAGCUCGCCUGCAGUGCUCCGUCAAAGGAUCUCCUGAGCUGCACUCUACCUGGUUCUUCAAUAACACUGAGCUGCCUGCAGGGGGCAGGUACGCGGCCUGUCUUAAGGACGGUGUGGCCACGCUGGAGAUCAGUGGCGUCAUGUUGAGCGAUGCUGGGAAUUACAGCUGUGAGGUUCUGAAUGAAUCUGGCUGUGAGAGCUGCAGCACCAAAGUUGCAGUGAAAGAGCCGCCAUGUUUCUUGAAGGACUUAUCACCUGUUGAGGCAGUGAGGGGGUCCGUAGCCGUGCUGGAGUGUGAAAUCACAGGCUCUGCUCCGUUUGACGUGUCGUGGAAAAAGAACAAGAAGAGCCUGACCACAGACAGAAAGUACAGAGUAGUGUCCCAGGGGUCGCUGACCUCCCUGGAGAUCCACACCUUUGAGAGUGCAGACUCUGGUGAAUAUGAAUGUGCUGUUUCAAACGAAGUGGGUUCAGUGACCACAAAGUCUUUGGUUAAACAGAAAGAGCCGCCCACCUUCUCCAAGAGGAUUGAGAGUGCGACAGCUGUUCUGGGAAACGCAGUGAAGCUCCAGGGAGUGUUGAAAGGCUCCGCCCCCAUCUCUGUCAAAUGGUUGAAAGACUGUGAGCUGCUAAGAGAUGAUGAUCCAACUGUCACCAUGUCCUUUGUGAACAAUGUUCCAAGUAUCACCUUCUCUUCUCCUGAGAUUAAACACGGUGGCAAAUACACCUGCCUUGCAGUGAAUGAGGCAGGACAGCAGAAGUGUGAGGCUGUUCUCACCAUUCAAGAACCUGCUCUGGUCAUUGAGAAGGCAGCGUCCAUCAGCGUAAUGGCUGGCGACUCAGCCACGCUGCAGUGCACGGUUUCAGGAAGCCCUGAUCUCCAAGUGAAGUGGUUCAAAGAUGACAAGGUGAUGGUCAGUGGGCGUAAAUAUAAGAUGACAAUGAAGGAGAACACCGCUGUUCUGAAGAUCCUGUCAGCAGAAAAAGGAGACACCUCAGAGUACCGCAUGGAGGUGUCCAAUAAAGUUGGGAAAGAUGAGUGCACGUGCUCGGUCACUGUUAUAGAUCGUGCCGUUCCUCCAACCUUCACCAAAACUCUAAAGAAAACCGACGCGAGUGUGGGUGGAGAUGUUAGCUUGGAGUGCAGAGUGGCUGGAUCUCAGCCCAUGCUCGUCUCUUGGUUCAAAGAUGAUAAAGAAAUCCACAGCGAUGAUAAAUACAGGCUGGAGUUCAGUGACAGCGCAGCCUCGGUGACCAUCACGGGCCUGGACCAGAGCCACGCAGGAGUUUAUGAGUGCCGGGUUUCUAAUGAGGCCGGACUUGCCCAGACCAGCGGCGCCCUGAUGGUCAAAGAACGUCCCACUUUCACCAUGAAACCCGAGUCCCAGGACGUUUCACCAGGAUCAACAGUUCUGAUUAAAGCAGAUUUCACUGGAUCGCCUCCCAUGGCGAUUAAAUGGUUCAGAGAGGAAAAAGAGAUUUUCUGUGGAGGAAGGAGUGUCAUAAAAAAGGAACCAUAUUCCAGCUCUUUGGAGCUUCACACAGUGAAACCCAGUGACUCUGCUAAGUACACCUGCCAGGUGUCCAACGAUGCCGGAAAGGUGGACUGUACCAUGGUCCUCUUUGUGAAAGAAGCUCCCACCUUUUCAAUGAAACUUGAGCCUUCACGGCUGUUAAAAGCUCAGCAGCCUUUGAGGUUGUCCUGCAAAGUUCAGGGGACUCCAGUCAUUAACGUCUCAUGGUUUAAGAACGGCUCAGAAGUCAGAGCUGACCGUAGACACACCAUGUCCUACGACAGCUCCGUGGCCUCUCUGGAGGUGGAGGACUGUUGUGUAGAGGACAGUGGAGAGUUUGUGUGUGUGGCGUCCAGCGAGGCCGGCAGAGACCAGUGCAGCUGCUCCGUAACGGUCAAAGAGCCUCCGGUCUUUCUGAGGCCGUUUGAGUCAGCUGAGAUCAUGAAGGGAUCUCCCAUUUUCCUGGAAGGAACCAUUGCAGGUUCUCCUCCCUUUGAAAUAACUUGUUUCCUAAACGAGAAACUGAUUCGAAGUGACCCAAAGCGUAAGGUGUGUGUGGACGGAGACACGGUGGCUCUCCAGGUGUCCGCCUGUGACACGAGGGAUGCUGGGACUUACCGAUGCACCGUUUCUAACGAUGUGGGAGAGACCUCUUGUUCUUGCCUCGUUUCUUUGAAAGAACCGCCAUCAUUUGUUCAGAGACUAGAGGACAUGUCCUGCAUGGUGGGCUCUGAUAUGUCUCUGAAGUGCAUGUUGUCUGGAUCAGUCCCCAUGACCUUUCUCUGGACCAAGGAUGAUCAUGAGCUCUCAGAAGACGAGCACAUUAAGAUGCUGUGUGACUGUAACGCUGCUGAGCUGAUUGUGACCGACGCUCAGGUGUCACACAGUGGGCGAUACGCUUGUGAGGCUCGCAACAGAGCUGGUACUCAGAGAUGUGCCGCGGUGGUCGCAGUCUCAGGUGAGAUGGCUCCUCCCAGAUUCAUCAAAAAAUUAACCAAUAUCCAGGCAGUGAUGGGUUCAAAGGUCACAAUGGACUGCAUUGUGGACGGUCCCCCUCCAUUCUUCGUUGAAUGGUACAAGGGGAGGCAAAAACUCAACAAGAGUUUAAAGUACAGCCCUCUGCAGAUGGGAAGUAGCGUUUCCCUGGAGUUCCUCCUGAUGGAAGGCGCUGACACCGGACAGUAUUCCUGCAGGGUUGCAAACGCAGCAGGCAGCUGUGUGUGCAGUGGCGUUCUUACAGCUAAAGUGCCACCAACGUUCACAGCUGAGCUCAGCUCUCAGACUGUUGCUCCUAAUUCGAAUGUGCUCUUCACAAGUGCCUUCGAAGGGACCCCUCCAUUUAUGGUGAAGUGGUUCAAGGACAACCUGGAGCUUGUUUCUGGACCAUCGUGUAUUAUUAUCCUACAGAAAUACUCUUCUUCUGUGGAGCUCCGCUCAGUCUGCUCUCUGCAGAGUGGACUUUAUUGGUGCCAAGUGAGCAACGCAGCAGGCUCCGUGAAAACCACAGCAGGGUUGCUGGUGAAAGAGCCUCCUCGGUUUGUCCUGAAGCUGCCUCCUACCACCUUUGUGAAGCAGUUUGAGGAACAUCGUUUUGAAUGCAAGGCCACCAGCGCCCACGGCUUAAAAGUGUGCUGGUACAAAAACAGCCAGCAGAUAACUGACGGGGGCAACUGUAGAAUUAUGUCAGUGGGUUCAGCAGUAUACCUCCAAAUCGGCUCUGUGACGUGUGAGGACGAAGGAGUCUACACUUGUGAGCUUCGUAAUGAUGCUGGCAGGGCAAGCUGCAGCACCACCCUCACAGUUCAAGAACGGAAAGUCCCUCCAAAUUUCACCAAGAGGCCAUCUGACACCAUGGUGGACUCGGUGGGUAAAGUAGUGAAGAUGGAGGGUCGGGUGUCGGGCUCCCAGCCGCUGACUAUCACCUGGUACAAGGACAAUGUGGAGCUCCAUGCCUCCGACAAAUAUCAGAUGGCCUUCAAGAACAACAUGGCUUCUCUUGGGGUGCGGGACUCCACCCCUUCAGACAGCGGAGUCUACGUCUGCGAGGCGUCCAACGAAGCUGGCAAGGCUUCAUAUCAGGUGUCUCUCUCAGUGUCAGAAACUGGCCAGGCUCCUAAGUUUGACCUCCCUCUGGAGCCGGUGACGGUAACCGAGGGGGAGAAGCUGAGUCUUAGAUGCCACGUCAGAGGCUCUGCCCCUCUCAACAUCCAGUGGAUGAAGGACAGGAGGGAGCUGAAGUCUAGCGACAGCACCAAGAUCACACUUGUGGGUGGAGCAGCAACCCUGGACAUCAGCUCAGUGUCCAAAAGCGAUGCUGGAGAUUAUCUGUGCAAGGCCAGCAAUGCCACAGGCAGUGACUUCUGCAAGUCAAAGGUCACGGUGAAAGAUGGAGAAGUGAAGGCAGUCCCCACUGAGGCUGCUUCCCCAGCUGUCCCAGUCAAAAGACUAGACAACCUGUUCUUCAUCGAGGAACCCAAAAACAUCUCCGUCACAGAGAAGGGAACCGCCACCUUCAUAGCUAAGAUUGGUGGAGAUCCCAUCCCCAGUGUCAAGUGGAUGAAGGGUAAAUGGAGACAGGUCACCCCUGGUGGUCGUAUCUCCAUCGAACACAAGGGACAAGAUGCCAAGCUGGAGAUCAGAGAGGUGACCAAGUCAGACUCAGGUCUCUACAGGUGCGUGGCCUCCAACAAGCAUGGUGAAAUCGAAUGUGGUGCUGAGAUGGAAGUCACCAAAAAGGAUGAAGCUGAAGGAUUUGGAGACAUCAGAUCAAGACUCAAAAAGACUCCUUCCAAGCAGAAAAGUCCAAAGAAAGUCGAAGAGAUCAGUAUUGUAGAUUUGCUCAGAGGUCAUGACCCUAAGGACUAUGAACGGAUCCUGACAGAACAUGGUAUCUAUGACUACAGAGCCAUCCUGCAGGCCGUGGAGUUUCUGAAGAAGGAGAAGGAGAUGGAAACCGGAAAAGUGGAGGUUGAACAUGGUGGCAGAGUGGAGGAGGAGGACAUGGCCAAACUCAUUGAGCAGCUGGAGGGACGUGUUGCUGCUGAGCCUGUCUCUGUGAUGGAGGACAUCGUUGACCAGGUAAUCACGGAGAACCAGACAGCUACAUUUGAGUGCCAGGUCCAGAUCAACUACCCAGAGAUCACGCUGACCUGGUACAAGGGCACACAGAAACUGGACACUGGAGAUAAGUACGAAAUCAGCAGCGUGGGCGACCGACACUAUCUGAAGAUCAAGAGCUGCCAGGUUAAAGAUCAGGGCAACUACCGCGUGGUGUGUGGUCCUCACAUCUCCAACGCUAGGCUCACCGUCACUGAGGAGAGAAAAGCUGUAGAAGAAAGGAUUGAGAGGACUGAAGUCAGAGAGGAGAUCCCAUCAGUUCCUGAGGUUAACAGGCGAGCCGAGGAGAAACCCUCUAAACGUGAGGCUCUGCCCCCACCUGCAGUUUCAGAAGCUGAUGCAAAGCAGACAACACUGGGCGUCAGCGUCACGGCUCCUCCGCAGCAGGAACCACCUGCAGCUCCACAAGCACCUGAGGCUCAGGAAGUUGUGAAAAAGGUUCUUCCUGAACCUCAUCUUCCUACACCAACAGUCAAAGUAAAACCUGUGGUACUUGAACCCAAAGUACCCAAAGGACUAGAAGCAGAACCUACCCAGACCAGCCCAGUAGCUGCUGAAGCAAGAGUCCAAGAGGUCCCCAGACCUGAGAGGCCUGUAGUCCAAUCAUCUGCCAAAGGUACUGCACCAACCAGCGGAGCUUCUCUUAUUGAAGAAGCAAAGACACCACAGCUUUCUGGAAAACUGGACCUGGUGGUUGCUAAACAUGACCAAGACGUUCUAUGGAACACUACUAUAACAGAACUAGAAGAACCAACGUUUCAAGAAACAUUAAAGGAUUUUAUUGAAGCAGCUAGUCAGAUUACUGAGUCGCCUGGAAAUGUUCAAGAUCUUAAAAACAUAUCGAGAAAGACAAAGACGGUUCCACAUUCAUGGAAGGAGGUUACUGAAACACCAAAGAAGGCUCCUGAAACUCCAAAGGUGGUUCCUGAAACACCAAAAGUGGUUCCUGAAACACCAACGGUAGUUCCUGAAACACCAAAGGUGGUACCAGAAACACCAAAGUUGGUUCCUGAAACACCAAGGGUGUUUCCUGAAACUCUAAAGGCACCAAAGGUGGUUCCUGAAACACCAAAGGUGGUACCAGAAACACCAAAGGUAGUAUCAGAAACACCAAAAGUGGUUCCUGAAACACCAAAGGUGGUACCAGAAACACCAAAGGUGGUACCAGAAGCACCAAAGGUGGUACCAGAAACACCAAAGGUGGUACCAGAAACACCAAAGGUGGUUCCUGAAACACCAAGGGUGUUUCCUGAAACUCUAAAGGCACCAAAGGUGGUUCCUGAAACACCAAAGGUGGUACCAGAAACACCAAAGUUGGUUCCUGAAACACCAAAGGCACCAAAGGUGGUUUCUGAAACGCCAAAGGCACCAGAGGUGGUUCUUGAAACACCAAAGGUGGUACCAGAAGCACCAAAGGUGGUACCAGAAACACCAAAGGUAGUUCCUGUAACACCAAAGGUGGUACCAGAAACACCAAAGGUGGUUCCUGAAACACCAAGGGUGUUUCCUGAAACUCUAAAGGCACCAAAAGUGGUUACUGAAACACCAAAGGUGGUACCAGAAACUCCAAAGGUGGUUCCUGAAACACCAAAGGCACCAAAGGUGGUUCCUGAAACACCAAAGGUGGUACCAGAAACACCAAAGGUGGUUCCUGAAACACCAAAGGCACCAAAGGUGGUUCCUGAAACACCAAAGGUGGUACCAGAAACUCCAAAGGUGGUACCAGAAAUACCAAAGGUGGUUCCUGAAACACCAAAGGCACCAGAGGUGGUUCUUGAAACACCAAAGGUGGUUCCUAAAACACCAACGGCACCAAAGGUGGCUCCUGAAACACUGAAGGCACCAAAGGUGGUUCCUGAAACACCAAAGGCACCAAAGGUGGUUCCUGAAACACCGAAGGUGGUACCAGAAACUCCAAAGAAAGUUCUUGAAACACCAGUGAAAGUAUGUGAAACACCUGAAGUGGUGCCAGAAACACUAAAGGUGAUUCCUGAAACCUCAGUGGUGCUUCCUGAGAUACCAAAGGUGGUACCAGAAUCUCCAAAGAAAGUUACUGAAACACCGAAGGUGGUUCCUGAAACUCAAAUGGUGGUUUCUGAAACAGUAAUGAAAGCUUCUGAAGCACCUAAGGUGAUUCCUGAGACUCCAACUAAAGUUUCAGAAGCCCAAAAUAUGGUCCAAGAAAUCCCAAAAGGGGAUUCAGAGAUCCAAAAGUUGGUUAUUGAAACACCAAUGGUGGCUUCCAAUAUUCCAAAGAAGAUUGCAGAAGAAACAGCUAGGAUUACGGAAGAUCCAGAAAAGACUUCAGCUGACCCACCAGUGAAGCUGAAGAAAGAGCAAGAAGCUUCAAUAUUAGUCAGAAAGAAACCAGCUGGCAGGGCAUCAACACCUCCACCGGACUUGCAACGACAUCCUCAGCAACAAGUGUCUCCUCCAGAGGAGAAGAAACCAGCGUCAAUAUUAAAGCCUUCACCACCUCCUCCCCCUGCCAAAAUGAAGGUCUCUCCUCCUGCAGAGAAGAAACCAUCUGCACCCGUACCAAAGCCCUCACCCACUGAUACUCAUGCAGCUCCUGCAGCUCCUGUAGCUCCUGCAGCUCCUACUGCUCCUGCAGCUCCUGUAGCUCCUGCUGCUCCUGUAGCUCCUGCAGCUCCUGCUGCUCCUGCAGCUCCUGUAGCUCCUGCUGCUCCUACUGCUCCUGCUGCUCCUGUAGCUCUUGCUGCUCCUGCAGCACUUGCUGCUCCUGCAGCUCCCACAAAGGAAGUUUCUCCUCCAGCAGAGGAGAAGAAACCAUCUCUAAAGCAUGCAGCUCCUGCAGCCAGAGUUACUCCCCCUGCAGUGUCUCCUCCAGAGGAGAAGAAACCAUUUCUACCACCAACAAAGCCUCCAGCAGAGAAAGUAGUCCCACCCACAGCUCCAGCUACAGAGGAGGAGAAGGAACUUCAUGUAAAGACUGAACCUCCCACCAUGUCAGAGCAAACCCCUCAGCCUGAAGACAAGGAACCAGUUUCAGCUCCUGGACCAACUAAAGUGGCAAUGUUUAAACAAAAUGGUGAAACAGAGUUGCCUAAACUAAAGAGUAAAUUCACUAAAAUCCACAAAGAACCAGAACCAGAGGUCAUCAAGCUGAAGAAGGUUCCAGUGACUCCUCCAGAACCUGAGAAACAAGUGGUAACACACAAAGCUGAGGUAACAAGACAUCAUGUUCCAGAACAUUGGGUCCACACACUUCAUGAUAGAGAUGACCGAGAGAUCACGGCCCUCAAAAGAACUGAACAGAUCUUCACUGCAGAGCAGGAAACCUUUCAGCUGUCCCAGUCCCAGGAGACAAGAGUAUUUAAAGUGUCACAGAAAACAGAGAGUGAAGGGUGGACGAGAACCCUGAAACCACGGACCGAAGAAGCUUCAGAUGUUGAUAAGAACAAAAUCACUAAACUACUGAAUGAAUGUGAGCAAAAAGAAUCUGUUAGACUGAAACCGAUCGACAAAUCUGACAGAUCAGAACCAGAGCCUCAGAUGGUCCAACUGAAACACGUUCCGAGCAAUCCAAAAGUCCCUGAAAAUAACGUAUCAGUGAUUGAAGCUGAAAGGAAAAAGCAAACCGAAGCUAAACCAACAGUUCAGAUGCUGGAGCGUAAAGAGGCUCCAGAUAUAACCACAACCAGAAGACCUGAAAAAGUCUCUACUGCACCUGAGGGGGCAUCUGAACUGGACAUUAUGGAGGAGUCCAAAGGGCUAGAGCCUGAGGAGAAGUCCAAAUGGAUCAGAACAAUUAAAACAAACAAGGAUAAAGAACCUGAACCAGAUUUUACUACAAGGAAAAUAAAACAACUGCUAAAAAAAGGAGGACAAGAAGUAGUGACACUGAAACCGUUUGAAAAGCCUCCAAAGCAAGAACCAGCUGAACCACCGAAGGCUAAAGACAAAGUCCAACCAAAGGCAGAGAUGGAUCAUCAUCCCUUCAUAAUUGGUCAAAUGAUCAAAGAGCAACCUACAGUCGACAGGAAGACUGGGAAACCUAAAGAUGUGGCUCUUACGAGUGCCGUUACAUCUCCAGAUGUCAGCAGAACUCCACAGGAAACAUUUCCACAACAGACGGUAUCAGAGGCUAAAUCUUCUGCAGCUGACAAGCUGAAAGGAUGGCCUAAAGCUGAACCCUCAGGACAUAAAAAGAAGGACCAGAGUGUGUUGAAGACUCUCACCAAAACCACCAUGCCAGAAGAUGCACCGCAGGAAGUGAAAAUAAAACCUUUAGUGCCAAGACAAUCCCUAAGAGAGGAGAUAACCAAAGACCUAAAGAGCUGUCAGAAAGUUGAGAAGAUGAUCACAUAUGAAACAGAUAAACCUAAAGGGCUGGAGAAGCCAGCAAGUCCAGACAACAGUCUAAGUUCUCCAGGACAACAAAGGGUAAUCCCAGCAAAUGAAGCAGACACAUCACCCAAACAGACACCAUCGCCCAAACAGACCCCAUCGCCCAAAGUGACCUCAUCACCCAAAGAGACCCUGUCGCCCAAAGAGACCCUGUCGCCCAAACAGACCCCGUCGCCCAAACAGACCCAAUCGCCCAAAGUGACCCUGUCUCCCAAAGAGACCCCGUUGCCCAAAGAGACCCCAUCACCCAAACUGACCCCAUCGCCCAAAGUGACCCUGUCGCCCAAAGAGACCCCGUCGCCCAAACUGACCCCAUCCCCCAAAGUGAUCCUGUCGCCCAAAGAGACCCCAUCACCCAAAGAGACCCCAUUGUCCAAAGAGACCUUUUCAUCAAAGGUUGAUAAGCCAAGUGUUGAGGAGACUGAGAAGAAGCCAUGUGGUGAAGAGAUCAAAGGGUCUCCCAAAGUUGUUUCCCCCAAAGACUCCCCAGAGAGUAUUAUGCCCAGAAUGGUAACUCAAAAGCAUACAGUCCAGCAGGAAUCUGAAGUAGAUGGGAUCUUUCUGGUGAAGGAGAUCCCCCCUGGUGCUGCACUGAUUAAAAGGGUGACAACUCAGCCUGAGGAGGAAGUUUUUGAAGAGGAGACUGAGGAAACUGAAGACGAGGCCUGGGGCUGGGAACUCAUUCCCCCAGAGGACUGGGAAAGUGAAGAAGUGAUGGGGGCAAUGGAAACUCCGGGUAUGCCUGGUGCCAGACGAGAUGGAAAACCAGCAGAAGAGCCAGCAAAAGGCCGAGGCCGAGGGUUUGGAGCGAGGCAGACACCUUCUCCAGGUGAUGGUGGUAAAGGGCGGGGCCAGAGGCCUGGUGGUAAAGGACCAUCACCACCUGAGGAACCAUUUGGAGGAUUCAAACUCAAAGCUGUCCCUCUGAAGUUCACCAAGAAGAUUCAGGACAUUGUUCUACAGGAGGCCGAGUCCAUUGGAUCCUCUGCUGUGUUUGAGUGUGAGGUGUCACCCUCCACCGCCAUCACUUCCUGGAUGAAAGAUGGUGGUAAUCUGCGUGAAGGUCCCAAACACAAGUUCACCUCUGAUGGUAAAGACCGUAAGCUGCACAUCAUUGAUGUCCAGCUGUCUGACACGGGUGAAUACACCUGUGUGGCUAAGAAUGCUGGCAAGGAGAUUACAUGCACCGCCAAGCUGAUCGUGGAAGAGCUGCCUGUUAAGUGGCUGAAGGAGCUGGAACCGGAGACGACAUGUAUGAAGGGUCAGCCCAUGUACCUGACCUGUGAGCUGAACAAAGAGAGAGACGUGGUCUGGAAGCGGAACGGAGAAGUUCUGAAGAAGAAGGCAGGAAAAGUGGCCAUUAACAUCAUCGGGAUGCAACAGGCAGUGACCAUUCAAAAUGCCACAGAAGAGGACGCUGGUGUCUACAGCUGUGAGGUGGAAGGCCAGGAGGAUGUCAGGACUGCAACCACUAUCAAAGUGCUCGAGGUCAUCAAGGACUGGCUGGUGAAACCUCUGAGGGACCAGCAUGUGAAACCAAAGGCCAAAGCCACGUUCAAGUGUGAGCUGUUCAAAGACACUCCCAACUGGAAAUGGCUGAAAGGAGACAACGAGCUGACACCGUCUGACAAGGUCCAGAUCAACAAGGACGGGAAGGACGUGAUGCUCACCAUCAAUAACUGCCAACCCGAUGAUGUGUCAGACUACACCAUAGAGGUGGAGGAUCGGAGAUACACGGCCAAACUCACACUGGGAGAGCGAGAGGCGGAGGUCCUGAAACCCCUCACCAGUGUGGAGGUGGUUGAGAAGGAGGAAGCCAACUUUGAAACUGAAAUCUCUGAAGAAGAUGUGAUGGGCGAGUGGAAACUGAGAGGCCAGGUGUUGGCCAGAACUCCGACCUGUGACAUCAAGGCUGAGGGCGGGAAGCGAUUCCUGACGCUGAAGAAUGUGCAGCUGGACCAGGCUGGAGAAGUGUCCUAUCAGGCUCUGAAUGCAGUGACCAGCGCCAUGCUCACUGUUAAAGAAAUCGAAAUGGGCUUUGUGGAGGUUCUGAAGGAUGUUUCUGUGCCUGAGAAGAAGCAGGCUAAGUUUGAAUGCACCAUCACUAAGGAAGUGACAAAGGUCAUGUGGUUCAGAGGGGCGGACAUCAUCACGUCUAGCCCCAAAUAUGAACUAAUCCAAGAUGGAGGGAAACACAUGCUGAUCAUUAACAGCUGUGAGUUUGAUGAUGAGUCUCAGUACACCAUAGAGGUUCUAGGCCAGAGAUCCAGCGCCCAGCUGAUGGUGGAAGGCAUGAGGCUCAGGUUCCUGCAGCCACUUCAGGACCAAACCGUUAAAGAAGGUAACGCUGUGCGCUUUGAUAUUGAGCUGACUCACGACAACGUGCCUGUGGUUUGGUACCGGAAUGAAGUGAAGUUGCACGUGAGCAGAACCGUGCUCAUACAUGUGGAGGGAAAGAAACACUCUCUAGAAAUGAGGACGCUGAGUCUAGAUGAUACCUGCCAGAUUAAGGCAGAGGCCAAAGGCGUUUGCUCCACGGCCAAACUGACAGUCAUAGAGGGCGACGCCAUCUUCGUGGUGAAGCUACAGGAUUACACCGCCACUGAGAAAGAUGAGGUGACGCUAGACUGCGAGCUGAGCAAAGAUGUGCCCGUUGUUUGGUACCACAGUGAGAAAGAGAUCACUGCCUCCAAGUUGGUGGUCAUGAGGUCAGAGGGCACACGCAGGUCUCUGGUCCUGAAGAAGGUGGCCCAGGGCGAUCAAGGCCAGUAUGUAUGUGACUGUGGGACGGACAAAACUUCAGCCAACAUCAUCAUCGAAGCACGGGAUGUGAAGGUUGUGCGUCCAAUCUACGGCGUGGAGCUGUUUGAUGGAGAGACUGCUCGUUUUGAGGUGGAGAUCAAUGAGGAUGAUAUGCACGGCCAGUGGAGGCUGAAUGGAAAUGUGCUCAGUCCUUCUUCUGAUGUGGACAUCAUUGAGGAGGGAGGCAAACAUACACUGAUCCUCUACAACUGCAGGGUGUCCAUGACUGGAGAGGUGGCAUAUGCUGCUGCCAAUGCCAAGUGUUCUGCCAACCUAAAGGUCAAAGAACUUCCUCUGAGCUUCCUGACACCACUCAGUGACGUUCAGGUCUAUGAGAAGGAUGAGGCCCGAUUUGAGCUGGAGGUGUCCAGAACCCCCAAAGGUUUCCGCUGGCUGAAAGGCUCGCAGGAGCUGACGAGUGACGACAAGUACGAGAUGAUCCAAGAGGGAAAAAUGUACGCUCUGGUGAUCCAGGCAGCUGCUUAUGAAGAUGAGGCCAAGUACAUGUUUGAGGCCGAGGACAAGAGGACAAUGGGCAAACUUGUUAUUCAAGGUAUUCGUCUGGAGUUCAUCAAGCCCAUUAAAGACGUGACGGUGAAGGAGCGUGAAACUGCUGAGUUCAGCGUGGAACUGUCUCACGACAACAUCUCAGUGGUAUGGUACAAGAAUGACGUCCGUCUGCAUCCUAGUAAGGUGGUGCACAUGUCGGAUCAAGGAAAGGUCCACACACUGGCCUUUAAAGAGGUCACCAUUGAUGACACAUCCAUGAUCAAAGUGGAGGCCAUGGACAAGAACCUAACAGCCAUGCUUACCGUCAUAGAAGGUGAUCUGUACUUCACUAGCAAGCUGCAGAACUACACCGCUGUGGAGAAAGAUGAAGUGAAGCUGGUCUGUGAGUUGAGCAAAGCUGUUGCCGAUGUCAAAUGGUUUAAGGAUGGGAAUGAGAUCACUCCAUCCAAGAACAUCACCAUCAGCUCUGAUGGGAAGAAGAGAAUCCUGACAGUCCGUAAGGCAGAGAAGGCCAACAUCGGAGCGUACACCUGUGACUGUGGCUCAGACAAGACCACGGCUGACUUGAACAUUGAAGAACGGGACAUCAAAGUGGCCCGUCCCCUGUACAGUGUGGAGGUGACGGAGACAGAGACGGCUAAGUUUGAGACUGAGAUCUCAGAGGAGGACGUUCAUGGAAACUGGAAGCUCAAGGGAGAAGCUCUGCACCAGUCAGCUGACAUAGAGAUUAAAGAAGAGGGGACCAAACACAUGCUGAUUCUCUACAACGUCCGGAUGGACAUGGCUGGACCUGUGGACUUCUCAGCUGCUAAUGCCAAGUCCAGCGCUCAGCUCAGGGUCAAAGCCCGCUCCAUCAUACUGACACGUCCUCUGAAGGACGUGACCGUGACAGCUGGAGAAACAGCCACCUUCGAGUGUGAGCUGUCCUACGACGGCAUCGAGGUAGAGUGGCUGCUGGGCGGAGAGCGGAUGGAGGCCAGCGAUCGGGUGAAGACCCGUGUUGCAGGCAGGGUCCACACUCUCACCGUCAGAGACGUGAAGUUGGUGGAGGCCGGCGAGGUCAAGCUGUGUGCUAAAGACUUCCAAACUCAGGCUCAGCUCAUUGUCAGAGAACCGCCGGUGGAGUUCACAAAGCUUCUGGAGGACCAGACGGUGGAGGAAGAGGCCAUUGCCACCCUGGAGUGUGAAGUUUCCAGAGAGAAUGCAGAGGUUCGCUGGUUCAGAGAAGGACAGGAGAUCAGAAAAACCAAGAAGUAUGACACAGUUGCUGAUGGGCGCAAGAGGGCGCUGCUCAUCCAUGACUGCUCUCCAGAAGAUGCCAAGAUGUACACAUGUGACGCCAAGGAGUUCAAGACUUCCUGCUUCUUGGAGGUCACACCUCCAUAUGUGGAAUUUGGCAAGCCUCUGCAGGACGUGGAGGUCCGAGAGAAGGAAUCAGCCAGGUUCGAAUGUGAAGUGUCUCGUGAAUCCGCCAAGGUUCGUUGGUUCAAAGAUGGGAGCGAAAUCAGGAAAGGGAAGAAGUACGAGAUCAUUGCUAAAGGGGUGCAGAGGAUCCUGAUCGUCCACAAGUCGAUGUUUGAUGAUGAAGCCGAGUACGAAUGUGAUGCCAGAACCUCCAAGACGUCCGGGAUGCUGACGGUCAUUGAGGAAGCUGCUACCUUCACCAAGAACCUGUCCAAUGUGGAGGGAACAGAAACGGACAGUGUGAAGAUGGUCUGUGAAGUCUCAAAGAUCAACGCAGAGGUCAUCUGGUACCGGGGAGAAGAGGAGCUGCCAGAGGGCGGUCGCUAUGAACAGAUCUCAGAUGGACGUAAGAGGAUCCUGAUCAUCCAGGACCUGAGGAUGGAGGAUGCUGCAGAGUACACGUGCAGGCUGAGCCCCACAGUCCAGACAUCUGCAGCUCUGAAACUUAAUGAACUAGCUGCUGAGUUCAUCUCACGUCCCCAAAGCCAGGAGGUGGUGGAGGGGGACAAGGCUGAGUUUACUUGCUCUGUCUCCAAAGACACCUAUGAGGUGAAAUGGUUCAGAGGUGAGCAGGAGAUCCAGGAUGGAGACAAAUACACCAUCAUCAGUGAAGGAAAGAGAAGAGCUCUUAUUGUAAAACGAUGUGAGCUGAAGGACGAGGGCGGCUACGUCGCCCACAUCGGCAACGUCAAGGCCUCCGCUGACCUCUUUGUGCUAGAGAAACUGAGGAUCAUCACCCCGAUUAAAGACACAGAAGUGAAGGAGGGAAGUGAGAUUGUGUUCAACUGUGAGACCAACACAGAGGGAGGCAAGGCCAAGUGGCUGAAGAACGAGGAGACCAUCUUUGACAGCAGCAAGUACAUGAUGGCUCAGAGAGACAAUGUCUUCUCUCUGAGGAUCAGAGAUGCUCAGAAGGUAGAUGAGGCCACCUACACCAUCUCUUUAACCAAUCACAGAGGAGAAAGUGCCAAAUGCAGUGCCAGCGCUAGAGUUGCAGAGGAGAGGCUGAAAUUCCUGGAACCCAUUGAGGACAUUGAGACUCAGGAGAAGAAAACCAUCAGCUUUGUCUGUAAGGUGAACCGGCCGGAGGUGACCAUCCGCUGGAUGAAGGCCGGCCAGGAAAUAACGCUCAGCAAACGCGUCGUUUACCGAGCCGAUGGCCUCAAACACACGCUGACUAUCAAGGACUGUGUCAUGGAAGAUGAGGGUGAGUACACGGCUGUGCUCGGAGAUGACAAGUGUGCUGCUGAGCUGAUCAUCAGCGAGGCACCGACCGACUUCACGGCACAGCUCAAAGACCAAACCAUCACCGAGUUUGAGGACGCUGAGUUCAGCUGUAAACUGAGCAAGGAGAAGGCUGCUGUCAAGUGGUACAGGAACGGGCGUGAGAUCAGAGAAGGUCCCAGAUAUCAUAUGGAGAGAGACGGCAGGACAUGCAGACUGACCAUCAAGGUGUGCAGACCUGAUGAUGAAUGUGAAUAUGCCUGUGGCGUAGAUGAGAGGAGGACCAGAGCCAGGCUUUUCGUUGAAGAGACGCCGGUGGAGAUCAUCCGACCCCCUCAGGACGUCUUUGAACCUCCAGGCUCCGACGUCGUGUUCGAGGUGGAGCUCAACAAGGACCGGGUGGAGGUGAAGUGGAUGAGGAACAACAUGAUCAUCGUCCAGGGAGACAAGUACCAGAUGAUCAGUGAGGGGAAGCUUCACCGGCUGCAGGUGUGUGAGAUCAGGCCCAGAGACCAGGGGGAGUACCGGAUUGUGGCCAAAGACAAGGAUGCCCGGGCCAAGCUGGAGCUGGCAGCUGUUCCAAAGAUCAAAACCACUGACCAGAACCUGGUGACCGAUGCUGGAAAACCUUUCGUGAUGAUCGUGCCCUACGAUGCCUACCCUCGGGCUGACGCUGAGUGGUUCUACAGAGACCAGAGUCUUCCUGUGCAGAACAUUGACACCUCGGUGGACAAGACCGAGUAUCGUUUGAAGAGCCCCAUCAAAGAAGACCAGGGUCGGUACAGAGUAGUGAUCAAAAACAAGCACGGGGAAGGAGAAGCUUUCAUCAAUCUAGAUGUGAUCGAUGUGCCCGGACCCAUCAAGAACCUGAGAGUAGUUGACACCUCUGAUGGUGAGGUGAGCUUGGCCUGGGAAGAGCCCGAGAGCGAUGGCGGCAGCAAAAUUGUUGCUUACAUUGUGGAGCGGCGUGAUGUGAAGCGUAAGACCUGGACCCUGGCCACAGAUCGGGCUGAUAUUCCAGAGUACUGUGUCAGUGGCCUUCAGAAGGACUCCCUGUACCUGUUCAGAGUCUGUGCUCGAAACAGGGUUGGCAACGGACCUGCAGUUGCCACGGACGACGCCGUUCAGGCCAAGAACAAGUUUGAUGUUCCAGAUGCUCCAGAAAAUGUUGCAGUAAGUGUGGUGAACAGGUUUGGAGCCACGAUCUCCUGGGAGCCUCCCAACUUUGAUGGUGGUUCAGAUAUAACGGCCUAUGUGAUCGAGCUUCGCGACAGGACUUCUGUGAAGUGGGAGGCGGCGCUGGUGUGCAGGGCCAGCGAGCGCUCGGCCACCCUCAACGACGUGGUGGAGCACAAGGAGUACAUCUUCAGAGUCCGGGCUGAGAACAAGGCUGGCAUUGGCAGGCCCAGUGCCGCCACCAAUCCUGUGAAGAUCAUGGAUCCCAUCGAGAGGCCCAGCCCACCUCUGAACCUCAACUACAGUGACCAGAUCAACACGGCUGUCACGCUGACCUGGGAGACACCGGCCAGCAAUGGAGGCAGCAUGAUAACCGGCUACAUCAUUCAGAAAUGUGAUGAGGGUUCUGACAAGUGGCUGCGCUGCAACGCCAGGCUGUGUCCAGACCUGUUCUACCGGGUGUCUGGGCUGAAGCAGGGUCAGAAGUACCUGUACAGAGUUAGUGCUGAAAACGCAGCUGGUGUUUCAGAUCCAGCCGAGCAGCUUGGACCUCUGCUGGCUGAUGACCCGCAUGUCGGUCCGACCUUUGACCUGAGCGGCUUCAGGAAGGGCCUGGAGGUGAUCGCUCCUCAGCCUCUCACCAUCAGAGUCCCCAUCACCGGAUACCCAACUCCUGCUGCCAGGUGGACUUUUGGAGAGAAGGAGCUGAGUGAUGCAGAGGAGCGUGUCUCCGUGGCAACCAAGUCGACAUAUGCAGAGCUGACCAUCUCACCGAGCGUUCGUCCAGACAAAGGCACCUAUGGCCUGCAGCUGGAGAAUGACGUCGCCUCCGUCUCUGGAGAGAUUGAGGUCAACGUCAUUGCAUGCCCCAGUGCUCCUAAAGACUUCAAGGUGGCUGAGGUGACCCGACACCAUGUGCACUUGAUGUGGGAGCCUCCGGAGCACGAUGGAGGAAGUCCCGUCACCCACUAUCAGAUUGAAAAGAGAGAAGCUUCUAGAAAGACCUGGGCCAAGGUGGCGGCCGGCAUCAUGGACCUGGAGCACACCGUCACCGACGUGAUUGAGGGGAAAGAAUACCUGUUCAGUGUUAUUGCCUGCAACAAGUGUGGACCUGGAGAACCAGCGUACAUCGACGAGCCUGUCAACGUCUCCUCACCUGCCACUGUUCCUGAUCCACCUGAAAACCUGAAGUGGAGAGAUAAGAGUGCAAAAGCCAUCUUCCUCUCUUGGGAACCUCCGAGGUAUGAUGGUGGUGCUACCAUCAAAGGCUAUGUGGUGGACAAGUGUCAGCGUGGCACAGACAAGUGGGAGCCCUGCAGUGACCCCGUUACAGAACUCAAGUUCCAGGUAACCGGGCUGAUUGAGGGCCAGUGGUACGCCUACAGAGUCAGGGCCCUGAACAAGCUCGGAGCCAGCAGGCCCUGUAGGGCCACUGAUGAGAUCCAGGCUGUGGAUGCCAGAGAACCUCCAGAGAUUCAGCUGGAUGUCAAACUCCUUGCUGGUCUCACAACCAGAGCUGGUAGCAAGAUCGAGCUUCCUGCUGAUGUCAAAGGACAGCCCGACCCACGGGUUAAAUGGACCAAGGCUGAUUUGGUCCUACGGGCUGAUGACCGCAUUGCCAUUGACACCCAGCCAGGACACUCCAAGCUGUCCAUCAGCAACACCUCUAGAGGCGACACCGCCACCUACAUCAUCGAGGCCGUCAACCUGUGUGGCCGUGCCACUGCUACCAUCGACGUCAACAUCCUGGACAAACCAGGACCUCCAGCUGCCUUCGACAUCUCUGAGAUCACCAACGAGUCCUGCGUCAUGGCCUGGAACCCGCCCAGGGAUGAUGGCGGCUCCCCCAUCACAAACUACAUUGUGGAGUGCCGUCAAACAGACAAUGAGGAGUGGGUUAAACUGUCGGCCACAGUGAAGCUCACCACCUUCAAGGCCUGCAAGCUCAUCGCAAUGAAGGAGUAUGUCUUCAGGAUCAGUGCAGAAAACCAGUAUGGCAUCGGCGUACCGGCGGAGCACACCCCGAUCAUCGCCAAGUACUCCUUCGAACCUCCUGGUCCUCCAACCAGAGUCACACCCUCAGACAUCGCCAAGGAUGCUGUGACUCUGACCUGGUUUGAGCCUGACGAGGAUGGAGGUAGCCCCAUCACUGGAUACUGGAUUGAGAAGUUUGAUCCAGACAGCGAUAAGUGGAUCCGGUGCAACAAAUUGCCUGUAAAAGACACAACCUUCAGGGUAAAGGGACUUCCCACCAAGAAGAAGUACCGCUUUCGUGUUCUGGCAGAGAAUCUGGCUGGACCUGGAAAUCCAAGUGCAGAGACAGAUCCUGUCCUCAUUAAAGACCCGAUAGAUCCUCCAUGGGCACCAGGGAAACCAGUCAUCAAGGAGGUGGCCAAGACUUCUGCCGUCUUAGCUUGGACACGUCCAGAGCACGAUGGUGGAGCAAAGAUUGAAGGCUACAUCAUCGAGUUCCAGAAGAGUGGAAAUGAAGAAUGGAUCAGAAUAGCAGAGGAUGUUCCUCAGACCGAGCACCAGCUGCAGGGUCUGAUGGAGAAGCAGGAGUAUUCCUUCAGGGUCAAAGCUGUCAACAAGGCAGGGGAAAGCGAGCCCAGUGAGCCCAGCGAGCCUGUGGUCUGCAAGGAGAGACUUUACCCUCCAUCUGCCCCUCAGUGGCUGGAAGUGACCAACAUCACCAAAGUCAACGCUGACCUGAAGUGGCAGGCUCCAAGCAGUGAUGGAGGUUCCCCCAUCACCAACUAUGUUGUGGAGAAGAGGGAUGUAAGGCGGAAGGCCUGGCAGACCGUGGACACCACCGUUAAGGAGCUGAAGUACUUGGUGACUCCUCUGAAUGAAGGUUCUCUGUAUGUGUUCCGCGUUGCUGCUGAGAAUGCCGUGGGAACCGGUGACUUCUGUGAGCUGGAGGACGCAGUGCUUGCUAAGGACACGUUCACAACUCCUGGUCCUCCAUAUGCCCUGACAGUGAUGGAGGUCACUAAGAGACACGUGGAGCUGAAGUGGGAACCUCCUAAGAGUGAUGGUGGAAGACCCAUAACCAAGUAUGUGAUUGAGAAGAAAGAAAAGGUGGGAACUCGUUGGCUGAAGUGCUGCAAGACUCCAGACAAACAGACCCAGUUCAAGGUGACGGAUGUGGACGAAGGAUCAGAGGUGCAGUUCCAGGUCAGAGCUGAGAACGAGGCUGGAGUUGGAGAUCCAAGUGAACCCACUGUGAUCCUCACCAUUGAGGACCCGACCAGUCCUCCAUCUCCUCCUCUGGAAGUGACCGUUGUGGACGCCAGUAGGCAACACAUCAACCUCACCUGGAAGCCUCCAGCCAAGGACGGCGGCUGUCCAGUAUCAGGAUACCAUGUGGAGGUGGCAGAGGCUCGUCCUGAGCUGAAGUGGCUCCGGGUCAACAGCAGGCCCAUCAAAGACCUCAAGUUUAGGAUCGAUGAUGGAAUCAAACCAGAGAAGAAGUAUGUUAUCAGGGUUCGAGCCAUCAACUCGAUUGGAGUCAGUGAUCCUUCCGAGAUCUCUGACAAAGUCUUCACCAAGGAUCCUGAUUGUGCUCCAAGCAUGGAUCUAGAGGCCCAGGAUGUGAUUGUGGUUGAAGGUGAGAAGCUGCACUUAAACUGCCCCUACAGGGCCAUCCCAACACCAAAGAUGGUUUGGCAGAAGGACACGGUGGAGUGCAAAGCUGGCGACAGGCUCUCCAUGACUGUGGAGAUGAGCAGCGCACACCUGGAGCUGCUGAAGUGCCAACGCUCUGAUGCUGGAACCUACAACAUCACGCUGGAGAACAGCCUAGGAACAGCUACCGGGACCAUCAAUGUCAAAGUUAUUGGACGCCCUGGUCAGUGCAAAGACAUCUCCUCCAGUGACGUGACGAAGAACUCCUGUAAGAUCAGCUGGGUGGCUCCAGAAGAUGACGGUGACUCACCGAUUGUCAGCUACUGUCUGGAGCGCCGUGAGGCAUCCAAGAAGACCUACAUCCCCAUCAUGUCAGGGGAAAAUGUUCUGACCUUUGAGGUCCAAGACCUUUACAUCAACUGUGAGUACUACUUCAGGGUGAAGGCUGUGAACAAGGUUGGAGCUGGAGAGUACCUGGAUCUACGGAGCCCGGUCAUCACUGAGGAGAUCAAACAAAAACCCGACCCACCCAUCCAGGUGGAGGCUCGCGAUCCCACCUCCUCAUCCGUCACAGUCACUUGGAAGGCUCCAGAUUACGACGGGGGCUGUCCCAUUCAGGGCUACACUGUGGAGAAGAUAGAGAAGGAUGGUGACCGCUACGAGACGGUCACACCAAGCCUGGUCCCUGGCUUCUCCUAUGUGGUGACUGGCCUGAAGGAAGACAUGGAGUAUCAGUUCAGGGUCCGUGCGGAGAAUGCUGCUGGAGUCAGUGAGCCGUCACGCAGCACGCCGCUCAUAAAGGCUGCUGAUCCCGUUGAAAAACCAAAAGUCACCCUGCAUGCCCGUGUGCAGUCAGGCGUCUGCGUUAAGAAGGGAGAGGAGAUUCACAUCGACGCCUUUAUCUCUGGGUCCCCGUACCCUAAAGUCACCUGGCUGAAAAACGAAGAGGACGUUACCAAGGAGCCAACCAAAAAGAUUGUCCCUGUAGUUAAGAAGAAGAGAACCAAAACUCUGGUUCCAGAACCGGAGGAGGAGUUUGUGACUCCUCUGCGUGAGAGACUGGGUCUGGAUAAGACCACCAAAGGCCAGUCCGCUCUGAUGAUCCGUGAUGCUGUCCGAGCUGACCACGGCACUUUCACCAUCAAGGUGGAGAACACACACGGUGCUGCUUCUGCCUCCUGCUUUGUCAACGUCCUGGACAAACCCGGCCCUCCAAUCAACUUCACCUUCGAUGACAUCAGGAACACCUCGGUGGUCUGUAACUGGGAGCCUCCCGAGGACGAUGGCGGCAGUGAGAUUCUGAAUUACAUCCUGGAGAAGAAGGACAACAAGAAUCAUGAGAUUGGCUGGAUUACCAUCACCUCCACGCUGAAGGGCAACCGUUUCCCCGUCACCAAGCUGAUCGAGGGGAAGGAGUACAUCUUCAGAGUUACUGCUGAGAACAAGUUUGGCUGUGGUCCUGGGUGCAUCUCAGAGCCGCUCGUGGCCAAGAAUCAAUUUAACCCUCCAGAUGCCCCCAACACCCCCAGAGUACAUGAGGUGACAGCAAGCUCCGCCCACAUCUCCUGGCAUGAGCCGAAGGACAACGGCAGCCCAAUCCUGGGCUACUGGAUUGAGAGGAAGGAGGUGAACAGCAAACACUGGACCCGAGUGAACCGGGCCCUGCUCAACUCUUUGGAUGUGAAGGUGGCUGGUCUGAUGGAGGGACUCACCUACAUCUUCAGGGUGUGUGCAGAGAACCUGGCCGGGCCCGGGCCCUUCAGCGAGCCCACAGAACGCGUCGUAGCAAUGGACGCCAUCCUUCCUCCUGGACCCCCCACUCCAUGGGUGGUGGACACUGGGAAGGAUUGCGUCAUCCUAGCCUGGAAGCCUCCCCUCUACAACGGUGGAGGAGACAUUCUGGGAUACCACAUUGAGAAGGUCCUGAUGGGAGAAAAGGAGUGGAGCCGCUGCACUGAGUUCAGGUGUAAGGAGCUGACCUACACCGCUGUGGGCCUCACUGAAGGAGCAGAUUACUACUUCCGGGUUGUAGCGGUUAAUGAUGCUGGUCCUGGAGCUCCUGGUGUUACUGACCCCGUCACAGUCAAAGAACCCCAAGAGUCUCCUGCCGUGGCCUUCAACAGCUCUGUUAAAAAUGGAGUCAUGAUCAAAGCCGGAGAUCCUCUGAGGCUUCCUGCUGUGGUGACAGGCCGACCCCAGCCAGAGGUCAAAUGGCUCAAAGAUGAAGCUGAAAUUGACAAAGAGAGGAUGAUGGUGGAGACCGAGGGCAAGAACAGCACUCUGUUCAUUAAGAAGUCCAUCAGAGCAGACCACGGGAAGUACCAGAUCACCGGUACCAACAGCAGCGGCACCAAGAGCGCAGAAACCAGAGUGGACAUUAUGGAUGUUCCUGGACCCGUGGUUGACCUGAAGACUGUUUUGGUGACAAAGAAGAAGAUUGUCCUCACCUGGUCGGAUCCUCUGGACAAUGGAGGCAGUGACAUCAUUGGCUACGAGGUCCUGAGGAAGGAUGCCAAGAUGAAGCUUUUCCGUCAACCCAUUGAAACGGCCUCCUGUAAAUGUGACAUUCAGGACCUUCUGGCCAAUGAGGAGUACGACUUCAGGGUCAUUGCCAGAAACAAGUAUGGUGAUGGAGCUCCAGCAGACCUGGGACCCAUCUUGGCUGAAGAUCCUAAAGGUACUCCGUCUGCCCCUGAGAAGCUGCACUACACUGACAGAAGUAAGACCACCAUCACUCUGGCCUGGCUGCCACCACGCACCGAUGGUGGCAGCCCCAUCAGAGGCUACUACGUAGAAAAGAUGAGGUCUGAUGACACCGAGUUCGAUGUGGCCAAUCGCAAGAUCUUCACAGAGUGCAGUGGAACUAUUGAAAACCUUUCUGAGAACCAGGAGUACCAGUUCCGUGUCAAAGCUGUAAAUGAAGUUGGGGAUGGGGAACCAUCCAAACCAAUCACAGCCAGGAUCCAGGAUGAUCAACUUCCUCCAUCCAUCACCAUCUUGAAGUUUUUCAAGAGCAACACGAUUGUUGUGAGGAAAGGAGCCGCCAUCGACAUCCCAGCAGAGGUGACCGGACUUCCUCUGCCUGUGCUUCAGUGGAUGAAGGAUGAUGUGGUGAUGGAGAAGCCUGAAGAUGAGAAGAUGACAAUGGAAACAGAGGAGGUGAACCGGACCACCCUGAAGACCAAGAUUGCUAUACCACAAACCAUCAGACAGGACAAAGGAAACUACAAGCUGGUCGCCGAGAACAGUUAUGGCCAAGCUCAGCAAGUGGUCAGAGUGGAGAUCCUGGACCGUCCCCUUCCUCCGAGGAACAUAGUGGUGUCGGACAUCAAGGCGGAUUCUUGCUACCUGACGUGGGACUCUCCUGAGGACAAUGGAGGAAGUGAGAUCACCAACUACAUCGUGGAGCGCCGAGACGCCAGCAAGAAGAAGUCUGACUUUGAAGUUUUGACCAUCAACCUGAUUGACAGGAGAUAUGGGGUCUGCAAACUGGCCCUGAAUGGUUGCUACCAAUUUAGGAUCAAAGCUGAGAACAAAUAUGGCACCAGUGAUGGCUGCGACUCGGAGAAAGUCCAGCUCCGAGAUCCGUUCGGCCUCCCCGGACCUCCACGUAACUCUAAAAUCAUAGCCGCCACGACGUCUUCCAUGACCGUGACCUGGGACCCCCCGCUGGACAACGGUGGCUCUACCAUCCAGGGCUAUUGGUUGGAGAAGAGGGAGCGUGGUGCCGUGUACUGGGGCCGUGUUAACCGAGCCCCGGUCACCAAGCCGGCUGUGAAGGGUCUGCAGUACACUGUGCUGAGGCUUAUCGAAGGAACGGAGUACCAGUUCAGGAUCUCAGCCUGCAACGCUGCAGGGGUCGGGCCGCCCAGCGAAGCCACAGAGUGCCGCUUCGCCGUGGAUCCUUGCAAUCCACCCAGCCCCCCUGGAGCCCUUGAGGUGAAGGACAAGACCAAGAGCAGCAUCACGCUCACCUGGACACCCCCCGAUAGAGAUGGAGGAAGUCCCAUCAAAGGUUACAUCGUUGACGUCCAUGAGGAAGGCUCUCCUGAUUGGAGGAGGGUCAAUCCUGCUGACAAGCUGCACCCGUCCACUGAAAUCACCAUCCCAGACCUGAAGGAGGGCAAGAAGUGCAAGUUUAGGAUCUAUGCUGUGAAUGCUGCUGGAAACUCUGAGCCCGCCAGAAGCGGAGACAUCCUGGUUCAAGACAUCCUGAUCGAACCCACCGUUACUCUAGACGUGAGUGCCAAUGACCUGCUGAACUGCAGAGCCGGAACCAGCAUCAGGAUCCCUGCCACCAUCACAGGAAGACCCAUUCCCAAAGUCAGCUGGACCUUCGUGGACGGUACCGCUGAGACGGAGAAAAAGAACGACCUUCACACGCUGCCUAUUGACUCAGAGAUUCACUCUACUGACACCACUUCAGUGGUUCUGAUCCCAGACAGCAAACUGGGUCACAGUGGUCGGUACAUCAUCAAUGCUGAGAGCCCAGCUGGUCACAAAGUGGUCAAAGUCCGGGUUAACGUGCUUGACCUUCCCGGACCUCCAAGAAACCUCAAGGUGAGCGAUGUGACCCGAGGAACCUGCAGACUCACUUGGAAGCCUCCAGAAAGCGACGGUGGUGAGAGGGUGAAGAGCUACUUCAUUGAGAAGAAAACAGUGGAGGGCAAAGCCUGGACUAAGGUGAACCCGGCCUGUGCUGCUCAGUCUCUGGUGGUUCCAGACCUGAUCAAUGGAGAGGAGUACCUUUUCCGCAUUCGAGCCGAGAACCGCUUUGGCUUCAGCCCGUUUGUGGAGACUACUGAAGGGACCAAAGCCAGAGAUCCCAUCUAUCCUCCAGAUCCUCCAACCAGGCUGAAGAUCCAGAACAUCAGAAAGGGUACAGUGACUCUGACUUGGAAGGCUCCGAAGAACGACGGUGGUUCACCUGUGACCCACUAUAGCGUGGAUCUGCUCUGCUGGGACUCCAGCGGCACGCAAAAGGAGUCCUGGAGGAGGUGCAACAGGAGAGACGUGGACACCACAACCUUCAAGGUGGAGGACCUUACAGAAGGAGAUGAGUAUGAGUUCAGAGUGACAGCAUUCAAUGAAGUUGGUCCGAGCCGCCCAUCAUCCACAGCUGGUCCCAUCCUGCUCCAAGACCAAACCUGUCCUCCGUCCAUCGAACUGGAGGAGUUUAUGGAGGUUGAGCAGGGCUCUGACAUCAGCAUUGUGGCUAAGCUCCGCGGCUGUCCAUUUCCUAAACUCACCUGGUUCAAGGCUCCACCCCACAAGUCUGAAGACAGGGUGGAGGUUCAGUAUGACGAACAUAUCAACAAAAUUGUCUCAGACGACAGCUGCACACUGCUCAUCCAGCAGGGCAAACGGCCCGACACUGGUCUGUACACGCUGGUGGCCUCCAACAGCCUUGGCAAGGCGCACAAGGAGAUGAGGCUCAACGUACUCGGUCGUCCUGGACCCCCCUCUGCUCCUAUUAAGUUUGAGGAGGUCAAAGCUGAGAAGAUCACGCUGUCCUGGCUGCCACCAAAAGACGACGGUGGCUCAAAAGUCACAAACUAUGUCAUCUGGAGGCGGGUGGCCAACAGGAAGACCUGGGUACCGGUGACCAGUGAGCCCAAAGACCGGAUCUGGACCGUAGAAAACCUUAUGGAGGGGCACGAGUAUGUGUUCCGCAUCAUGGCCCAGAACAAGUAUGGGACUGGAGAGCCUCUUGACAGUGAGCCUGAGGUGGCCCGUAACCGUUACACUGUCCCGGGUCAGUGUGAAAAGCCGACUGUAACUAACGUCACCAUGGACUCAAUGACAGUUAACUGGGAGGAGCCUGAGGACGACGGGGGCACCCAGAUUACCGGCUACUGGCUGGAGCGCAAAGAGACAACAGGGAAACGCUGGACCCGGGCUACUCGAGACCCCAUUCGCCCCAUGGGCCUGGGCGAGUCUUUUGUAGUGAGUGGACUUGUUGAGGGUUCCCAGUAUUUAUUCCGAGUUUCUGCCAUCAAUGCUGCUGGGCCUGGCCUUGCCAGCCCCCCUACUGACCCCGUGUUUGCCAGAGACCCGAUCUCCCCCCCAUCUCCUCCAACACCCAAAGUCUCUGAUUGGACGAAAUCUACCGUGGACCUGGACUGGAUCCCACCACUGAAGGACGGAGGCUCCAAGAUCAUCGGAUACUGGGUGGAGUACAGGGAGGAGGGCACUGAGGCCUGGGUCAAGGCUAAGGAAACCGAAAUCCGAGGCACACGCUUUGUGGUCACCGGUCUGAAGACGGGCGGUCAGUACAAGUUCAGGGUGACAGCCUUCAAUGCUGCUGGCACCGGUGAGCCAGGUGAAGUCCCAGAGGUGCUGGAGGUCAAUGACAGAACUAUUGCUCCUGAGGUCGACCUGGAUGCCUCUGUGAAGGAGAGGAUGGUGGUCCAUGCUGGCGGUGUGAUCCGUAUCAUCGCCUAUGUGUCUGGCCAGCCGGCACCAGAUGUCACAUGGAGCAGAAAUGAAGGUGCGCUGCCUCCAGAGGCCAAAGUGGAGACCACAGCCAUAAGCUCAUCAUUGGUCAUCAAACCAUGCUCCAGGAGACACCUUGGUGUUUACACCCUGACUGCCAAGAACGCUGGAGGAGAGAAGACCAAGAACAUCACUGUGGAGGUCCUUGAUGUUCCUGGACCUGUUGGAAUUCCCUUCAUUGCUGAGAACCUGACGGUAGACUCCUGCAAGCUCAACUGGUUCUUCCCUGAGAAUGAUGGUGGUUCUCCCAUUAGCAACUACAUCAUAGAGAAACGUGAAGCUGAGCGUAAAGCUUGGACCUCGCUGUCCUACACCGCCAGCAGGCAGAAUGCUGUGGCUCAUGGUCUCACCCCUGGGAAGGCCUACUUCUUCAGGGUAGCUGCAGAAAACGUCAUUGGCAUCGGGCCUUUUGUGGAAACGGCCGCUGAGCUCAUCAUCAAAGAGCCCAUCAGUGUGCCAGACCGCCCAGAGGAACUAGAAGUUACCAAGGUUACCAAGGAUUUGAUCAGCGUCACCUGGAAGGCGCCCAAAUUUGACGGAGGCUCUGACCUCACCAUGUACAUCCUGGAGGCUCGAAUGAUCGGCAAAGACAAGUUCACCAGACUGACAAAGGAGAAGUUGCUAGACAGGAAGUUCACCUACGAUGGUCUGAGGGAGGGCGACACCUACGAAUUCAGAGUGAUCGCUGUAAAUGAAGUUGGGCAGAGCAAACCAUCAUUCUGCACCAAACCAAUCACCUGCAAGGAUGAACUGGAGCCACCAACCAUUGAGCUGGACUUCCGUGAUAAGAUCAUCGUCCGUGUGGGAGAGAGCUGCCUGCUUCAGGGCCGCUACACUGGCAAACCCCAUCCAUCUAUUACCUGGUACAGAGACGACAAGGAGCUGAAGGCUGACCAGCAUGUUGUGUUCAAGAGCACGCCCAACACCAUGUCGCUGUGCCUGAUGAAGGCUAAGCGUGAGCACAGUGGCCGGUACGUGGUGGUGGUGGAAAACAGCGCCGGAUCCAGGAAGGGAGUCUCCAACGUUACAGUCGUUGACCGCCCCACUCCUCCCAUUGGUCCUGUAGUGUUUGAGGAGGUGCACAGAGAGUACAUGGUGAUCUCCUGGAAGCCUCCAUUGGAUAGUGGAGGUGUUGAGGUCUCCAAUUACAUCAUUGAGAAGAGAGAUGUUAACAGGGAGAUCUGGACCACAGUAACAUCUGCCACAACCAAGACUACAUGCAAGAUCCCCAAGCUGACGGAGGGCAGGGAGUACAUCAUGAGGAUAUCUGCUGAGAACAUGUACGGCAUCAGCGACCCUCUGGAGUCUGAUGAGAUGAAAGCUAAAGAUCUGUUAAGAGUCCCUGAAGCUCCUGAGAUGCCAACAGUCAGAGAGGUGUAUGCUGCCAACGCUCUGGUCAUUUGGAACCGUCCUCGGGAUGGCGGUAGGCCCAUCACCAACUACAUCCUGGAAAAGAAGGAGCCUGGAGCCAAGAGGUGGUCCAGGGUCACUAGAGAUCCACUUUACCCUGCAACUCAGUACCGGGUCCAGGACUUGGUGGAAGGUUUCCAGUACGAAUUCAGGGUGAUGGCUGAGAAUGAGUUAGGAACUGGAGAUCCAAGCCCCCCAUCCAAACCCAUCCUGGCCAAAGAUCCCAUAGUGCUCCCAAGUCCUCCAGUAACACCCGAGAUCUAUGAUAAGACAAAGGACUCUGUCAGUCUGAAGUGGCAAAUGCCACGUCAUGAUGGAAAGGGACGCAUUUUUGGCUACCUUGUGGAGUAUCAGAAGCCUGGUGCCAUAGAGUGGAUUCAGGCCAAUGAGACUCCAGAACAGUGUCCAGACCUCCACUAUGUAGUAACUGGCCUGACUGAUGGGCAAGAGUACACCUUCAGGAUCUUUACAGUCAACGCUGCUGGGAAAUCUGACCCUGCCUACGUCAAAGAGACCAUCAAAGUCCACGACAGACUGGAGGAGCCAGAGUUACUCUUGGAUGCCAACAUGGCACGUGACCACCUGGCCAUGCAGGGCACUGAUAUCACCCUGAGUGCUACUAUUAAAGGAAUACCUACACCAACAGUCACCUGGAAGAAGAAUGAUGGCGACGUUCCUUCUCACAUCACUGUUGCCAUUACUUCCACUGGCAGCAAAGUUUUCAUCCCCAAGUGCAUCCGUGCAGACUCUGGAAACUACACCAUUGCAGUUGAGAAUGCAGCUGGAAAGAAAUCAGCAACUGUCUCUGUGCUUGUGCUAAACAAACCAACUCCACCAAGGGAUCUGGUGGUGUCCGAAGUGACCAGUGAGUCUGCUUACCUGACCUGGAAGGCUCCAGAGGACAACGGAGGUGCCAUCAUCUCUCAUUAUGUUGUUCAAAAGAAAGACGUGGCUGCAGAGCAGUGGGUACCUGUGGCUCCAGCCAAUAAGAAGCUGAGUCUGAUGGCCAUGUACCUGAUGGAAGGAAUCCAGUACCUGUUCAGAGUGGCUGCUGAGAACCAGUUUGGCAGAAGUGACUUUAUUGUGACCAAGACGCCCAUUAAAGCCAUUGAUCCUCUUUAUCCUCCUGGUCCACCCAAAAAUCUACACCACACGGAUGCAGAAAAGACAGAAGUGUGGUUGGCUUGGGAGUGGCCAGAUCGCACUGGUGGAAGUGAAAUCACCGGCUUCAUUGUGGAGCACCAGGAAGAGGGUCAGACUGACUGGGUGACCUUUAAGACUGUGAGCAACAAUCACAGCCACGUGACAGGUCUGGAAGAAGGCAAGACCUAUCGCUUCAGGGUCAAGGCUCAGAAUACUAUUGGUGUAAGCCGUCCUGACACCAGUGUCCCAGUCACCUGCCAGGAGAAGACCUUGGCGCCCACUAUUGAAGUAGAUAUGAAACUCAUCGAGGGCCUUGUUGUCAAAGCUGGUGGUGCUAUUACUUUACCAGCUAAGAUGACAGGUAUCCCACCUCCCACAGCUAAGUGGAUGAGUGAUGGCAAGGAGCUUGCAUCUGAGGGUCGAUAUCAUAUAGAAACUGCUGGAUUCUCAACUAUCCUCAGUAUCCCUGAGUGCCAGAGAGGAGACAGUGGCGAAUACAUCCUUACAGUGUCCAAUCCUGCUGGCAGUAAGACGGCUGCUCUACACGUCACAGUCUUGGAUCUACCGGGACCACCCAUUGGACCAAUCAAUAUUUUAGAGGUCACACCUGAUCACAUGAUGGUACAGUGGAGGGCACCCAAAGAUGAUGGUGGCACACCUAUCACCAACUAUGUGGUGGAAAAGAAGGAUGUGAAGAAGCCAUGGGAACCUUGGUCAGUUGUUAGCUCCAGUGGUACUAGUACAAAGGCCAAGGUGUCAAGGUUAGAGAAGGGUCGUGAGUAUAUUGUUCGAGUCCGUGCAGAAAACAAAAUUGGCAUUGGUGCAGGUCUUGAGAGUCCUCCUACUAUUGCCAAACACAUGUUCAACCCUCCUGGACCCCCAGGCUUCCCUGAAUGCUCUGAUAUUACAGAGAAUGCUGUGACCAUUGAAUGGGCCCUGCCUGACUAUGAUGGAGGUAGCCCCAUCAGUGGAUAUGUGAUUGAACGCAGAGAAAUGACAGGAAAGUGGAUUCGUGUCAAUAAAACCCCAGUGCUAGACCUAAGAUACAGGGUAUCUGGUCUCUUUGAAGGCAACAGCUAUGAAUUUAGAGUGUUUGCUGAGAACAUUGCUGGAAUUAGUGAGCCUUCACUGACCUCUGACCCCAUUAAAGCUACUCGGGCCAUCACUAAACCUGGGCCUCCUGGUAACCUUAAAUUGAAGGACUGGAGUAAAUCAUAUGCUGACAUCUGCUGGACCAAGCCGACAAGAGAUGGAGGCAGUCCCAUUUUGGGCUAUGUGGUUGAAGCUCAGAAGUCAGGUACUGCUCAGUGGGACAGAAUCAACAAGGACCUUAUCAAGAUAUGUGCUUACAGAGUGCCAGGGCUUAUUGAAGGGCUGGAGUACAGAAUACGCAUUAGAGCUACCAACAAAGUUGGAGACAGUGAGCCCAGGGAGCUGCCUGAGACAAUUUUGGCAAAGGAUAUCCUGGUGCCCCCUGAAAUUGUGGUUGAUGUGUCCUGUCGUGACUCUGUGACAGUCAGAGCAGGUCAGAUAAUCAGUUUGAUCACUAGAGUGAAAGGCAGACCCGAUCCAGAGAUCACUUGGACUAAGGAUGCCAGAGCCUUAUCCCGGGAUAAGCGCACUGAGAUAAACAACAAUUAUCCUCUUUGUGAACUGAUCAUCAAUGAUGUGGUCAGAUCAGAUUAUGGAAAAUAUGCCAUUUCUGCAAAGAACAGCAGUGGGCAGGCUCAGGCUACAAUUUUGGUCAAUGUUCUGGAUACACCAGGAGCUUGCCAGAAUCUGAAAGUAGCCUAUGUCACCAAGAAAUCCUGCAUGGUCUCUUGGGAAAACCCAGAAGACAAUGGUGGCACUGAGAUCACUCAGUACAUCAUUGAAUGCCGUCAGCCAAGCCAAAGAGGAUGGACAGUGGUCUCCAAUGACUGGACCAAGCGCCUAAUCAAGGCUCCUCUUACUGAGGGUUGUGAGUAUUUCUUCCGUGUUAGUGCUGAGAAUAAAAUUGGCAGUGGUCCAGCUACUGAGACUAAGUUGCCUAUUCUGGCAAUUGAUCCUAUUGAGAAACCUGGUGAACCCAUUGAUUUCCAAAUAUCAGAGAUUGGCAAGACCUUCUGCUUCUUGAAAUGGAAGAAACCAGAUUAUGAUGGUGGCAGUCGUAACCUUGGAUAUCAUAUUGAAAAGAAACCAAAAGAGGCAGAGGAGUGGGAGAGGAUACACAAGGGUGCCAUCAAGGAGACUUACUUCAUGGCAGACCGGUGCGUUGAAAAUCAAAUCUACCAAUUCAGAGUUCAGACUAAAAACGAGGGAGGUGAGAGCAACUGGGUGACCACAGGAGAAGUGUUGGUGAAAGAACAGCUGGUAGAGCCUGAGGUCAAGAUUAAACUGGAUGGAACACUUGUUGUGAAAGCUGGAGACUCCAUACCCAUAGAAGCAACAAUGAAGGGGAAACCCCAGCCAGAUGUCAAAUGGUCAAAGGACGAGAGCACCGAUGAGAUUAGGAAAGGCCCAAAGCUUCAGAUUGAAACUGGUUCAGACUUCUCUAAGUUGUUGCUUACUGGUGCUAGACGCACUGACAGUGGCAAGUAUGUUGUUACUGCCUCCAAUAGUGCAGGAUCCUGCUCUGCUACUGCUAAAGUGGUUGUACUGGACAGGCCUGGGCCUAUCAGGGAUCUCAAGGUGUCUGGUAUCACCACUGAUAGGUGCCACCUUGCUUGGGAAAUCCCAGAUGAUGAUGGUGGCUGUGAUAUUUACAACUACAUCAUUGAGAAAUGUGAGACGAAAAGAGGAGUUUGGUCUGUCCAUUCUAAUGCUGUCAUCACCAACAAGGCUAAAAUAACCCGACUUAUUGAGGGUAAUGAGUACAUCUUCAGAGUUAGAGCUGAGAAUAAGAUGGGUCCUGGCCCUGCCGUUCAGAGUGAGGCUAUGGUUGCUGGCACCCAGUUCACUGUACCCGAUAUCCCUGAAGCACCAGAAGUCAUCAAGAUCAGCAAGGAGGAUAUGACUGUGCAAUGGUAUGAGCCUGAGAAAGAUGGAGGAAAGCCUAUCAUAGGAUAUUUACUGGAGAAGAAAGAGGAGCAUGCAGUCAGGUGGUCUCCUGUCAAUAAAGAUCCAAUCCCUGGAACUCGUUUGACUGUUACUGGGUUACUGGCACUCCAUGAUUACCAGUACAGAGUUAAGGCUGUGAAUGAAAUUGGUAUUGGUGGUCCAAGCAAGGCUUCUCGUGCGAUCACUGCAAAGGAUGCUGUUGAACCUCCUGCACCUCCGACCAAACUGAGGGUUACAGACAGCACCAAAUCCUCAGUCACCCUUGGCUGGAUCAAGCCUGUAUCUGAUGGAGGAGCUCCUCUCAUUGGCUAUGUGGUGGAGAUGAGGGUACAGGGAAGUGCAAAGAAAGGAGAUGAUGGCUGGAAAAGAUGCAAUGUGGCAGCUCAGCUGGUCAUUUGUGAAUUCACGGUCACAAGUCUGGAUGAGAAGCUUAUUUAUGAAUUCAGAGUGUCCGCUCAGAACCAGGUGGGCAUGAGCCUGCCUUGUAACCUAGAGGGUGCUGUGAUACCACAUGACAUUCUAGAGGCACCAGAAGUGGACCUGGAUGCCAACCUGAAGCAGGGCCUGACAGUUCGGGCUGGUUGCCCCAUUAGACUGUGUGCCACCAUCAGAGGCAGACCACCUCCCACUGUCACUUGGAGGAGGAUGGGUAUCGAUAACGUGAUCAGGAAGGGGAAAGUUGACAUAAUUGACACAAUGACCUUCUUGAUCAUUGCUGACACCACCCGCGACGACUCUGGCAAGUACUGCCUGACCCUGCAGAGCCCUGCAGGAGAGAAGGCCGUGUUCGUCAAUGUCAGAGUCCUAGAUACUCCUGGACCUGUAAUGAAUCUUGAAGCUACAGACAUCAAACAGACAUCAGCUAUGCUGGCUUGGAGUCCUCCAGAGAACAAUGGUGGCAGCGAGGUUACACACUACAUGGUUGAAAAGCGUGAGAUAGAUCAUAAGACGUGGGGCACUGUCAAGACUGAAGUUCAGCCAGAUAAGAUUCCCUUCAAAGUUUCUGGUCUGUUGCCUGGCACUGAAUACUACUUCAGAGUCACAGCUGUUAAUGAGUAUGGGUCCGGGGUUCCCAGAGUCUCACCUACUUCCUACCUGGCUUCUGAUCCUGUCAGCAAACCAGACCCUUGUCAAAAAAUUGAAGUUCUGGAGAUAACAAAGAACAGUGCUCUGAUUGGCUGGGUAAAGCCUGAGAGAGAUGGUGGUGCUAAGAUUGAUGGUUAUGUGAUUGAAUACAUCGAGAUCAAACCUCCUCCAGAGCCACCAGCACCUGUGGAGGUUGCUGAAGGAGAGGAAGCUCCUCCUCCACCACCACCACCAGCAGUAGAAGAAGAAGAGGAACCUGCGAAGGAAGUGUGGAAUGCCUACACAACAGUUAAAGGUUUAACAGUUGGUGUCAGUGGCCUAAAGGAGGGAAAGAGGUUCAAGUUUAGAGUGGCUGCCAAGAACAUCAUGGGCUUGAGCUCCUUCACAGAAACCAGAGAGCCGGUGGAGAUCAAGGAACAGAUGGUGGAACCAAAGAUUGUUAUGCCAGAGUCAGCAAGUGCUAGAGCUGGAGCCAAACUUAGAGUUGAGGCCUUGGUCUCAGGAAAACCCUCCCCAACCUGCAAGUGGAUGCGUGGUGAGAAAGCAGUGAUCCCAUCCAGCCGUUUGGCAGUGCACCAGUCUGGAAACCUUUGUGUCCUGAUCAUCAAAGAUGUGACAAGGACUGACAGUGGAGAAUACAGUCUUUUGGCAGAAAACACCACUGCAAAGGUUUCCCAAUUGCUCAAGAUCAUAAUUAGAGAUAUUCCUGGUCCUCCUGAAGGCCCUGUAGAAAUCAGUGACAUUGAUGCUGAUUCUUGCUCCUUGUCUUGGAACCAACCACUGGAAGAUGGAGGCAGCAACAUCACCAACUAUGUAAUUGAGAAAUGCGAUGUGAGUCGAGGUGACUGGGUAACAGCCCUCUCUUCCUGCUCAAAGACCCUUUGCAGAUUGGGAAAACUAAUUCCUGGAAAAGAGUAUAUUUUCCGCAUCCGUGCUGAGAAUCGCUUUGGUGUGUCAGACCCUAUUCAGUCUGAUAGGAUGGUCGCCAAGUUUCCCUUUGAUGUUCCAAGUGAGCCUCUAAACUGUCGCAUCAGCAAGACCAACAAGGACUGUAUGUUUGUAGCCUGGGACAAGCCAGACAGCGAUGGUGGCAGUCCCAUUACAGGUUACUACAUUGAGCGAAAAGAGAGGAACAGCCUUCUGUGGGUGAAGGCCAAUGACACUGUAGUCCGAAACACUGAGUACCCGUGUGCCGGCCUGAUCGAGGGUCUGGAGUAUACCUUCAGAGUAUCUGCCAUUAAUCGUGCUGGCCAGGGUAAACCAAGUAAGAAGACAGAUUUUGUAACUGCCAGAACACCUGUUGACACCCCAGGCAAACCUGAGGUUUUAGAUGUAACCAAAAACUCUGUCACUCUGGUUUGGACCCGUCCCAAAAACGAUGGUGGAAGCAAGAUCAUAGGCUACUAUGUUGAAGCCUUGCAAGUUCCAGGAGACGUGUGGAUACGCUGCAACACCAGCAGUCAGAAUGUCCCUAGGGAGGAAUACACCGUAACCGGCCUGGAACGAGAUCUUCAGUAUCAGUUCAGAGUCAUCGCCAAAACAGCUGUCAACAUGAGCAAACCCUCAGAGGCCACAGACCCAAUUCUAGUUUGUGCUGAGAAUGUUCCUCCGAGGAUUGAGCUUAACACGAAGAUGCGAAAGGUUCUGAAAGUGAAGGCUCAAGCCACAGUGCUUCUGGAAGCUGAUGUGUUUGGUAAGCCUAUGCCCAGAGUCACCUGGAAGAAAGGUGAGGAAACUUUGAAGUCAGGUGAAGGUCAGGUCAUUACCCAGGAAAGACAUCACUUCCAGCUUGAGAUGACAGCUGUGACCAAAGAACACUCAGGAAUCUAUACAGUGGUGGCUGAGAAUGCCAGUGGCUCCAAAACUGCAGAAAUUGAGGUCAAUGUUCUGGAUGUGCCUGGCCCCCCUGCCAGUGCCAAAUAUGUUGAGGUCUUUGCCACCAGUGUGAAACUGUCCUGGGAGCCUCCUUUGAAAGAUGGCGGGGCCCCUAUAAGUAACUACAUUGUGGACAAGCGGGAGACCAGCAGAACCAACUGGGCCCAGGUCUCAACUAAGAUCAAGAGUGACAAGCUUGAGUUUACUGUGGACAAGUUAAUUGAAGAUCAUGAGUACCAGUUCAGAAUUCGAGCUGAAAACACGUGGGGAGUUGGAGACCCCUUUAUCACCCACCCAGUCAAUGCCAAGAAUCCAUUCACUGUUCCUGGACCUUGUGAGGCCCCGGUAAUCACUAAUGUUACCAAAGACCAUAUGACGGUAAGCUGGAAGGAGCCUGCUGAUGAUGGAAAGUCCACAAUUCUGGGAUACAUACUAGAAAAGAAGGAGACCAAGGAGAUGUACUGGGUUAAGUUGAAUAGGAAGCCCGUGACAGAAAGGACAUUUGAAGUAACUGAUCUAGCAGAAGGAGUUGAGUAUGACUUCAGAGUCAUUGCUGUGAAUGCAGCUGGUCUUGGCAAACCCAGCGACCCCUCUGCCAGUACAGCUGCACAGAAUCCCAUCACACCUCCGGGACCUGUUCUAAACCCCAGUGUGACCGACACCACCCAUAGCACCAUCAGCCUUACAUGGACUGCUCCUGCUAACAAUGGUGGAAGCCCAAUCAUUGGAUAUUUAGUGGAAUGCAAGAGAACCAACACCACUGACUGGAUCCGCUGCAACGUGCCCAGGAACCUGCAGGACACCAGCUACAUCAUUCAGAAUCUUAUUGAUAAGUCGGAAUACCAGUGUCGCAUCACUGCUGUCAACAAAGCUGGUUUCAGUGAGCCGGCUGAAGUGCCUGGCACACACACUGCCAAGGAUAUCAUUGUUUCUCCAGAGGCAGAACUGAGUGCUGAGUUGAAAGAAGUCCUGGAGCUUCACGCUGGUGCCACCAUGAAGUUGUAUGCUACCAUAAAGGGUCGGCCUAUUCCCAGAAUCACCUGGGCAAAAAUGAACACCAACAUCAAGGACCGCCAGGGCAUCGUCAUCAAAUCCAGCAACAAUGACACUUUGGUGAUGGUGGAGAAGGUCAACAGAUAUGAUGCGGGCAAAUACAUUUUGAAUCUGGAGAGUUCAGCUGGCAUGAAGAUGUACACCAUCGUUGUCAAAGUUUAUGACACUCCGGGACCACCAGCAAACCUAGUGGUGAAAGAGACAACCAAGGACAGUGCUGAAAUCUACUGGGAUGCCCCUCUUAUUGAUGGUGGCUAUGAAGUCACCCAUUACAUAGUAGAGAAGCGUGACACUGAAAGAAAAGCCUGGUCUGUUGUCUCAAAUAACUUAAAAAAGACAUCAUUUAAGGUUCCAGACCUGGAUGCUGGACGAUCCUACUGCUUUCGAGUGUCAGCAGUAAACCAGCUUGGUACUGGAGAGUCUUGUGAGACAGCUGAUGCUGUUAGAGCAACAGAGGAGCCUGGGCCAGUCAUGGACUUUAAAACCUUGCUGGUGACCAAAGACUCUUGCACUUUAAGCUGGAAGAAACCCCUGACGGAUGGUGGUAGUCGCAUUAUCUGCUAUCUCCUUGAAGUUCUCAAUGGUGAUGACAAAUACAAGGAACUCAUGAGGUCCAAAAAUAUGCAGUACAGUGCCAAGGACCUGGUAGCGGGCAGAGAGUACACCUACCGGGUCAAAGCUGUAAAUGACUCAGGAGAGAGCUCAGCCAAGGAACUGAAAGUGAUUGCAGAGGAUCAGAUUAUUUAUCCAAGCUGUGAUUUAAGAGACUUGCCCAACAUGUGCUACAUUGCCAAAGAGGGAAGCACAGUUCGUCUGAAGAUCCCUAUUAUUGGAAAACCUACUCCAAAGGUUUCCUGGAAGAAGGGAGAUGAUGAGGAUCUGACAAGUACUGGCAGGGUCUGUGCAGAGUCAUCUGCAGUUAACACCACCCUUCUAAUCAGGGACUGUCAAAGGACUGAUGCUUCUAAGUACACCAUCACCUUGAGGAACAGUGCAGCAAGCAAAGAGUCUGUCAUCUUCAUCAGGGUGGUGGGCAAACCUGGUAUUCCAGGGGGGCCAUUAAAAUUCAAGGAUGUUACUGCUGAUGGUGCUACACUGAAAUGGGCCAUUCCCAAAGAUGACGGUGGCUCAGAGAUUACAAACUACAUCUUGGAAAAAAGGGAUUCCAUCACCAACAUGUGGGUCACUGUGUCCUCCGCUGUAGAGACUAACUCCAUGAGGGUGACUGGGCUCCAUGAAGGCACAGAAUACAUAUUCAGAGUUAGCGCUGAGAACAAGUAUGGUGUUGGAGAGGGACUCAAGUCUGAGCCUGUUGUAGCAAAACAUCCAUUUAAUGUACCAGAUGCACCUGCACCUCCACAGAUCAUGAGCAUGCAUCAUGACUCUGCUUACCUUGCCUGGUCUGACCCCAGAAAGACUGGAGGAUCUCCAAUCACAGGCUAUCACAUUGAGUUUAAGGAGAGGAACAGUAUGUUGUGGAAAAGGGCCAGUCCAGCUGCCUUGAAGAUGAAGGAUCACAAAGUAACUGGUCUGACUGAAGGUUUGGAGUAUGAGUUUAGAGUAAUGGCUAUUAACUUGGCUGGAAUUGGCAGGCCAAGUGCUCCAACUGAUCCACAGGUAGCACUGGACCCCAUCGAUGCACCUGGUAAACCUGAUGUAAUCAGCAUCACCAGAAGUAGUGUGACACUCCAAUGGACUGAACCUCAAUUUGAUGGUGGACACAGGCUGACUGGAUACAUUGUGGAGAAGCGAGACUUGCCUUCUAAGAUCUGGGUGAAAGCCAAUAACAUGAAUGUUGUGGAACCUGCAUUUACUAUUCUCGAUCUUCAAGAAGGCUGCAAAUAUGAGUUCAGAAUCAGAGCAAAGAAUGCUGCUGGUGCCCUCAGCCCACCCUCUGAGCAGACAGAUACCAUUAUCUGUAGAGACGAGUAUGCUGCACCAUCCAUUAGCAUUGAUGCCCAGGUGAUGGAAGGUCUUACUGUCCGAGCUGGUGACACUAUUGUUAUCACUGCCACAAGCAUUUUAGGCAAACCUGCCCCGACCUCAUGCUGGUCUAAGGGAGGAAAGUAUUUUAAGCCAUCUGACCUUGUUCAGAUCGAAACUACUGCAACAUCAUCUACUCUGUCUGUAAAAUAUGCGGGCCGGAAAGAUUCUGGAGAAUACACCAUUACUGCCAGCAACCCCUUUGGUGUAAAGGAAGAAACCGUUAAGGUCAAAGUUCUGGAUGUUCCUAGUGCUCCUGGACCAAUUGAAUGCAGUGGUGUCUCCUCUGAAAAAGUGACUCUUACCUGGACAGCCCCUACCGAAGAUGGCGGUUCUCCUAUCAAAUAUUACACUCUGGAAAAAAGAGAGACUAGCCGACUUCUCUGGACAAUCCUUGAAGAAAAGGCAAUAAACUGCCACUAUGUGGCCAACAAACUCAUUCAGGGCAACGAGUACUUCUUUAGAGUGUCUGCUGUGAACCAGUAUGGUGGCAGUGAACCAUCCCAUUCUGAGGCUGUCAAGAUUAUUGAUAGGUUUGGUCCCCCAGGUCCACCAUCUAAACCAGAAGUUGAGAAAGUUGACGGACAUUCAGCCACUUUGACCUGGAGAAGACCAGCUGAAGAUGGAGGAAGUGACAUAAUAGGUUAUUGUAUUGAGAAAAAGGAAAAGAAGGCAAUGGGAUGGUUUAGGGCAUCUAAGAAAUCGAUUCCUGAACUCGGCUUUGAAGUCACAGGUCUCACAGAGGGCGUUGACUAUGAGUUCCGUGUACUUGCAGAGAACAAAGCUGGUUUUGGAGAGCCAAGUGAACCCUCUAUGGUUGUAAAAACAAUAGUAGCUACCUAUGUGCCAGGGCCUCCGGUCAAUCCAAGAAUUACAGACACUACAAAGACCACUGCUACUCUGAACUGGGGAAAACCUCUGGAUAAUGGUGGACUUGAAGUCACUGGAUAUGUGAUUGAGCACAAGAAGGAAGGAACGGAAGAGUGGAUUAAGGACACCCCUUCAUCUCCACUGAGGAUCACAGAAUUUGUGGUUCCUGGCCUGGAAACUGGUGCAAAGUACCACUUUAGAAUUAGUGCUGUAAAUGCCAAGGGGCCGGGGAAACCUGCUGAAACUCAGGAAUUGGUUGAAGUAGUGGAAUGUGCCACUGAACCUGACUUGGAAUUGGAUGUUGAGUUGAGAAGAACCCUUGUUGUCCGAGCUGGUUGUUCUAUCCGUCUCUUUGUGCCAAUCAAAGGCCGUCCUUCUCCCAAAGUCGGUUGGACCAAAGAGGGUUGCCUCGUUUCCCGUGCGGUAAUUGACAACACUGAAUCAUUCACAAUGUUACUUAUUACUGAAAGCUCAAGGAUUGAUGCUGGCAAAUAUGAACUUGUCCUUGAAAACUCAGCUGGAAAGAAGUGUGCAGAUAUUCAUGUAAGAGUUUUGGAUUCACCUGGACCUCCUCUUAACCUAAAACCAAUCACGAUUGACAAAGAAAGCAUUACACUUCAAUGGGAUAUUCCUCUAAUUGAUGGGGGAGCCAAGAUCACAAACUACAUUAUUGAGAAGAGGGAAUCAACACGUAAGGCUUUUGCUACUGUGAUUACAAAGUGCCCCAACACUUCGGUAAGAAUUGGCGAGCUGGGUGAAGGUUGUGAGUACUACUUCAGAGUGUCUGCUGAGAAUGAGUAUGGCAUAGGGGAAGCAGUUGAAACUGCUGAUCCAAUUCGUGCAUCCCAAGCCCCAACUCCUCCAGAGGGCAUUAUUCCAAUUGAUAUCACAAAGAAUUCUGUAAGCCUUAUUUGGACCAAACCCAAACAUGAUGGUGGAAGCAGAAUUACAGGGUAUGUUUUGGAAGCCAAGAAGAAAGGAACUGAUCAAUGGGCCCAUGUUACAACAGUCAAGGCAAUGGAAUUCACAGUAAAAAAUCUCAAUGAGAAUGAGGAGUAUGUUUUCCAUGUCAUGGCUGUCAACCAGUCUGGCAGAAGUCAUCCACGUGAGAGCAAACCUAUUGUUGUCAAAGAUUCUACAUUUCUCCCCGAGUUUGACCUACGUGGUGUUUGCCAGAAAACUGUUAUUGCCAAAGCAGGAGAUAACAUCAAGGUUGAAAUUCCAGUUAUGGGACGUCCCAGACCAACAGUCUCUUGGCAGAAGGAUGGAGCACCCCUGAAACUCACACAAAGAACCAAUGUAGAACUGAGUCCUGCCACAACCAUUAUUACUAUCAAUGAAUGUAAUAGAACUGAUAGUGGUGUUUACAGCAUGACAGCAAAGAACAUUGUUGGAUCUGUCACAGACAACAUAACUGUCAAAGUACAUGAUAUACCCGGGGCACCUAAAGGACCAGUUAAGAUUGUUGAAAUAUCUCGGACCUAUUGCAUCUUUUCUUGGGAAACUCCAGAAAACGAUGGGGGUGUUCCAAUAAACAACUAUGCAGUUGAGAUUAGAGAUACAACGUCCCAAACAUGGACUGAGUUGUCUUCCUCAGUGAUACGUACAAUUUUCAAAGCUACACGGUUGACUACUGGGUCAGAGUACCAAUUCAGAAUUAAAGCUAAAAACAGAUAUGGCGUUGGACCUCCAAUCACUUCAGAGGCAGUAGUUGCUGCCUAUCCAUUCAAAGUACCCGGGCCACCUGGUACUCCUAGUGUGGCUGCCUUCACAAAAGAUUCGAUUACCAUUGGGUGGAAUGAGCCAGUAUCUGAUGGUGGAAAUGAAGUAAUUGGUUAUCAUGUUGAGAGGAAGGAAAGAAGUAGUAUUGUAUGGCAUAGAAUUAGUAAGGGACUUGUGAAAGGAAAUACCUUUAAGUCCACUGGACUUGAAGAUGGUGUUGCUUAUGAGUUCCGUGUCAUGGCAGAAAACAUGGCUGGAAUUGGUAAGCCCAGCAAAGCCUCAGAACCAAUACUGGCCUUGGACCCUGUUGAUCCACCUGGUCAUCCCGUACCAAUUGUUGUUAAUAAGAAUGCCAUUACUAUUCAGUGGACAAAGCCUGAGUAUGACGGUGGCUUUAAGAUUACUGGCUAUACAGUGGAAAAGAGAGAAUUGCCUGCUGGUCGCUGGACCAGAGCUAAUUUUACCAACAUCAUAGAAACCGUAUUUACUAUCAGUGGACUAACACAGGACAACUCCUACGAGUUUCGUGUUACUGCCAGAAACUCUGCAGGUGCGGUGAGCACGCCAUCUGAGCCCUCUGAUCCAAUUACCUGCAAAGAUGACAUUAUUGAACCGCGCAUUAUGGUUGACGCCAUAUUUAGGGAUAUAGUCCUACUGAAGGCAGGGGAGUCCUUCAAGCUUGAGGCAGAUAUUGCUGGACAGCCAAUCCCUUCCAUGGUUUGGACAAAGGAUGGGAAAGAGGUUGAAAACACAAUGAAGCUUGAGGUCAGAUUCACUGAGCUGACAACUACUCUGACCAACAAGGAAUCUAUCAGAACAGAUGGUGGUAAAUUUGUUCUGACUGCUACUAAUGUUGGUGGAUUUGCAAAGCACGUCUUUAAUGUCAAAGUGCUUGACAGACCUGGACGACCAGUUGGACCUCUAAAGGUUUCUGAUAUAACUUCUGACAACUGUGUACUUACUUGGACUCCACCAGCCGAUGAUGGUGGUGCCAAGAUUGAAGGAUAUGUGAUUGAAAAACGUGAAUCAAGUAGAUUGGUGUGGACAAAUGUAGUUUCAGGCUUGCAAGUUACGCAACACAAAGUUACCAAACUUCUCAAAGGAAAUGAAUACAUCUUCAGAGUAAUGGCUGUGAACAAAUAUGGACUUGGUGAUUCUCUCGAAUCAGAACCCACUGUUGUAGACAACCCGUAUGUGAUUCCAGAUCCUCCAGAAAACCCAGAGGUGACAGCUAUUUCGAAAGAUUCAAUGGUUGUCAUGUGGCAAGCACCCAAGUAUGACGGUGGAACUCCCAUCAUCAACUACGUUAUUGAAAGAAAAGACAAAAGUGCCCUCCGCUGGAUAAAAUGUAACAUAAGAAAAGUGAAAGAUCUACAGUUCAAGGCAACAGGCCUUGUUCCUGGACAUGAAUAUGAAUUUAGAAUUUCUGCUGAGAAUGCUGCUGGAGUGAGUGUACCAAGUGUUCCCACUCUCUUUUACAAGGCCACAGAUGCACUGUACAAGCCUGGGGCUCCAUGCAACCCAAGGGUCAUAGACACAACCAGGUCCUCCAUUACUGUUGCUUGGAACAAACCAGUAUAUAAUGGUGGCUCUGAAAUCAAGGGGUACAUUGUUGAGACGUGCAUUCCACAGGAAAAAGAGGAAGAGGAGGAAUGGACCAUUGUUACACCCAAGGACGGUCUUCUUGCAACCUCAUUUACUAUCAUUAAUUUAAAAGAAAAUCAAGAUUAUAAGAUUAACAUAUCUGCCUUGAACAGUGAAGGAAUUGGAGAGCCAGCACCUGUACCUGGAAACCCUAAGGCAGAGGACAGACUCCUCCCGCCUGAGAUUGACUUGGAUGCUGAGCUCCGCAAAGUGGUUAGUCUUAGAGCUUGUUGCUCUCUUAGGUUGUUUGUGCCCAUUAGAGGACGACCAGCUCCUCAGAUUAAAUGGACUAAAGGUGACGGGGAGCCUAUUGAGAGAGCAACCAUUGACAGCACAACAUCAUACACAUCACUUGUAAUUGAAAAUGUCAACAGAUUUGACAGUGGAAAAUAUACUCUUACUGUUGAAAACAGCUCUGGCUUCAAAACUGUUACAGUUCAAGUUAAAGUUCUUGAUACACCAAGUGCUCCACAAAAUCUAAAAAUUACUUUAGUCACAAAUAAAGCUGUAACUCUCACAUGGGAUCCACCAGUAAAUGAUGGAGGUGUAAAAGUCAAGAACUAUAUAGUUGAAAAACGUGAGUCAACAAGGAAAGCUUAUGCCACAGUUAAUGCUAACUGCCAUAGCACCACUUUCACUGUUGACCACCUCCUAGAGGGAUGCAACUAUUACUUUAGAGUUUUGGCUGAAAAUGAAUAUGGCAUUGGCUUACCCAUUGAGACUGUUGAAGCAGUUAAAGUGUCCGAGAAACCACAACCACCUGGCAAGAUCAUUCUAAAGGACGUCACUAAAAACAGCGUAACUCUCUCCUGGGAGAAGCCAGAGCAUGAUGGUGGCAGCAGAGUUGGCUGUUAUGUUGUUGAGAUUCAACCUAAGGGUGUUGAUAAGUGGACCCAGGCUCUGAUUGCAAAGAACACAGAAGCCACCAUCAGUGGACUAAAUGUAGGAGAAGAGUAUAUGUUCCGUGUAGCAGCAAGAAAUGAGAAAGGAACAAGUGACCCUCGUCAAAUAGGUGUGCCUGUCAUAGUAAAGGAUCUUGUAAUUGCACCAGUUGCUAAAAUGUUGUUCAGCACAUUCAGUGUGUUGGCAGGAGAAGAUUUGACAGUGGAAGUUCCAUUUUUAGCCCGUCCUAAAGCAGCUGCCACCUGGGUAAAAGACGGUCAGCCUCUGAAGAGAACUACCAGAGUCAACUUUGAUUCAACAGAGACAAUGUUGAACCUCAACAUUAAAGAGGCAACCAAAGAUGAUGUUGGGCAAUAUCUUGUCAUUCUUGGCAAUACAGCAGGAGAAACAACAGUAAAUAUUAGUAUUGUUGUUUUAGAUAAACCUGGCCAGCCCAGAGGUCCUGUCAAAGUAGAAGAGGUGACUUCUAAUAGUGUAAUAGUCUCCUGGAAUCCACCAGAGUAUAAUGGUGGUUGCACAAUCAAGAACUACAUUGUGGAAAAAAGAGACACAUCCACAACGAAUUGGAUGGUUGUGUCUCCCAACCUAGCAAGGACCAAAAUUAAGGCAGGCAGGUUGAAGACUGGCUCUGAAUAUCAGUUUAGGAUUACAGCUGAAAAUAGAUAUGGAAAAGGUCCAUUUCUUCUCUCAGAGUGUAUUGUUGCGCAAUACCCAUACAAGCUCCCAGGACCACCAGGAACACCGUAUGUUGCAGUCUGCACUAGGGACAGCAUGGUUUUAGCCUGGAAUGAGCCAGUUAAUGAUGGUGGAAGUUCAAUAUUGGGCUACCAUCUCGAACGCAAAGAGAGAAACAGCAUCUUAUGGGUCAAACUAAACAAGUCAAUCAUUACUGAUCAAACCUUCAAAACCACAGGUCUGGAACCAGGAAUGGAGUAUGAAUUCAGAGUUUAUGCAGAAAACAUCGUUGGAAUUGGAAAAGUGAGCAAAGUAUCUGAGGGGCAAAUUGCAAGAGACCCUUGCGAUCCUCCUGGCACUCCAGAGGCAACAAAAAUAACUAAAGACUCCAUGACCAUUGUUUGGACCAAGCCCGAGUAUGAUGGUGGCGCAAAGGUUACAGGCUACGUUGUGGAAAAGAAGGAACUUCCAGAGGGUCGUUGGAUGAAAUCCAAUUUCACUAAUGUCAUUGAAACAGAAUAUGUUGCAACUGGACUUGUGCAGGAUAAUCAGUAUGAGUUUCGUGUUAUUGCCAGAAAUGCUGCUGGUGUUUUCAGUCUCCCCUCAUACAGCACUGGUCCAAUAACUGCCAGAGAUGAAAUUGAACCACCACGCAUCAGCAUUGAUCCAGAGUACACAAAGACUGUUGUAGUUAAUGCUGGAGAUUGUUUCAAAAUCGAUGCAGAUGUUCAUGGUAAGCCAUUGCCCUCUAUCCAUUGGAUGAAGGGGGAGCAGGAACUGGGAAGCACUAUUCACAGGGAAAUUAAGAACACAUCCAACAAAGCCUUUAUAUCUGUGAAAGAAGCCAAACUGUCAGAUGGCGGUGAAUACAUUCUUGUGUUAAAAAAUCCAGGAGGAGAGAAGGCUGUUCAUAUCACUGUGGUUGUCUUAGAUAAACCUGGGGAACCACUAGGCCCACUUGUUGUAACAGGGAUAGCCAAAGAUUGCUGCUGCCUUGCAUGGAAACCUCCAUGCCAAGAUGGUGGCAGUAAAAUCUCUCAUUACAUUGUUCAGAGAAGAGAAACAAGCAGACUUGUCUGGACUGUCAUUGACUCCAAAGUAGAGAAUAUUUGUCUAAAAGUUACUAAGCUCCUGGAAGGAGAUGAGUAUAUCUUUAGAGUUUAUGCCGUCAAUCAGUUUGGAGUGGGUGCACCACUUGAAUCUGCUCCUGUUUUGAUCAAAGAUCCAUAUGUCCAACCAGGGUCACCCAAGAACUUAGAAGUUUCUGAUGUCAAAAAAGAUUCAAUGGUGCUCAGCUGGGAAGCACCUUCUGAAGAUGGUGGCAGUCUCAUAACUGGAUACAUAAUUGAAAAACAUGACAAAGAGGGAGUAAGAUGGAUAAGAUGCAACAGGCAAACAGUCACUCAUUUGACAUUCAAAGUUACUGGACUCCUAGAAAGUCACAUUUAUGAGUUCAGGGUUGCAGCUGAGAAUGCUGUGGGUGUUGGUGAACCAAGUACACCAAGUGUAUUCUACAAAGCUAUUGAUCCUGUCUUCCAACCUGGCCCUCCACGCAAUCCAAGAGUCACAGACACAUCUAAAUCAUCAGUAUUCCUCUCAUGGGGAAAACCAACAAAGGAUGGAGGCUCUGAGAUUCAGGGAUAUAUUGUGGAGUGCUGCACUUCCACAGAGCCAGGAGUACAAGCUGAAGCUGUGGAUGCGCCUGCUGAGGAAUGGAAAAUGUGCACACCUCCAACUGGUGUAAAGACAACCAAGUUUGAAGCUGGAAAUCUGAAGGAACAUCAGGCAUACAAGUUUAGAGUAUGUGCUAUCAACAAGGUGGGAGUUGGUGAGCAUGCUGAUGUUUCUGGAGCAGUUGUGGUGGAGGACAGGAAGGAAGAGCCAGAUCUUGACAUUGACCCAGAACUUCGAAAUAUUGUGACCAUUAAAGCUGGUGCCUCCCUUAGACUAUUUAUUCCCAUUAAAGGAAGACCAACUCCUGCUAUCAAGUGGAACAAAGAUGAAGCUGCUCUUAAGGAGACUGCUCAGGUUGAGAUAACCAGCAGUUAUACAUCUCUUGUUAUUGAUAAAAUGAGCAGAAACGACAGUGGAAAAUACACAGUUACUGCAGAGAACUCAAGUGGAACCAAAUCUGCUCUUGUUGUUGUUCGUGUACUUGAUACACCUAGUACACCUGUCAAUCUUAAGGUGAAAGAAAUUACAAAUCAGUCAGUAACACUGGAAUGGGAGCCGCCUCUGUUAGAUGGUGGUUCCAAGAUCAAGAACUACAUUGUUGAAAAAAGGGAAAGUACACGUAAAACAUAUGCUGCUGUUGUAACAAAUUGUCAUGAUCUUUCAUUUACAAUUGAAUCACUUCAGGAAGGUUGUAGUUAUUACUUCAGAGUCCUAGCUGAGAAUGCUUAUGGUGUUGGUCUGCCUGCUGUAACAGUGGACCCACUUAAGGUGUCAGAGGUGCCCCAGUCCCCCCAAAAUUUGAUUGUUACAGAUCAGACCAAAACAAGCAUUUCUCUGGCAUGGGAAAGACCAGAAUAUGAUGGUGGUAGCAGAGUCAUGCAGUAUCUGCUUGAAGUGCAGUUGAAAGGCCAAGAGAAAUGGUCUGGUGUAAACACAUUUAAGACCAUGGAGACUACAGUAACCAAUCUGAACCCAGGACAGGAAUAUCUGUUCAGAGUUACAGCUAUCAAUGAUAAAGGAAAGAGUGACCCCAAAGUUCUUUCUGGUCCAGUUAUGACUAAGGACUUGGUAUUUGAGCCAGAUAUUCGUCCAGCAUUCAGCAGUUACAGUGUCCAUGUGGGCAAAGACAUGAGCAUUGACAUUCCCAUUUUCGGACGCCCUAAACCAACAAUAGCAUGGACUAAAAAUGGAGCACCCUUGAAGUUCACCACUAGAGUCAAUAUUCACAACACAACAACACACACAAUACUAAGCAUUAAGGAGGCAGCUGUUGACGAUGGUGGUAUGUAUAGUAUAAAUGCCACAAACUCCGUUGGAAAGAAGGAAUCAACAAUUGAAAUCAUUGUACUUGACAAACCAGGCCCUCCAUCUGGUCCUGUUAGAUUUGAUGAAAUAACAACACAGAGUGUCACUAUUUCAUGGGACCCCCCAAAACACACUGGUGGGUGCCCAAUUUCUAACUAUAUUAUUCAAAAGAGAGAUGCAACCUCAACAACAUGGGAAAAUGUGAGCAGCAACUGUGCAAGGACAACGAUCAAAGUUAUUAGACUGAAGACUGGAGCUGAAUACCAGUUUAGGAUCAUUGCCCAGAACUACUAUGGAAAGAGUCAAGGCCUGGAUUCAUCAACUGUAACUGCUCAAUAUCCCUAUAGGGAGCCAGGACCACCAGGCACUCCCUUCAUCUCUUCUCUCUCCAGGGACCACCAAAUUAUUGAGUGGCAUGAGCCUAUCACAGAUGGAGGAAGUCCUGUUCUUGGCUACCAUCUUGAAAGGAAAGAAAGAAACAGUAUUCUUUGGGUCAAGAUCAACAAGACACUUAUUCAUGGAACAAGUUUCAAGAGUUACCCAUUGGAGGAAGGCAUUGAGUAUGAAUAUAGAGUUUAUGCUGAAAAUAUUGUCGGCAUUGGCAGAGGCAGCAAGGUUUCAGAAGGUUGUGUUGCACGAGAUCCAUGUGAUCCACCUGGCACUCCAGAAGCCAUCCACGUGACAAAAGAUAGCAUUGUUAUUCAGUGGACUAAACCUGAAUAUGAUGGGGGCAGCAACAUCACUGGCUAUAUUAUAGAAAAGCGUGAUCUGCCAGAAGGCAGGUGGGGAAGGGCAAAUUUCACCAAUGUGAUUGAAACCCAGUUUACUGUUACUGGACUGACUGAAAAUGCACAGUACGACUUUAGAGUCUUGGCUAAAAAUGCUGUUGGCACAGUCAGCAAGCCAUCAUUCAACAGUGGACCUAUCAUUGCAAGUGACAAAGUGGAGGCACCCAGAUUCUCCAUUGACCCUGCAUUUACUAAGACUAUUAUACUCCGUGCUGGAGAUGCAUUUAAAUUAGACGCAGAUGUCCAUGGCAAACCACUUCCUUCAAUACAGUGGUUCAAGGAUGAAAAACCAAUUGAGAAUACACUAAGACUAGAGAUCAGAAACACAGAGAAUCAUGCAAUGAUUGUCAUUAAGGACUCUGUUAGAAUUGAUGGUGGAACUUACAUUCUCCUUCUGACAAAUGAGGCUGGUAGUGAAACCGUUCCAUUCAACGUUGUGGUCUUGGAUAGACCUAGCCCAUGUGAAGGACCCCUACUUAUCACAGGAGUGGCUGAAGACAAAUGCACACUGUCUUGGCGUGAACCACUACAUGAUGGAGGCAGUCCUAUUGCACAUUAUAUCAUUGAAAGAAGAGAGACCAGUCGUCUAGCAUGGACUGUUAUUUCCAGCAGCAGUACCACUACAUGGUACAAAGUAACCAAAUUAAUGGAGGGCAAUGAGUAUAUGUUCCGAGUGAUGGCAGUUAACAGUAAUGGGAUCAGUGAUCCAUUAGAAUCUGCUGCUGUGAUUAUGAGGAAUCCAUGUGUUCCUCCUGGUUCACCUCACAUUGAAGAUGUAUCCAACGUUGCCCAUGAUGGCAUGACUAUCACUUGGUCUGCCCCUGAGACUGACGGUGGCAGCAAGAUCACUAACUACAUAGUUGAAAAGAAGGACAGAGCUGGAAUCAAAUGGACAAGAUGCAAUAGACAAAAAGUCACUGACUUAUCAUACAGAGUAGUAGGCCUCACCACUGACCAUGAGUAUGAGUUCAGAGUAACAGCUGAGAACAUAGUUGGAGUAGGAGAGCCAAGUCUUCCCACUUCAUAUUACAAGGCCUGCGAUCCCAAAUACAAACCAGGUGCCCCAGCAUAUGUGAAUGUCAUUGACUCCACAAAAACCUCUAUUACAGUAUCAUGGGGUAAACCUUUGUCUGAUGGGGGUAGCGCAAUACAAGGAUAUAUUGUUGAAAUGUGUAAGGCUGAAGAAGAGGAAUGGACCAUGGUUACUCCCCCUACUGGCCUGCGUGUCAACAAAUAUGAAAUUCCCAAACUUGCAGAGGGCCAGGAAUACAAAGUACAAGUGUGUGCUUUGAACAAAAUUGGAGUUGGAGAGCCAGCAGUUCUAUCUGGAACAGCUAAGCCAGAGGAAAGAAUAGAUCCACCACAUAUCCAUCUUGACUCAGAGCUGAGAAAAGGUAUUACAGUGAAAGCUGGUGCAUCUGUAAAAAUGUAUAUUCCUUUUAAGGGCAGGCCGAUGCCUGAGAUUAAAUGGACAAAGGAUGAAGGAAAUCUUUCUGAAAAGGCUGUGGUGGAGAAAGCAAUGAAUUUCACACAGCUGUCUAUUGACUCAUGUGACAGAAGUGACUCCGGGAAAUACUCCCUGAAUCUGACUAAUAGCAGUGGCUCUGUGUCAGAGUUUGUUUCAGUGAAAGUUCUUGACACACCAGGGCCACCACAGAGCCUUGUGGUCAAGAAUAUCAACAGGAACUCUGCCACUCUUGAAUGGAGUGCCCCACUAAUUGAUGGAGGUUCAAAAAUCAAGAACUAUGUCAUUGAUAAGCGUGAAUCAACCAGGAAAGCAUAUGCAAAUGUGUCCACCAAAUGUUCCAAGACUGCAUUCAAAGUUGAAAAUCUGAUUGAAGGAGCAAUGUACUACUUCAGAGUCAUGGCUGAGAAUGAAUAUGGAAUUGGCCAAGCUGUAGAAACAAAAACGGCGUCCAAAGCAUCCGAGGUACCACUGCCUGUUGGAAAGGUUUUUCUCACUGAUGUCACCAAGUCCAGUGCCUCACUGUCCUGGGAGAAACCUGAGCAUGAUGGGGGCAGCAGGAUUGGUGGAUAUCUGAUUGAGAUGCAACCAAAGGGCACAGAUAAAUGGGGUGUUGCCACAAACACAAAAACAUGUGAGGGAACUGUCACUGGUCUUACAGCAGGAACAGAAUACCUGUUUCGAAUUAUUGCUUACAACGAGAAGGGAAAGAGUGAGCCAAAGGCACUUGCUGCACCUGUGAUUGCUAGUGACAUGACCUUGGAGCCAAGCAUAAGGACGCAAUUUAACACUUACAGUGUGUUAGCUGGAAAAGACCUUAAGCUGGAAUUCCUUGUUUUUGGAAGACCCAAACCCAAAGUUUCCUGGAUUAGGGAUGGUCAGGCUUUGAAAGUUACAUCCAGAGUUAAUGUUUUCAACACUCCAUCAACAACUGGUAUUCAAAUUACAGAGGCCUGCAAAGAUGACUUUGGAAAAUACUCUAUUACAGCAACCAACACUGUUAGUUCUAUUACUGAGGAUGUGACAGUUAUUAUUCUUGACAAGCCUGGUUCACCAAAAGGUCCAGUUAAAGUUGUUGAAGUGAGCAACACCUUUGUCCAUCUCUCCUGGGAGCCCCCAGAAUACACUGGUGGAUGUCAAGUAAAGAACUACAUAGUGGAAAAGAGAGAUACCACAACCACAACAUGGCAGCCAGUUGUUACACAACUGGCUAGAACAGCUUUCAAAAUAACAAAGCUUAAGACUGGCGCAGAAUACCAGUUCAGAAUCAUAGCUGAAAACAGGUAUGGAAAGAGUGUGCCCCUUGAUUCCAAGGCCAUCUUGGUACAAUAUCCAUACAAACCACCUGGGCCUCCAGGAACACCAUAUGUAAAAUCAGCAACAAAGGACAUGAUGAUCAUUGAAUGGAAUGAGCCAGUCAAUGAUGGUGGAAGUGCAAUCACUGGUUACCACCUGGAGAGUAAAGAGAGAAGCAGCAUCCUCUGGAACAAACUGAACAAGACCCUGAUUACAGAUACUCAGUUUAAGAUUUGCAAUCUUGAGGAGGGUGUUGGUUAUGAAUUCAGAGUUUAUGCAGAAAAUAUUGUAGGAAUUGGACGAUGCAGUAAAGUAUCUGAGUCCUUUGUUGCUCGUGAUCCUUGUGAUCCCCCUGGGGCUCCGGAAGCUGUAUCUAUUUCAAAGAAUCAAAUAAAGAUUCAGUGGACCAAGCCUCAGUAUGAUGGUGGCAGUAAAGUUAAUGGAUAUAUUGUAGAAAGAAAGGAUCUUGCCUCCCCUGAUCGGCGCUGGGUAAGAGCAAACUUUACCAACAUAAUUGAGACAUAUUACACAGUUACUGGUCUGACAGAGAAUGAGCAGUAUGAAUUCAGAGUUACUGCUAGAAAUGUGGCCGGAGUUUUCAGCGAGCCAUCUGAGAGCUCUGGAGUAGUUACAGCCACUGAUGAAAUUGAAGCACCGAGAGCCUCGAUGGAUCCAAAAUACAAGGAUCUUAUUGUUGUCAAUGCUGGAGAGAGUUUGACCUUUGAUGCAGAUGUUUAUGGAAAACCUAUUCCUGAUGUUGUCUGGCUUAAAGAGGGCAAGGAACUGGAGAAAGCUUUGCGCAUUGAAGUAAAAUCUACACAGAAACGUGCUGCUAUGACCAUUAAGGAUGUUACCAAACUUGAUGGUGGCCACUAUGACCUUGUUUUGAAAAAUCUUGGUGGGACAAAAACCUUUCCCAUCACUGUUAAAGUCCUUGAUAAACCAGGUCCACCAAACGGACCUUUUAAGGUGACUGGAGUCAUGGCUGACAGAUGUGUUCUUGCCUGGACCGAGCCAUCCCUAGAUGGUGGAGCUAAUAUCACUCACUAUAUUUUGGAGAAGCGAGAGACUAGUAGGUUGUCCUGGACAGUAGCUGCGCCGAAUGUCCAGGGUCUGUACCACAAAGUAACAAACUUGCUUACAGGAAAUGAAUACAUUUUCAGAGUGAGGGCGGUCAACAAAUACGGUGCUGGUGAUUAUCUCGAGAGUGAACCUAUCGUUGCACGCAAUCCUUACAAGCCACCUAGUGCUCCAGGAACUCCAGAUGCAAGUCAUAUUACAAAAGAUUCUAUGGUUCUGUCAUGGACAGCUCCAGAACACACAGGUGGAGCCGAUAUUCAAGGUUACCACCUUGAAAAGCGUGACAAAGAUGGUAUAAGGUGGACGAAAUGCAACAGAGAAAAGCUGACUGCGACUAACUUCAAGGUCACAGGUCUAAUAACAGAUCACUUCUAUGAGUUCCGUGUUACUGCUGAAAAUGAGGCUGGAAUGGGAGACCUGAGUGAACUAUCACUUUUCUACAGAGCAUGUGAUUCAACGAAAACCCCUGGACCCCCUCACCAUCCUAAGGUGACAGACUACACAAAGUCGUCUGUGGCUCUGUCCUGGGGAAAACCCAUUGUCGAUGGUGGAGCCUACAUCAAGGGCUACAUUGUUGAAAUGAGGGAAUAUACACCAGUCCCGGAGUUAAAAGAGGAAAUGGAAGUAGCACCUGCAGCAGAAGCAGCUGCUGAAAAAGAAUGGAACAUGUGUACUCCUCCUACUGGUAUUCAAGCCACUAAACUUAUCAUUAAAGAUCUAAAAGAGGGUGGAGAGUACCAGUUCCGUGUCUGUGCUAUCAACUCAGAGGGAGUUGGAGAGGCUGCUAAUGUCCCUGGCACAGUAGUUACUUCUGACAGAGCAGAGGCACCAGAGAUGGAGCUGGACGCUGACCUCAGAAAAGUUGUAUCUGUUCGUGCUGGUGGAACUCUGCGUUUGUUUGUCACAAUUAGAGGAAGACCUGAACCUUCUGUGAAAUGGGAGAAGGUUGAUGGUGCUCUCACAGAACGUGCUGCAGUUGACACUACUAGUUCAUACACCAUGCUCGUCAUCGACAAUGUUAACCGUUUUGACAGUGGAAAAUACCAAUUAACACUUCAGAACAGCAGUGGUACAAAAUCUGUAGUUAUUUCAGUAAGAAUUUUGGACACACCAAGUGCACCACAAAACUUUACAGUGAAGGAACUCAAGAAGGAUUCGAUAACUCUUGCUUGGGAUACUCCAGUUAAUGAUGGUGGGGUAAAAAUCACUAAUUACAUAGUAGAAAAGAGAGAGUCUGUCAGAAAGGCUUACACUACUGUCACUAGCAACUGUACAGCCAACUCACUCAAAAUUGAAGAGCUACCUGAGGGUGGAAUUUUCUUUUUCAGAGUUUCUGCUGUCAAUGCAUAUGGCCAGGGACAGUUGGCUGAAACCAAAGAAAUCAAAGUGGCUGAGGUACCUCUUCCACCAAACAAAGUAACUGUUGUGGAUGUGACAAAGACAAGCGUGUCACUGUCCUGGGAGAAGCCUACUCAUGAUGGUGGAAGCAAAGUGAUGUGCUACAAUGUAGAAUUCAAGCCUAAGAGUGGUGACAAAUGGGGCACAGCAUGCACAGUGAAAGUGCCAGAAGCAACUGUUCCUAAUCUGACUCCUAACGAAGCAUAUUUAUUCAGAGUUGUUGCAAUCAAUGAGAAGGGAAAGAGUGAGCCAAAGGAUCUUGGGCUGCCUGUUGUUGCUAAAGAUGUUGAAAUAGAACCAUCAGUAAGUUUACUGUUUAACACAUAUAGUGUGAAGGCCAAGGAUGACCUCACUAUUGAAAUUCCUGUAAGAGGUAGGCCAAAGCCUGUUGUAUCCUGGAAGAAGGAUGGCCUUCCUUUGAAACAAACAACAUCAGUGACUAUUAUAAAUACUGCUAUCUCAUCCAAAAUUAUUAUUAAAGAAGCUAAUAGGGAACAUGUUGGCAAGUAUGAAAUCACUUUGGCCAACACAGCAGGAACGGUAACAACUGAAGUCGGAGUUGUUGUCCUGGACAAACCUGGUCCACCAAAAGGAAUUAAAGUGGAUGCUGUGACCUCAGACAGCAUUACACUGUCCUGGUCCCAACCUGAAUUUGAUGGUGGAUGCUCCAUCAGUAAUUAUGUUAUAGAGAAGAGAGACACAAAUACACAGGAGUGGCAGAUGGUAGCAAGUAAAGUCCCUAGAACAUCUUUCAAAGCUGGUCGCCUGACACAUGGUUCAGAGUACCAGUUCCGUAUUUAUGCAGUAAACCGUUAUGGAAAGAGCACUUCCCUUGAUUCACCUGGAAUUACGGCACAGUAUAACAUCAAACAACCCGGACCUCCAUCUACACCGAUCAUUAAACUGGCCACCAAAUCAUACAUGUUGGUGACUUGGAAUGAGCCAGUCAGUGAUGGCGGUAGUCCAGUUUUGGGCUAUCAUUUGGAGUGGAAGGAGCGCUCUAGCAUUCUUUGGACAAAGAUGAACAGAGGGAUGAUUAAAGAUACAGAAUACAAAGUCACUGGUGUUGAAGCUGGAAUGCUGUAUGAAUACCGCAUCUAUGCAGAAAACCUUGCUGGUAUUGGUAAAUGCAGCAAGGCCUGUGAACCCGUUGCAGCCAGAGAUCCGUGUGAUCCUCCAGGAACACCUGUGGUCACUGCUGUUACAAGAACAUCUGUUUCCUUAUCUUGGGAUAAACCUGCAUAUGAUGGUGGAGCCAAGAUUUCUGGCUACACCAUUGAAUGCAAAGACCUUCCAGAAGGACGAUGGACAAGAUGUAACUUCACCAAUGUGCCUGAGACCUUCUAUGAUGUGACAGGCCUUACAGAAAACAGUCAGUAUGAUUUCCGUGUCAUUGCAAAGAAUGCAGCAGGACAGUUCAGUAUACCGUCAGACAACACAGGCCCUAUCACUGUGAAAGACGAUGUGGAUCCUCCACGUGUCAUGAUGGAUGUCAAAUUUAGAGAGACUGUUUUUGUUAAAGCUGGAGAAACUAUAAAAAUGUAUGCAGACUUAGCAGGACGUCCUGCUCCUGUCAUCUGCUGGACCAAGGAUGGCAAAGAUAUUGAGCUGAGAGCCAGAAUCCAGAUUGUUUCAACCGAUACAAGCACUAGUGUCAUUAUAAAAGACUGCAUUAGAAGAGAUUCUGGACAGUAUGUCCUAACUCUGCAGAACAUUGCUGGAACCGUAGCCAUGCCAAUAAACUGUGUGGUUCUUGAUAGACCAGGACCUUCAGCUGGCCCGCUUCAAGUUACAGGUCUCACAGCUGAAGAAUGCACCCUGUCGUGGGGUCCUCCUCAGGAAAUCGGUGGAGCUAAUAUUACCCAUUAUAUUGUUGAGAAGCGUGAGACCAGUCGUUUGGCAUGGACAUUAGUUAAAGGAGAUGUCACAAAAACCGACUUCAAAGUCACAGGUCUGCUCAAGGGCAAUGAAUAUAUAUUCAGGGUUCUGGCCGUCAACAAGUAUGGACAUGGUGAAGUCCUGGAAAGUGACACCAUAAAAGUUACUGAUCCAUACAUACAACCAACGGCUCCAGCUGGUGUGGAUGUGACUUUUAUUACUGGAGAUUCAAUGACCCUCACCUGGUGUAAGCCAGCAAAUGAUGGAGGCAGUCCCAUAAUUGGAUAUGUGAUUGAACGUCGUGAAAAGACAGGUAUGCGCUGGGUGAGAGUGAACAGAGAUUUAGUUGUUGAGUGUAACACUGUAGUGACAAAACUUCGCAAGGGGUAUGAGUAUGACUUCAGAGUCUUUGCUGAAAAUGCAGUUGGCUUAAGUCCUCCCAGUGAACCAUCUGCAACAUUCAGAGCACUAGAUCCUCGUGUUGUUCCUUCUCGCCCAACAAAACCGAAGGUUGUAAAUUCCACAAAUGAAAGUGUGUCUAUUGUAUGGAAACCACCUACAGUUGAUGGUGGUGCACCCAUUUUAGGCUAUUGUGUGGAAUACAGGGAAUUCAUCCCUAAGCCAGAACCAGAAGUUGAAGAAGAGGAAUAUGAGGAGGAAGAGGAACCAGAGUCACCUGAAGAACUUGCAAGAUGGAUUGAGGCCAUAUCGCUUACAAAGAGCUUGGAAUUCACAAUCACUGGACUCAAAGCAAAUGCAGAAUAUGAAUUCUGUGUAAAGGCAGUAAACAAAGUUGGAAGCAGUAUACGCAGUCCACAUUCAGAUCCAGCUGCAGCAAAGGACAGAAGUGCAGAGCCAUCAUUUGAUGCAGACAUUGAGAUUCGUAAGCUUCUCAUUGUAAAACAUGGCACAUCCUUUACACUUAAAGUGCCAUUCAAAGGAAAACCUGUGCCAAUUGCUGAAUGGACUAAGGAGGGUGUUGAUCUAAGAGUAAGAGGAACCAUUGAGUCAGGAGAUUCAAGCACUUCACUAACUAUUGAGAACUCCUCCAGAAAUGACUCUGGAGAGUACUUUGUCACGAUUGAAUCACCUUUAGGAAAAGCAACAAUGCUCAUGGUGGUGAAAGUGCUAGAUACUCCAGGACCUCCAGUCAAUGUUAAAGUUUCAUCUGUAACCAAAGAUUCUGCAACUCUUACAUGGGAGGUUCCAGAGAACGAUGGUGGUGAUGCGGUAAAAGCCUAUCAUGUUGAAAAACGUGAGGCAAGUAAGAAGGCCUGGAUAUCUGUGACCAGCAAUUGUCAUGCACUGACUUACAAGGUGGAAGACUUGCAGGAGGGAGCAGUCUAUUAUUUCAGAGUAAUUGCAGAAAAUGAGCAUGGAGUCGGUGUCCCUCAGGAGGCAAAGGCUGGAACAAAAAUUACAGAGGUACCAAGUUCACCUAUGAAACUUGGAGUAGCAAAUGUUACCAAAGACAGUGUUACCAUUGCCUGGACAAGACCAGAAUAUGAUGGUGGAAGCAGAGUCACUGGUUACCUCAUUGAUGCCCUGGAGAAAGGACAGACCAAAUGGGUAAAGUGUACAACUGUGAGGACCAUGACACACACUAUCAAGAGCCUAAGAGAAGGAGCUGAGUACUUCUUCAGGGUCCGUGCUGAGAACCACGCUGGACUUGGUGAACCCAAAGAAAUGAUUGUUCCGGUUCUUGUCAAGGAAAUACAAGAGGCCCCUGAGUUUGACUUGAGGAACUAUCCCAAGAAUACAGUUUUUGUGAAAGCAGGAUCUGAUCUGACCUUUGAGAUUCCUCUCACUGGCAAACCUACACCAAAAGUGACUAUAUCCAAAAACAAUGUUGCCAUCAAAGGAUCCAAAAGGUUUCUGUCAGAAGUUACUCCAGACAGCUUAAUCAUCACCCUAAAUGAAAGCAUUGCAAGUGAUGCUGGAAAAUAUGAAAUAACUGCCUCAAAUGCCGGAGGUACCACCAAGAUCUUCAUUAUCUUCAUUGUGAUGGACAGACCUGGACCUCCAGUUGGGCCAGUUGAGAUUGGAGAUGUUGGAGAGACCACAGUGUGUCUAAAAUGGGAUCCUCCUGAAUAUGAUGGUGGCAGUCCUGUUACCAAUUACAUUGUCCAAAAACGAGAAACAAGUACUCCAGCCUGGGCAGACGUGUCAACUAACAUUGCUAGAAGUGCUAUUAAGGUUAAUAAGCUUACCAAGGGUGAAGAGUAUCAAUUCAGAAUUAAAGCUGUGAAUCGUUAUGGAGUUAGCAACCACAUUGACAGCAAGCCAGUCAUGAUUAAGCUUCCAUACACUAUCCCAGGUCCUCCAUCCACACCAUGGAUCAGCUUCAUUUCAAGGGAGAGUCUGACAGUUUGCUGGAAUGAGCCAGUAAGUGACGGUGGAAGUGCUGUCAUUGGAUAUCACCUCCAAAUGAAAGAGAGGAGCAGCAUCCUCUGGCAGAAGGUCAACAAAACAGCCAUCCCUGGAAACCAGCGGCGUGUCACAAACAUCUGCCCUGGCCUCAUUUAUGAAUUUAAGGUGGCAGCAGAGAAUGCAGCUGGUAUUGGAAAAUUGAGCAAGACCUCCGAAGAGGUGCUUGCUAUUGAUGCCUGUGAACCUCCAGCGAAUGUUCGUAUUACUGAAGUCACCAAGAACUCUGUCAGUCUGGUCUGGCAGCGACCUCCAUAUGAUGGAGGCAGUAAGAUAACUGGCUACAGCGUGGAGAGGAGAGAAGCUCCCAAUGGCAGAUGGGUGAAGGCCAACUUUUCAAACAUCAUUGAGUUGGGUUUUACAGUUUCAGGACUAAGCCAAGAUGAAUCCUAUGAGUUCAGAGUGUACACCAAGAACGCAGUUGGGUCUGUCAGUGGUCCAUCUCUCAUUGCUGGCCCAGUCACCUGCGCUGAUGCAUGUGGAGCCCCAGCCAUUGAUCUUCCUCCUGAGUAUCUUGAUGUGGUUCAGUACAAGGCUGGAGCUUCAGUCAAACUCAAAGUGGGACUAACUGCCAAGCCCCUUCCAACUAUUGAGUGGCUCAAGGAUGGAUUAGAGCUCAUAACAUCUUCCACAGUGUCUGUUGAAAGCACAACUGACUCUUCUGCUGUUCUUGUCAAGGAUGCAACUCGUUUUGACACAGGAUCAUAUGAAAUCAAGAUAAAAAAUGUUCUGGGAUCAGCAUCUGCCACUAUCAGGAUGGAAAUACUUGAUAAACCUGGACCCCCAGUGGGCCUCAUUAAUUUUAACUCCAUUACAGCAGACAAGAUUGUCUUCAGCUGGGAACCUGUACCUGAGAAGGACCAGGGAGGUUCUAAAGUAACCCACUAUAUUGUUGAGAGGCGUGAAACCAGUAGAGUUGUGUGGUCAACUAUUUCAGAUAGGCACGAGCAAACACAAAUCUCAGUUGGAAAGCUGGUGCGUGGAAACGAGUAUGUGUUUCGAGUCAGGGGUGUUAACAAGUUUGGAAUUGGAGAGCCACUAGAGUCUGAGCCAGUCAUUGCUAAGAAUGCCUUUGUAACGCCUGGUCAGCCUCAUACUCCAGAAGUUAAUACCAUCACCAAGUCCACCAUGUUGGUAGAAUGGGAUAAGCCAGGAGUAGAUGGUGGUAGCCCAGUGACUGGCUACUACAUGGAAAGACGAGAUAAAAAGAGCUUGCGUUGGAUCCGAGUGUAUAAAGACCCUGUUAGCCACACCAAACAGAUGGUAUAUCACCUGACAGAAGGAAAUGAGUACCAAUAUCGGGUCUGUGCAAUUAACAAAGCUGGUGAGGGGCCAUUCUCUGACGCAUCAGACUUCUAUAGAGCUGCUGACCCAGUUGAUCCACCAGAUGAGCCUUGUAAGCUGAAGGUUGUGGACUCCACCAGGACAUCCAUCACCUUGGGUUGGUCCAAGCCAGAAUGGAAUGGAGGUAGUGAGGUCAACAGCUAUAUGGUGGAGAAGCUUGCUGAAGGAGAAAAAGAAUGGGUCAUGGUUACUUCCAAGGGAGAAGUCAAGACAACAGAGUACACAGUUCACAAUCUAAAGCCAGAUACAAACUACCUUUUUAGAGUCUCUGCUGUAAAUUGUGCUGGUCGUGGGGAGCCUUUGGAGAUGAGUGAUCCAGUUCAGGCCAAAGAUAUUCUAGAGGAAGCUCAAAUCGACCCUGACGUUGCCAUGAGAACUCACUACAUCGUGAAGGCUGGCAAAGAUGUGGAACUGACUGUUCCUCUGAAGGGCAGACCUGCUCCCACUGCUUCCUGGAGCAAAGGAGAAGAAUGUAUCGAUGGCAAUCCCAAAUAUGAAUUCCACCAUUCAGAGACAACCACAGUGCUUGUUUUGCGGGAAGUAACUAGGCUUGAUACUGGAAAGUACACAAUCAAGAUAGAGAAUGGUGUGGGAGAACCUAAGAUCCUGACUCUGUCAGUAAAAGUCCAGGAUACCCCAGCCCAGUGCAGGAACCUGCUUCUGAAGAAUGUGACUCGAGGAAAAGUCACUCUCUGCUGGGACCCUCCACUUCUAGAUGGAGGUGCUGAGAUCACAAAUUACAUUGUGGAGAAGAGAGAUUCUGCUAAAAGAUCAUACUCUGCAGUGACAAACAAAUGCACUGAUACUACAUACACUAUUGAAGAUCUCUCAGAGAAGACAUCCUUUUUCUUCCGUGUUUUGGCUGAGAAUGAGAAUGGAAUUGGUGAUCCUUGUGACACUGCAGAUCCUGUGAAGGCCACAGAGACUCCAGGACCAGUCAAGGAAGUAUCAAUGAAAGAUUCAUCUAAGACCUCUAUCACUCUACAGUGGCUGAAGCCUGAUUAUGAUGGUGGCAGCAUCAUUUCUGAUUACAUAAUUGAGAAGAAACUCAAGGGUGAGGAGUGGUCACUGGGAGGAGUUAGUAGGCAGUUAGAGUUUGAGGUCAAGAAACUCAAGGAGCACACUGAAGUGUUUUUUAGAGUUGCAGCAAGGAAUGAGAAAGGACAAGGUGACUUUGUUGAGGCUGGACCUAUAAAGGUCAUUGACUAUAUUAUUACUCCUGAGGCAGACCUUGGAGAUUACCCAGAUGGUACCAUAAGUGUCCGUUUGGGUCAUAAUGUCCACAUUGAGCUUCCUUACAGAGGAAAGCCCAGACCUUCAGUUUUGUGGUUGAAGGACAGCCUUCCCCUGAAAGAGAGUGACCAGUUGCGCUUUAAGACAACUGAAAAGAAAGCCACUUUAAUGAUCAAGAACACAAAGAAGGAUAAUGAAGGGAAAUACACCCUGACCCUUGACAACAAGGUAAACAGAAAAUCUUUCCAUAUAAAUGUCAUCACCCUUGGACCACCCUCAAGGCCAGUUGGACCCAUCCGCUUGGAUGAGAUAAGAGCUGAGAGCAUCAUGAUCUCCUGGGAUGAACCUAAUGACGAUGGUGGUGGAGAUAUCACCUGCUACACCGUGGAGAAACGAGAUACCUCUCAGUCUGUCUGGAAGAUGGCAUGCUCUAGUGUGGAGGGUACUCAGUUCAGGAUUCCCAACUUGAUUAAGGGUGUUCAAUAUCAAUUUAGAGUUUGUGCUGAAAAUAGAUAUGGUGUCAGUGAACCUCUGAUCUCUCAAAUGGUUAUUGCUAAGCACCAAUUCAGGCCUCCCGGCCCACCAGGCAAGCCUGUUGUGUACAAUGUCACCAAUGAUGGCAUGACAAUCCAGUGGGAGAAACCCAUCUAUGAUGGAGGAACCCCCAUUCAGGGAUACCAUGUGGAGAAAAAGGAAAAGAACAGCAUCAUGUGGCAGAAAGUGAACACAAUACUGAUUAAAGAAACAGAUUACAGGAUUUUGGAACUCAUCGAAGGCCUUGAGUACUCCUUCAGAGUCUAUGCUCAGAAUGAUGCUGGCUUCAGUCGAAUGAGUGAUGAGAGCAAGUCAACAAUGGCUGUCAGUCCUGUUGAUCCCCCUGGCCAACCCGACUACACUGAUGUAACCAGUGAUUCAGUGGCACUGAAAUGGGAUGCACCAAAACGUGAUGGUGGUAGCAAAAUUACCAGCUACAGCAUUGAGAAAAGACAAGGACAUGGUCGCUGGUUCAAGGCCAACCUGACUGAUGUACAUGACUGUCAGUACACUGUCACAGGGUUGGCAACAAAUGAACGCUAUGAGUUCAGAGUCAUUGCUAGAAAUGCUAUUGGUGUUGUUAGUCCCCCAUCCAACUCCUCUGGCUUAAUCAUAGUCAGAAGUGAAAAUGCCCCUCCACAUAUUGAGUUUGGCCCAGAAUACUUUGAAGGUUUGACGGUAAAGGCAGGUGACAACAUCAGGCUGAAGGUGGCCAUUACAGGACGCCCAGUUCCAAAGGUUGUCUGGUUUAGAGAUGGCAUGGAGAUUACCAGAAAGAUCAUGGACAUUGUCAACGUUCCUGGAUCCAGCACUUUGUUUGUCAGAGAUGCUGAUCGCACACAUCGUGGCCUCUACACUGUAGAAGCUACCAAUGGAUCUGGAUCCAAGAAGGAGAGCAUCCUUGUCCAAGUUCAAGAUACACCUGGGGAACCAGUAGGACCCAUUACCUUCAGUAAUAUCUCAGAAGGAAAGUGUACUCUGUCAUGGAACCCACCAGAGAAUGAUGGCUGCUCUGAGAUUUCACACUACAUAAUUGAGAAACGAGAGACGGCCAAGAUCUCAUGGGCUUUAGUGACUGAUGAAUGUAAAGAGUGCACUUUUAAUGCUACUAAGCUCAUGCCGACCAAUGAGUAUCAGUUCAGGGUAUCUGCAGUUAACAAGUUUGGAGUUGGCAGACCUGUCGAAUCGAGCCCCAUUAUUGCACAGAUGCAAUACACAACUCCUGAUGCUCCAGGAACUCCUGACGCCACUGAGGUAACAGGAGAAAGCAUCACCCUGUCCUGGACUCCUCCAACUUCUGAUGGAGGAAACCAAAUCAAGUAUUACACUGUAGAGAAACGAGAGAAGAAAACUGUUCAUUUCUACAAGGUCAUUACCAAAAAGCCCAUCAUUGAAUGUGCUCACAAAGUGACUGGUCUCACAGAAGAUAUGGAGUAUGAGUUUCGUGUCAUGGGUGUAAACGACGCUGGUGUUGGUGCUCCAAGCAACAUCUCUUUGCCAAUCAAGGCUACUGAGCCUAAAGAUAUUCCAUGUGCUCCAUCUGUGGUCCUUGUCUCAGACACUACAAACACAUCCAUUAGCUUGGAAUGGACCAAGCCUGUGGAUGAUGGAGGCAUGGAGGUUCUCGGCUACAUUAUUGAGAUGGUAAAGGUAGAAGAAACUGAGUGGAAAAGAAUAAAUGAGGAGCUUGUUACUGAAACACGUUACAUGGUGACAGGUCUGCAGACAGGAGCACAGUACAAGUUCCGUGUUGCAGCUGUCAAUCAUGUGGGAAGAGGUGAAGACAAAGAGAUUCCAGAAGCAGCACAGGCUGUUGACAAAUUAACACCACCACAGGUGGAUAUUGAUGCCACCUUUAAACAGACUCACAUUGUCAAGGCUGGUGGUUCUGUGUGCUUGGCCAUCCACUUCAGGGGAAAGCCCAUUCCCACUGCCACCUGGGUGAAGGAGGAUGGAGAGCUUGGUGUAAUGUCAGAGGUUGUUACUACUGACGGCUACAGCUCUUUAAGUAUUGAAAACUGCUCAAGAUAUGACACAGGCAAAUACACUGUUAACCUGGAGAAUUCCAGCGGUAGUCAGGCUGUUACGUUUGUGGUCAAAGUAAUGGACACUCCUGGACCCCCGCAGGCUGUUGCUGUCAAAGAAGUCUGCAGAGGAUCAGUUACACUUGUUUGGGAGCCACCUGUUAGUGAUGGAGGAGCGCGAAUUCAUCACUAUGUGGUUGAGAGGCGUGAAGCUAGCCGUCGCACUUGGCAGCAAUCUGGUGGUAAAUGCACACAGUGUAUCCUCAGGAUCCAGGACCUGCUGGAGGGAGUGCCUUACUUCUUCAGAGUCUCGGCUGAAAACCAGCAUGGUGUGGGCGAGACCUUUGAGCUUAACGAGCCUGUCAUCGCCACUGCAGAACCAGCAUCCCCUAAAAGACUGGACAUCCUCGAUACUACAGACAACUCUGUUUCAAUGGGCUGGCUGAAGCCAGAGCAUGAUGGUGGCAGUCGCAUUCAGUGUUACGUUAUUGAGGCUAGGCCAAAAGGUGGAGACAAAUGGGUUGUGAUUGGAAACACCAAGAACCUUACCUAUGUAGCAGAAAAACUCAACAAGGGUGAUGAGUAUGACUUCCGUGUGAAGGCUAAAAAUGAAUCUGGCUACAGCAAGCCAAAGGAAACCCUGGCUUCUGUGCUAGUCAAAGAGCCUCACAUUGAACCUGCUGCUGACCUUAGUGAGAUACCCAACCAGCUCAUCACGUGCAGAUCUGGCAGUACUUUCACUAUCGAUGUCCCUAUCAGUGGUAGACCUACCCCCAAAGUCAGCUGGAAGCUGGAGGAAAUGAGGCUUAAAAACUCAGAUAGAGUCACCAUCAAAGUGACAAAGGACAGAGCCAGCAUCUCUGUCAAGGAGGCCAUGAGAGGAGAUGGAGGAAAAUAUUACUUGACUCUAGAGAAUGUCACCGGAGCCAAGACAUUUGCUAUUGAAGUUAACGUCACAGGCAGACCCAGUCCCCCAGCUGGACCCAUUGAAAUCUCAUCAAUCACCUCCGAGUCCUGUGUUGUUAACUGGCAGCCACCUGAGGAUGAUGGUGGUACUGACAUCACAAAUUACAUUGUGGAGAAGCGGGAGUCCGGUUCCACAGCCUGGCAGCUCAUCAACUCCAGUGUGAAGCGUACAUCUCUCCACGUCAGUCACCUUACCAAAUACAUGCAGUACACAUUCAGGGUGUCUGCUGAGAACAUGUUUGGAGUCAGCAAGCCAACGGAGUCUGAGACUAUUGUUGCAGAGCAUCCUUUCUCCCCCCCAGGCCCUCCAACAAGACCCUCUGUCUUUAAUGUCACAUCAAACACAAUGACUCUAAAGUGGGAGGAACCUUAUCAUGAUGGUGGAAGCAAGGUAACUGGCUACUGGAUUGAGAAGAAGGAGAGGAACAACAUAUUGUGGAUCAGAGAGAACAAGAUCCCAUGCUUUGAGUGCUACUCCAAGGUGGAAGGCCUGGUUGAAGGUCUAGAAUACCAGUUUAGGGUUUAUGCGAUGAACAGUGCUGGCCUUAGCAAAGCUAGUGAGGCCUCCAUGGGAACAGUUGCUCAAAACCCAGUUGAUCCACCAGGUAAACCUGAGGUUACCAAUGUUACUAGAAGCACUGUCUCCCUGAAAUGGUCAGCUCCACUCAAUGAUGGUGGGAGUCCCAUUGUGGGCUACAUCAUAGAGCGUAAGCCAUACACUUUGACCGGUGAGGGUCGCUGGCUGAAGUGCAACUACACCAAUGUGAUGGACAACUUCUACACUGUUACUGCUCUGGGAGAGGGAGAGGCCUAUGAGUUUAGGGUUAUUGCCAAGAAUACCAACCAGGUCUUCAGCACUCCCUCUGAGUCCACGGGAUCUGUACAGUGUAAAACUGACUUAGAGCCGCCCAAGGCCCAGCUGGACAGCAAGCUCCUCUCUGAGACUGUAAUGGUCAGAGCUGGUUCAGACUUGGUUCUGGAUGCUGCGGUGGGAGGACGACCUGAUCCCAAGUCAUUCUGGUCCAAGGGCAAAAGGGAAUUGGAUAUGUGUGAGAAAUAUCACUUGCAGUACACCCCCCACAGAGCCAUGGCCAUAAUCAAAUUCUGUGACAGAGAUGAUACCGGAAAAUACAUUUUGACUGUCAGGAAUGUUAGUGGAACCAAGACUGCAGAAGUUAAUGUGAAAGUGCUUGACACACCUGGAGUGUGUGAAGGCAGCAUUGAGAUCAGCAAGAUAACAGAGGAGUCCUGCACAUUGACCUGGAAGCCUCCUCUGGAGGAUGGAGGGGAUGAUGUCACUCACUACAUCGUAGAGAGACGCGACACCAAUCGACUUAACUGGGUGGUGAUGCACGCCGAGUGCAAGGAGCUGACAUGCAAUAUCACUGGCCUGUUCAAGAACACAGAGUACUUGUUCAGAGUCCGCGGAGUCAACAAGUACGGUGCUGGUGUUUACCUGCAGUCCGAGCCAAUGACUGCCAGAAACACAUUCACUGUGCCCAGUCCUCCUGGAGCUCCAGAGAUCCUGGUUUCAGGAAGGGACUUUGCCACUAUCGAAUGGCUGAAGCCAGAGAGUGAUGGUGGCAGUCCAGUCACCCAUUACCUGGUGGAAAGACAUGAGAAGAAGAGUGCCCGCUGGAUUAAAGUGAACAGAGAUGGUGCUUAUCUGGACACCACUAUGAAGGUGGCUGGUUUAACUGAAGGCAACAUCUACCAGUUCAGAGUGACAGCCAUCAAUAAGGCUGGAGAAAGUGAGCCUAGCGAGGUCUCCUUGUAUGUUGUCUGCAGAGUGCCAACAAGCACACCAGCUCCUCCAUCCAUUCCCCGUAUCACAGACACCCACGCUAACAGCAUCAGCCUUGCCUGGUCUCGACCCGUGGACGAUGGAGGCUCAGAUGUCAUAGGCUACAUCUUGGAGGUGCAGGAAGCUGGAGCAGCAGAAUGGAAGAAGACCCAUGAGAAGACACUACGUUCCACAGAGUAUGUGGUGGCAGGACUUUCUGCGGGAAAGAAGUACAGCUUCAGAGUGGCUGGUGUCAACAUCAAUGGUACCGGGGACUUCAGUGAGCCGUGCGCUGAAACAGAACCGUUGGAGAGAAUUGAACCUCCUGAUUUUGAGCUCCACGAUGACCUUAAGAAGACCAUCUGCCUGCGUGCUGGUGGCUCCCUUCGUCUUUUUGUCAGCAUCACUGGUCGUCCAGUUCCUACCAUCACUUGGACCAAACCUGAUGUUGACCUCCAAGCCAGAGGCUUCAUCGAAGUCACAAGUUCUUCCACCACACUCAUUAUUGACAAGGUCCACCGUUAUGACGCUGGCAAAUACACCCUGUUGGCUGAAAACUCUGCUGGAAAACAAGAAGUCCACAUUCUUGUCAAAGUCUAUGAUACACCUGGACCCACAGGGCCAGUUAAGGUCAAAGAGCUCACUAAGGACUCAGCCACCAUCUCCUGGGAAGCCCCAGCUGUUGAUGGUGGUGCCCCUGUUAACAACUACAUCAUUGAGAGGCGUGAGGCAUCCAUGAGAGCCUACAAAACGGUCACAUCCAAGUGCAGUAAAACAUCAUAUAAGAUAGACGGUCUGGUGGAAGGCAUGCUUUAUUACUUCAGAGUUGUCCCUGAAAACAUUUAUGGUGUUGGCGAGCCUUGUGAGACUCCAGAUGUCAUCCUGGUGUGUGAGGUGCCUCUCCCACCUCUCAAAUUAGAGGUUAUUGAUGUCACCAAAAGCACUGUCACCCUGCGCUGGGAAAAGCCUGAGCACGAUGGUGGCAGCAGACUGACGGGCUAUGUGAUUGAAGCCUGCAAGUUCGGCACCAAUAAGUGGAUGAAGGUGGCCACACUGAAACUGACAGACUUUGAGCACACCAUUGAGAAGUUGAAUGAAAAGGAGCAGUACUUGUUUAGAAUUAAAGCCAUCAACACCCGAGGAGCCAGCCAGCCCAAAGAGCUUGUUGCUGCUGUCACUGUUCAAGAACAAAGAGUGAUGCCUGCGGUGGAUUUCUCCAGUAUUCCUCAGAAGGUUGUUAAUGUUCUUGCUGGUAAGACCCUGGAACUGGACCUGCCAAUCCUUGGCAGACCUCCUCCUGUCUGCUCCUGGUACUUUGGUGACAACAAGCUAAAGAUCAAAGAUCGUGUCAAGAUGAAGAGCACUGGCAAGUUCUCCAAACUGACAGUGUCUGACACCACCAUCGACGACAGUGGUGACUACACCCUGGAAGUGAAGAAUACUGUUGGCGUUAUCGCUGAGGUCAUAAAGGUCACCGUUCUCUCUAAACCUGAUGAGCCAAAGGGACCCAUCAGGUUUGAUGAGAUUGAUGCCACCACAGUGACCUGCAGCUGGGACCCUCCUGUUAGAGAUGGUGGAGCUCCCAUCAGUGGCUAUGUAGUGGAGCAGCGUGAUGCUCAUAGACCUGGCUGGGUGACUGUCAGUGACUCUGUUAGCCGACCAAUGUUCAGAUUCGUGAACCUGAUUGAGGGAGAUGAGUAUGUCUUCCGUGCAGCAGCGGUGAAUCGUUACGGCACUGGAGAGUACCUGCAGUCUGAGAUUGUUACCUGCAGAAGCUUAAAGAAUGUGCCUGGACCUCCUGGUCGUCCAGUCACCUUUGAUGUGUCUCGUGAUGGAAUGACCGUGGCCUGGGAACCACCAGAUGAAGAUGGUGGGCUUGAGGUGUCUGGAUACAUAAUUGAGCGCAAAGAAGUGAGAGCUGACCGAUGGGUACGUGCCAACAAGAACCCCAUCACAAUGACCAGAUACAGGUCGACUGGACUGAUUGAGGGGCUUGAGUAUGAGCACAGAAUCACUGCCAUCAAUGCAAGAGGUCUGAGCAAACCAAGUCUCCCAUCCAAACCAGCCGUGGCAACAGAUCCCAUUGAUCCUCCUGGUUGUCCUCAAAACCCAAGGAUUACUGAUACUACUAAGUCCUCUGUGUCACUGGCUUGGAGUCCCCCCGAUGAGGAGGGAGAUGCCAGAGUGGAUGGGUAUCUCAUUGAAAUGCAAAAAGUGGGCACACUGGCGUGGAUCAAGUGUAACACCACACCAUCACUGAUCUGUGAGUACACCCUGACCAACAUGCCACAAGGAGAGGAGUUCAAAUUCCGUGUAAUGGCUUGCAACGCCGGAGGCUCUGGAGAACCUGCUGAAGUACCUGGAACGGUCAAAGUAACAGAGAUGCUUGAAUCUCCUGAUUUCGACCUGGAGUUGAAAUACAAAGAUGUGUACACGGUCCGUCAUGGAGGAGUGGUUAGACUGUCUGUACCAAUCAAAGGCAAACCCUUGCCAACAUGCAAGUGGUUGAAGGAUGGUGGUGCUUUCUCUGCCAAGGCCUUGAUCGCUUCCACUGAAGAUGCCUGUGAGCUGGUGAUAAAAGGAGCUGAGAGGAGUGACUCUGGUCUGUAUGAACUCCUGCUGGAGAAUAAGGUUGGGAAGAAGAAGGCCCAGAUUAAGGUCAAGGUGAUCGGCCGCCCAAGUGCUCCAGAGGGUCCAAUGGUCUUUGGAGAGAUCCAAGCCAAUUCUGUCAAAGUGUCUUGGAAGGUACCCACCGAUGAUGGAGGCUCAGAGAUCCUUGGUUACAUCGUAGAACGACGGGAAGCAGCCAGAAAUGCCUGGUACACUGUGGACUCUAGAGUGACCGACUCUCAGCUUGUGGUUAAAGGCCUUAAAGAAGGAACAGAAUACCACUUCAAAGUCACAGCUGAGAACUCUUUUGGCAUUAGCGCAUCUUUGAAAUCUGAGCAGCCAUUGGUACCCAAGACUCCUCUCUGUCCCCCUGAGGCUUCAAGCGCCCCACCAGAGAUCAUGGAUGUCACCAAGAGCUCAGUAGCAUUGGCCUGGUCCAGACCAAAGGAUGAUGGUGGUUCUGCCAUCACUGGUUACUUUAUAGAGUACAAAGUGGUGUCUGCUGAGACAUGGUCCCGCCAUGACAACAAGAUCACCUCAACCAUGUUUACUCUUCAUGGACUUACCCCUGAUACAGAAUAUCAGUUCCGCAUUGUUGCCGUCAACAAUGUAGGCGAGAGUGAGGCUGGUCCUGCCACUGACCCUGUCACAUGCAAAGAUCCUUUUGACAAACCCAGCCAACCUGGAGAAAUUGACACAGUGAAUGUGGGUAACAACUAUAUUACCAUUUGUUGGCAAGCCCCAGAGUGUGACGGUGGGAAGGAGGUCCUGGGCUACUGGGUAGAAUACAGAAAGUCCAUCGAGAGCACUUGGAAGAAGUGCAACAAAGAGAGGCUGAAAGAAAAAGAGUUCAUUAUGCCAGGACUGGCUGAAGCCACAGAGUACGAGUUCAGAGUGUUUGCUGAAAAUGAGACAGGAAUGAGCAGACCUCGUAGGACUGCUACAUGCAUCAAGACCAAACUAAUUGCUGAAAGUAAGCCGAGCCUGAGGAAGGAAAUGGAUGAGGUCACUGCCAAGCUUGGCCAGCCUGCUGUCAUGAAGUGCCAGAUAGUUGGCCGACCUGUCCCUGAAAUUAAGUGGUAUCAUGCAGACAAGGAGAUUGUUGAGUCCCGCAAGUAUGAAAUGAGCACUGAUGGCCGCACCCACUCACUGACCAUUAUGACUGACCAGCAAGAAGAUGAGGGAGAAUACACCUGCAAAGCUAUUAAUGAUGCAGGUGAAGCUGAGGCCACAGGAACUCUGGUGUUGGAGGCUGCUUCAUCCUUCCACCCUGAUUACCCACUGAAGGAAACAUACUAUGCCGGACUGGGAACCACCCUCCGCAUCCAUGCUGUGUACAUUGGUCGUCCUCAGCCAAAGAUCAUGUGGCUACAUGGGGCAAAGACACUAGAAAACACAGAGGACAUUAGCAUUGAAACCACAGAGCACUACACACAUCUGGUCAUCAAGAACGUCCAACGCAGAGUGCAUGGAGGGAAAUACAGGAUAAGACUGCACAACCACUUUGGCAGGGCUGACACUGCAUUCAACGUUGAAAUCUAUGAUAAACCAGACAUACCGCAGGGCCCUAUUGUGCUAGAUGCACUCCUUAAGAACUCUGUUAUCAUCAGCUGGAAGCCUCCCAAGGAUGAUGGAGGCUGUGUGAUUACCAACUACAUUGUGGAAAAGCGUGAAGACAAGGAGGGCAGUGAAUGGGAACUGGUCUCUUCAUCCAUUAACAGCACAUCCUGUCGAGUUCCCAGCCUUAUUGACAGUGCUGGAUACUUCUUCCGUGUGUAUGCACAGAAUCGCUAUGGUAACAGUGAGCCGCUGGAGAUCACUUCCCCUAUUCUAAUUAAGAGCCAACUGGAGAGACCAUCAGCACCUUUGUCCCCAGUUGUUUCUGGAAUCACCAAGGACUCGUGUGUUGUUUUCUGGAAACCUCCACUCAAUGAUGGUGGAUCCAAGAUCAAGAGCUACUGCCUUGAGAAGAAGAACAAGAAGGAUAAGAAGGAAUGGACCGAUUGGACUCUGGUCACCACAGAUGAGAUCAAACAAACAGUAUUUUCGGUCAAGCAUCUCACUGAGGGCACUGAGUACAUUUUCCGUGUCAAGUGUGAGAACCUUGGAGGAGAAAGUGACUACAGUGAGGAAACAACUCCUAUCAUUCCAGCCACAGCAGUGGAAGUUCGUGCUCCCGCUUUCAAGGAAGAAUUGAGGAACAUGAGUGUCAAAUACAAGAGCAACGCUACCCUGGUAUGCAAGAUCACCGGACAACCCAAGCCUGUGAUAAAAUGGUUUAGACGAGGAAAGGAGAUCCAUUCAGAUGGAAAGAAGAUCAAGAUCCAGGAAUUUAAGGGAGGAUACCACCAGCUGGUUAUCACUGAAGCUGAUGAGGAGGACUCCACUGUUUACCAGAUAAGGGCCACUAACCAAGGAGGCUCUAUAUGUGCUACCAUUUCUCUAGAUGUGGAAAUCCCUGCCAAGAUCCACCUGCCAAAGAAUCUUAAGGACAAGGAAGCCAUCCCUGCCCUACGUGGAGAAGUAGUCAACAUCAAGAUUCCUUUCAGUGGAAAACCAGAUCCAGUCAUCACAUGGCAGAAGGGACAAGAUCUCAUUGACAGCAAUGGCCACUACCAGGUCAUUGUCACCAGAUCUUUCACUUCGUUGGUGUUCCCCAAUGGGGUGGAAAAGAAAGAUGCUGGUUUCUUCAUUGUCUGUGCCAAGAACAGAUUUGGCAUUGACCAACAAACAGUUGAACUUGAUGUUGCUGAUGUGCCGGAUCCACCUCGUGGUAUCAAAGCCAAUGAUGUCUCACGAGACUCGGUAACACUAAACUGGGUGGCUCCAGCAAAUGAUGGGGGCAGCAAAGUUAUAAGCUACAUCAUUGAGAAGUGUCCUACAACUGCUGAGAGGUGGCAACGUGUCGCUCAGUCCCGUGACACCCACUAUACAGUUAUUAAUCUUUUUGGAGGAACGAGCUACCAAUUCAGAGUUAUUGCUGAGAACAAGUUUGGACAGAGUGCCCCAUCAGAGACCAGUGGACCUGUAAUGACCAAAGAAGACAAAUCCAGGGUUCUGCUUUAUGAUCAGGAGGUAGAUGACACUGCGCAUGUACCCAAGGGCAAAGCUCAACACUCUGAUACUAAGAAUCUGCACAACAAAUAUUCAAUUGCAGAGGAACUGGGCAGGGGUCAGUUUGGCAUAGUUCACCGCUGUGUUGACGUGCGCUCUGAAAAGACUUACAUGGCUAAAUUUGUCAAAGUCAGAGGAGCGGAUCAGGCGAUAAUUAAGAAGGAAAUUGCAACACUCAAUCUGGCCAGACACGCCAACUUCCUCCUCCUUCGUGAGUCCUUCGAAAGCCCAGAGGAGUUGGUAAUGAUCUAUGACUUCAUCUCUGGUCUUGAUAUCUUUGAACGCCUUAAUACAGCAGAGUUUGAGCUCAGUGAGCUUGAGAUUGUUAACUACAUCAAGCAGGUGUGUUCAGCUCUGGAGUUUCUGCAUUCUCAGAGUUAUGGACAUUUAGAUAUUAGACCGGAGAAUAUUGUGUACACUACUAGGAACAGCUCUACUGUGAAAAUCAUUGAGUUGGGGCAAUCUAGACACUUAACUCCUGGAGAACAAAUCAAGAUUCAGUACACCACCGCAGAGUAUGCUGCUCCUGAGAUCCACCAGUGUGACAUGAUCAGCACAGUCACUGACAUGUGGGCAGUUGGGGUUCUUACUUAUGUCCUUCUCAGUGGGCUCAACCCAUUCACAGCUGAGACCAACCAACAGAUGAUUGAUAACAUAUCCAAUGCAGCCUACAGCUAUGAUGACGAGUCCUUCAAGCAAGUCAGUGUAGAAGCCCUAGACUUCACAGACCGUCUAAUGACGAAGGAACGUAAGCACCGUAUGACUUCAGCUGAAGCUCUUUUGCAUCCUUGGCUUACAAAACCUGCUGAAGAGAUUAGUGCUAGAGCAAUGCCAACUGGCAGGCACAAGAGAUACUACCAAACAAUAGUCAGAAAAGAAUGGAGCACUGUUAUCUCUGCAGCCCGGGUGGCCAACGGUGGUUCAAUCAGGUCCCAACGUGGCGUCUUUGUGGCCAAAGUGAAGAUUGCUCCCUUUGAAAAUGGUCCUGUUGCAGGACAGAUUAGCCAUGCAGUGGUGAAGGAUGGAGAUAGUGUGAAGUUCAUCUGCAACAUUGAAAACUAUGAUAGCACCACUGAGGUCACAUGGUACUGCGGUGUCAGGCAACUUGAAGCUGGAGAAAAAUAUGAAAUUGAAUAUGAAGAUGGUCUGGCUGUAAUAACCAUCAACAAGGUCACAAGAGCAGAUGAUGGCACUUACAGGUGCAAGGUUGUGAAUGAAUAUGGUGAAGACAGUACCUAUGCUGAGCUGUUUGUCACUGGUGUCAGGUCCUAUCAGGACUUUUUCACCACCCGUGUGGUGAGGAGAACAAAACGCAGAAUUGACACUUCUAGAAUGCUUCAGAAACCACCAGAGUUUACCCUACCCUUGGUCAACCGUACUGCCUAUUUAGGUGAGGAUGUGCGUUUUGGUGUCACAAUCACAGUUCACCCUGAACCUCGUGUCAUCUGGCACAAAUCUGGGCAAAAGCUCAUCCCUGGACAUGAUGACAAGAAGUACACCUUCAUUAGUGACAAAGGUUUGUACCAGCUGAUCAUCCAUAACCUGGAGAAAGAAGAUGAUGCUGAAUACAGUGUUGUAGCUCGCAACAGGUAUGGUGAUGACAGCUGCAAGGCUCGCCUCACCGUUGUUCCCAGGCCUAAGCCAGCAGACCUCACCCUGCGGCCCAUGUUUAAACGACUGCUGGCAAAUGUUGAGUGCAAGGAGGGUCAGAACAUCCGUUUUGAGAUCAGAGUCUCUGGUCAUCCAAAACUCAAAUGGGAAAAGGAUGGCACACCUUUAGCUUUUGGACCAUCCAUCGAGGUUGUACAUGAGGGCUUGGAUUACUACAUCCUUCAUGUGAAAGACACUCUUCCAGAAGACUCUGGUGUGUACAGAGUAACGGCUACUAACAGUGCUGGAUCUGCCAGUUGCCAAGCAACACUCAAAGUAGAAAGAGUAACUCACGUGAAGAAGGAGUACGAGGCCAGUGAAAAAGAGAAAGCAAAAGCAGCUAGGCAAGAGGAGUUAGACAAAAAGGUUAGACUGUCCCAAAUUUUGGCUGGCACUGUAGUUGCACCUCUGCCACCUUUAGCCAUUGAAGCUGUUCGGGAAGCGGCUACCAUCUACAAACCUGCUGUUACAACUAAGAAGGGUGAGAAGACUGAGGCCGAGAUAAAGAAAGAAAAGGAAGAGAGGAAAAAGCGGGCAGAGGAGAAGAGGCUGCGUAUGCCCUAUGUUGUCCCCCCUCCUCGUACCACUAACUCUGCUGCUCUUGAGGAAGAUGUGGAAAUAAAACACUUCCAACCACUUUCUGAUAUGAAAUGGUACAAGAAGGUGCGGGAUCAGUACGAAUUCCCUGAGCCAAUGGAGAAGAUUCGGCAGAAGAGAAUGAAACGUAUUCGUCUCUCCAGGUGGGAACAGUUCUAUGAAGUGCCUGUCAGGAUUAAGGAACAGUAUAAGCCCAAGUGGCACAUCUCAUCUCUGACUCAAGAUGACCUGGAGACUGUGAGGCCUUCAAGACAUCGCACUCCCUCUCCUGAAAUGGAAGCCUAUCGCAGGAUGAGGAGGAAGUCUCUGGGGGAUCUGUCAGAUGAGGAGCUGUUGCUGCCUGUCAAUGAGUAUCUGUCCAUGAAAAGAACAGAGGAGGAGCGGCUUCGUUUGGAGGAAGAGCUAGAACUAGGUUACUCUGCUUCUCCACCCAGUCUCAGCCCAGUUCGCUUUGAGUUGUCAGCAUUACGUUCUUCAUCACCCAGGAGAGUCUAUAGUGAUGACGAGGGGGUGGAAGAGGUUAAACGAUAUGACUCAUACAGAAUUCCAUCCAAGUACGAGGCUGGUCCGAGCUUUAUGGACCUUCGCCAGCGUCAUGACAAAACCACAUACAAACCUCCGAGGCAGAAACAAAAAGUAUACGAAGAGAGAGAAGAUUUGGAACUACUACGCCCACACACAACCACAGAGAGAAUAUCUUCUUACAAGAGCCAGCUCAAACGUAUAGAGUUUGAGGAGAAGACUCGAACCUCCAAAAAAGAGGCAACCGUUACAGUUUCAGCCUUUUCUGAAACUAUUGAGUCUGAGCAUCUGACAACUAUCACAUCAGAAUAUAUUCCUAAACCAGUCAAAAAGCUUCCUUCACCUGAACCAGAGUCAACCAGAUCUCUCACUCAGGAUAAAGGCUUGAGAACAGAUGUUACUUUUUCUAAAGUGGACUUCAUGUCUAGGUAUGAAGAACGAAAGCAGGCUUUGCUGUCAGAAAGAACAUCUGUACAGAGGAAACAUGAGGCUGUGACUCAGGUUCCCUUUAGCCUGGACCAUGCCCCACGCAUUACCAUUAGGAUGCGCUCUCAUCGCACCCCUUAUGGCUCCAACACAAGCUUCACCCUAAAUAUCCAGGCAAAACCUGAACCUGAUAUCUCGUGGUUCCACAAUGGGGCAGAAAUUACCCAGGGCAGCAAAUACCAAAUGACCAAUGCCAGUGGAGUUUUAACUCUGCAUAUCAACAACUGUGUGACAGAGGACUCUGGUACCUACCGUGUCAUCUGUAGAAACUCUAAAGGAGAAACCUCUGAUUAUGCUACAUUGGAUGUUGCAGGAGAAGAAUAUGCAGCUUUCUCAUCACCUCACAAAGACGAAGAGCCUCCUUCAGCCCUUCUGCCAGAGAUGACUAGAACAGAAGUGUACCAUGUUUCAUCUUCUAAAACAACUGCAGAAGAGGCUGUCACUGAAACUGCAAAAGAGACCGUCACAGUUGUUGAGAAGCACAAGGAGAAGCCAGGUGUUCCUGCCACAAUUCUGACCAAACCAAAGUCCCUGACUGUGGAAGAAGGAGGCAGUGCCAGGUUUGAGUGUGAUGUGGAUGGUGAACCAGCACCUUCUAUCACAUGGCUUCAUGAAGAAGCAACUGUUGGUCCCUCUGCCCGUCACCACAUUGUCUCAACUCAGUACAACUCCACCUUUGAGAUCUCUGCUGUAGAGGCAUCAGAUGAAGGGAGCUACACUCUACUAGUAGAAAAUACUUUAGGAAAACAAGAAGCAAAUUUCACUUUAACAAUCAAAAAGUCUGAGUCUAAGGAGAAACUAGCUGCCUUUUCCAGAGUUACUUCUCCUGAGGCUAAAUCCCCACUCGCCAAGUCCCCUGAGCCAAUCAAAUCCCCUCAGAGAGUUAAGUCCCCUGAGCCAGUCAAGUCCCCUCAAAGAGUGAAGUCUCCAGUGUCACCAAAGUCCCCUACUCCCAAAUCUCCAACUCCUAAGUCCCCUACUCCCAAAUCUCAAACUCCUAAGUCCCCUACUCCCAAAUCUCCUACUCCAUCUGAAAAGGAACAAACGAUUCCUCCGUUCAAGUCGCCAAAGAGUGACAUUUCAUCACCUGCUGAAAAGGGGGCAUCUUUCCCAGCAGGCCUGAGGGAUUUCACUGAAUGUUCUGAAGUCCUGAGUCAAGAGGUGGUGCAUGAGGAACUCAUGUCCUCUGUAAAGGAGGUUGUGUCCUCACCAAGCCAUAUGGAUGCACCCCAUUUCCUGGUGCAGCCUAAGUCCCAGAAUGUGAAUGAGGGAGAAAAUGUCAAGUUUACCUGUGAAGUAGCAGGACAGCCUUUUCCUGAAGUGGACUGGUUAAAAGACAACAUGAAUAUUCCUGUCACACCAAACAUCAAACUCGGCCGGUCCAGGAAUAUCUACACUCUCGAGAUAUGUGAAGCCACCACUGAAGACACUGGAAAAUACACAGUAAAAGCCAGAAAUCAUUUUGGGCAGUGCUCUGCAACCUCAUCACUCAACGUUUACACUCUUGUUGAGGAACCAACACAACAGACUGUAGUGGAACAUAUAGCUGCCACUGAUGGUACUGCAAGCAUGCAGAAAUGUGUCUUGGCCUCCUCAGUUCAGACGAAAGCCAGCAGCACUUCAAGCUCUGCUGCAGCAGCCAGAUAUUCGUUAUUGAGCAUGUCUGCGACUAAUGUGUCUGCCGUGGUGUCUGAGUCGGUGGUUUCCAUGAGAUCCAGCAGUCAAACCACGGAAAUGUGUGUGCACUCGCAUGUCGAUCCCUUCCCCACUGCCGUGAGAAGAGGCUCUCCAGCAAAGGUCGAAGCCCUCCCUCAGCACGUUACCGCUGAGCCCGGGAAAUCCCUGGCCUUGGCCUGUGUGUUCUCUGGAGAGCCCGUCCCCUCGGUACAAUGGGUCCACUCAGGACGGGUUCUUCCCAAUGGGGACGAGCGGUUCCAUGUGGAGAACGGAGCUGACCUCUCAACCCUCCGGAUAUGUGCAGUGAAGGAGGACGAUGCCGGGGCGUACACCCUGCGACUAUCAAACGAGUUUGGUUCUGACUCUGCAACAGUCAACGUUCACAUACGAUCCAUGUGAAAAAAAAACCUAAUCCUGGUCCCCGUUCCCCGUUUCCCACAUCUUAUUUACAGUAAUUUUAUUUGAUAACAAUCUGGAAAAUUCUUGUAAAUAUGAACUAUUUUUGUACCAAACUUGACAUUAUUUUUGCCAAACUAAAGUCUAAAGGUGUUAAGUGUGCCAUAUUGGAUCACACUGACUUGAUCCAUUUUUCUGUGACAUGUACAUAAUGUAUAUAGCCGAAUAUACCGGUUAUGGGAAAUGUAUGCAUUGUUAUUUAUGACAAUAUGAACUGAAACUUAAUGAAACUAAAUGUAGUUUACAGGAGAAAGUUUCUACGGGAACGAAUACCCUGUUUAACUGAGAAACUAAACUCUGUGCCUCAACAAGAAGUUGAAGACGUAAGAUUGCCUCAACAGGUAGAGAGGCUCCCUGUUGAUGUUCUGAACCCUAACCAAAAAAACAAAGUUCUUGUUUUGGACACUCGUUUGUGCGUGUGAUCUUACGGUUUCCUGUAGCGUGAGGCCCUGAGCGCUGUGUGCACCACCCUCAUGUACGCAGCGUGAACCGGCCUCGUGCUCAGCUCAACUGUGUCGUACCACCAUGAUAGGAUGACCCGCCGGGGUGCGAGCGGCCUGCACUCCCAGCGUUUGGAUUCAUUUAAACAGAGCGCUGCUUCUAACACAGGACAGGUCAGCUUGGCUUCACUGUAGAAACAUCUCCUGGCCAUGAAAGAACAGGAAGUCAUAGCCGGCUCUCCCAUGCAGAAACAGCGCCACCUCCUGGAGGAUGGUAGUAAUGUGUUGUUUGUGUGUGUGUAGUUUUAGUUAUUUCAGGGUUAUCUUACUUCACUGAGUUAGUCUCCUGUGAGCAGAAGUUUUCGCUAACGCCUUGCACUCUGAAUUAAUUUGCUGAUGUAGGAUUAUAUUUCCUCCUGGAGUUUGAUGCAUUACAGAUUUAAUAAAGCAUGAUUUCAGCACUAUAA